UAGGUAGAUUAGCACAGUAAGGGUUAAUCAGAGCGCUCUCUCUCUCGCUCGCUUUCUCCCAGUCCAACAUUCCAUGCGCGUUCCAUGCGCCUGGUUUUCCUGCGCGCCCUGUGCUGGCUCCAUGCUGAGUGCGCCCCGGACACAGACUGGGAGGAGGAAACAGGAGGAGGAGGGGGGCAAGCGAGCAGCGCUGCGGCCAAUCACUCAGGAGGCGGCAGCAGGGGCAGAGCCACGGCUCCAACAGCACUUUGCAAACUUCUCCUGGCAAGUAAAGGUCGCCGGUGUGAGCCACAGCUAGCAAACCAGAGAGCGAGCCAGCCCAGGGGACAGCCAGUGGGCAUUGCUUAUCUGAUACUCACCCUCUGUAUAACUCCCGGUACGCCUUGUAGCAGUUCACGGGACUCCCCCCUGCCCCGUUCCCUCGAACCCUUUGUGUGUGUCCACCUUGCCUUGGUUCACUCACCAUGCUCCGGAUGGCUGCCCCCCUCCUGCUGGUUUGCACUCUAGCAGUAUGCAGCCUCCCUGCCUGGGCUGAUCUCAAGACUAAAAGUUGCGUGGAGGUCCGGAGACUUUAUAUUUCCAAGGGUUUCAACCAAAACGAUGCACCCUACCAUGAAAUCAAUGGUGAGUGAGCACUCAGUGAGGGGAUUCCUGGGGGCAAUGUGGAAUUGGGUUGGCAAUGGUUUCAGUAAAGGAAUCUUGGGGGCAAUAGUGGAUUGGGUGGGCAUUAGUUUAAUAGGGAAUUUCAUGGGGGUUAUAGGGCUUGAAUGGGCAUUGGUGUAGCAGGGAUUCACUUAAGACAUCAUGGACUGCAAUGGGCAUUGAUUUUUAAGUGGGGGUUUCGUUGGGCUAUAAGGAUUUGGAUGGGAAUUGACUUAACAAGAGACCCAUGGGGCAAUGUAGAAUUUUGGUUUUGCAUUGGAUUUAGCAGGGGAUCUCACGUGGGCAUAUGAUCUUACAGGCAGAUAGCAGAGUUUUAAGAAGACUGGAAAUAUAAGAGUUAGUAGUUUGUGUGUUUUGUAUUUUGGGUUCUUAACUCUUUCUGUAGAAGACUUAGGCACCUCAGAUGUUUGUGAAUUACCCUACAUGUACAGCACUUUGGGGUGCCAAAGUCAGUCAUCACUGUUAUUUGACAAAGAAUAGAGUUACUCUAUGAGACAAGUACCCUGUAUUAAGCCAGUGAGGGCAAUGCAUGUUGGCAUGAAGUAUUGCAUGAUGCUGGGCCAGUCUGCCUGAGAAUGUGGAGAUACGAGGAAACUGGAGUUCCAGAGUUUAGAACACCUGGAAUGCCAUGCCAAAGAGUAGAAAUCAUUGCUGUAAAUCAGUCUGCUGAAUGUCAGUGACUUGCCCCACUACUUUGAGGAGGUUGUCACUAUGUACAGUAUCACUACUUGUUAGUAACAAUGUAGAUGGUGAUGAAGUGUAUGGUGAUUCAUUAUAAGUGAGGCUGAUCCUCCCCCUCCUAUUACUGGCUCAGGAGCCAGGUAAGAAAGGAAAACCAGUAGAGAAUUUGCCUGUGUGCUAAGCCCCUGAGGCAGCUCUUGAGUGACUCAGAAGCACAGGAAAUAAGGGGUUGGUUUGGAUUCAGUCAUCCAAGAGCAGUGACUGCUGGAAAGGCAUUUGGCAAACUGAAACUCUUGCUGGACUACAACUCUCAGCACCCUAAGACAGCAUUGUGAAUAAUAGGGGAGGGGGAACAACAUAUUUUGGACCUUUGCGCGAACUUUGAUAUAUUUUGCUGCCUUUUCCAGAAUACAUUGUUAGCUGAGCUUAAGCAUGUGUUUAAUGCUCCUCCCUCUUUACAACUUUCUUUUGCUUUGUUACAAAUGCUUUAUAGUACCUGGCAAAGUAAUGUGUGUAGUGUGCAUCUUACACAUACAUUUAGAGUGUGUACAGUUACAGCACAAAUACAACUUAUGCAGAAAUCUUCAUCUAGCUCCUUUUGCAUAGUUAAGUGGCUGGCAUUUGGAGGAACAGACUUAGACAAGUUACUGUGCUGGUAAUUGGAGCAGCAGACCUAUGAAAGAUAAUGGGUUAAGCAUUUAGAGUGCAUCCGUGUAACCCUUUAACUGCCACUUGAGCUAUUUAUUGGUUGGCUGUAUGAAUAAUGCAUUACAUGGGUUAAAAGUGAUGCUUAACAUUUAAGCCUUUCAAACUUUUUUUUUUUUUUUUUCAACAGUUAGGUUUCUUAAACACAGGUACUAAAACAUGUAAUUUUAUUUUUAAAACACAAUGUAUAUGAGUAUUAAUUUUGAAACUGAGACAUAACUUGCAAAAUUAAGGCCACAAUAAGAUUUGAAUGUGUUCCUUCUGUCCAGUUUUUUUUUAUGUACAUUUUCUUGCCACAAUUUUCUAGCUAGUAAAUGCAAUCCUUUUGUGAUCUAUCUUUGGGUACAAAGUCUGUUAGAAGGCACACCUCAGGGGUUCUUCAGACUAUCGAACUGUCCCAUAUGGUGAUUGCAGCUCUUCAAUUACACUUAGCUUGCUCUUUCUUUAAUUGAUUAGCUUUAUUUUAGAUAAGGAAAAGAUUGAUCUGUUGGUCCAAGUCUAUUCGAAAUGUUGUCACCUGCUGUUAGUUGAUUCCAUGUGGAAUUUAGAAUGAUCUGGGCAUGUUCUUUUCCAGAUCAUUUGCAGUUCUACCAAGGCCUGCUAUUUAUGCUUGUCAAUAAUCUGUCACUGGUGCAUUGUAAUAACUGUUAAAAUGGAAUAGUAUAUCCUUUUGUAUUAUAACAAUAAAUGUAAUUACACACGCAGUGCUUUUAUUUCAGUAAAUUACAAGAAUAUUGUAAAAAUCCUGUGUUGCUUUGUUAGGCAACCUUAAUGUUCAUCGUCAGUAUUUGGAUCCUCAGCAUGCUGGUAGACUUCACAGCAUAUGUACAUCUAUAUGCUGCUGCUAUAGAUAUUUGUUUUGGUUGUGUUGCCCACCCCUAAUGAUUCUAAAAUAUAUAUAUAUAUAUAUAUAUAUAUAUAUUCUUUUUUUUUUAUAUAUCAAGCAAUAUUCCUUUCUCUAGUGAUGACUAACUUUUGGCAUUCCAGCUGUGUGGUUGGUUGAACAUUAUUGCAGCUGUCUUCAACAGUCCACAGCUUAUAAUUACGUAUUAUUCACAAGUGCUUUUAUGCUUAAUAUUGUGAAUUCUAUUCCAUUUUGUCAGUGCGUUUAUUAAAUUAUUUGCUGUUUUUGAGGACGAUUGACACUAUUGUUGUAUCUUGUUUUGAUCACCUUUUGUAAGUUUCUAAGAGGAAGAGUCACCCAGCAGUAGUUAAUGGGCAUCUGAUUUCUGAGUGAAACAUUUAAAAUCAUAUAGGUUCUAUCAAGCUGAUCCAUUACCCUCUAAGCAUCUGUCUUUGGGUUUCAGAAUCUGUAAAUUUACAUUUUUAUGAAGAUCAAAAUUCUGUUCUCUAUAUAUUCUUGUGUUGUAAUCUAAUGAGAAAAAAAAAAUAUAUAAUUUUUUUAUUUUUUUUUCUGUGGCAGCUUAUUAUUUUUGCUGCCAGGCCUCAUAAAGUACAUUAAGCACUACAGAAAUGUUAAUGUUGUGUAGGCCAGAAUACAGUAGUGCCUUGUUAACACCUAUGAAGUCUAAGAUUUCCAGGACACACAGAAUAAACAAAACAUUACAUUGCUUUUCUAUUGUCACAUUCUUGUGUUGUUAUGGUCACAUUGGUCUACUGUACUACAGAAAAUUUCAGUAUUAUACUAUCCGAGUGCACUGUUUGCAACUUUGUCUUUACACUGGGAAUAUUUUUUUAUUUUUUUUUAAAAAACAACAAAAUUACAUCACAACAGCUACAUUUUGGCUAAUAAAGAUUUUUUUUACUAACUAAUAUUUUUUGCCUAUGUAUUGCAGUUCAUCUACAUUUGCUAUUUGCUGAACAAAUAUAUAUUAAAGAUUUUUUUUAUAUAUGUUCAUACAACUUUAAUAUUGUUUCAAUGCCUCUUGCUAAUCCCUGCCUUGUAGUAAUUUUACUUGUAAAACACCAACACUUCCCACUGUGUUGUAAUAUGGGUAAACAACUCAUUUAGGCAUUUAGUGACAACACAACAUUAGAUGUAAAAACAGGAGGUAACCAGGACCACACGUGCAAGUAAACUAACAAAAGUGGCUACCAUUUUGUUGGUGACAAUAGGAUAAAUCACCCAAAUUGAAUAGCAUGGGAGCUUGACAUUCUAGAGCAUUUACAUUCAGAUUUCCCUUGGCCUUAUGAGGAUUCCCUGGAACUCCGAGGAUGGCUAAAACAGACAUGAUACGUUUAGUAUUAAUUGCUCCAGAAAUGGAGAACUGAGGAAGCCUCAAAGUAGUGAAGCACCGAAGAAGUGUGAAAAAUGUUCAUCCCUAUAAUACCGUAUAUAGUCUAAUCUGUAAAAGAGACAGAAAUAUCUGUUGCAACUACUUUUUGCAGUCUGUUUUACAGCUAAGAGCUGCAGGCAGCUGUGAUCUUUAAAUGACCCUCUUUGUGCACCCCAUACAACAGUGUCAGUGCUUUCUGGCUUUCCACUAUGAGCCUCCUAAAAGGUUGAACACAAGCCCCCCCCCCCCUUCUCUUCUGUCUUUGUCUGCCCAAGUUAGGGAGGCUGAAUUUUCUACAAGAGAAAUUUGAUCUGAGCUGCAUAGAAAUAUUUGUGACUUCAGAAUGAGAAAAAUGUGCCUGGUCCCUGCACUCUGAGCAAGAGGGGAAAGCAUUUUGAGAAUAAUUAACGUCAGAGCUUUCUGUUUAAUUACGGUGUAGUUUUAUAACACAAAUUAAACAUGGUGUUUUUUUUUGUUUUUUACCACUUUGGAGUGAACAUACCCAUGAGAAUGGUGUAUUUGUGACUAGGUUUUUUUUUUUUUUGGCCUGAGGAUAAAUUUUAAAUGCUAUUAGACACAUCUGAAAAGAGUAAUUACAGGAAACUGAAAUCUCCUUUUGUUUAGAGAUGCUAAUGCAAAUGAAGAAAAACUAAUCUCUAAGGUGGGAGAGUAAGGGUUAUAGCAAGUAAGGAAUCCUGCCACCAUUAACCCUUUUAGUACUAAACAACUUGUGAUCAUCUGCCCUUUUUUUUUUUUUUAACCUUUUAAGAGCCUUUGCUAAUAAUCAUUCAGCUAAUUCAAUAAUCAGAUGGAUGUUAUGAGGUUUAUUCAAGGAUACACAUGCGCUAAUAUUUCAACUGUUUGUGGCUGAAUAGGCGGACAUUGGCCAUAUGCCAGUGACGGUCCCUGUAGCCCUCGCAAGACAUUAAGAUGCAUAGUGCUGGACUUUAUUCAGAAACUUGUUGAGAACGCAGGGCAUAAAAUCCCUGGUAAGGUUGCAAUAUGUUUCUACUUUGGGUAAUCAUUGCUGCCAAUGAAUUGUACUUGGACUGAUUAGCUCAUUCUUUCAUUGUCCUAAUUUAAAUGCAAAGCGGUCAGAUUACUGUGUGCAUAUUUACAAAGCGGGGGUUGAAAAUGGCUAAUUUCCUGACAUUCUGAGAAGCUAUGUAGCUGAGGUGGGAAUAUCAUUUACCCGGAAGAAUUUUGUCAAAAUAAAAGUUAACAAAUGUUACUUUAAAAGACCUGAACCUCCCCUCCAAAAAAUUUCACUUUUUAUUUGGGAAAACUUCUGAAUUAAGCAUUAAAAACAUCUCUACAAUGUGGCAAAUAUUUUUUCAUUCUACAAAGGCCGCUUUUUUUUUUUUUUUGCAAACUGGCUGCAUACCUCCUGCUUGCAAUUGUGUAACUGAUGUAACCAGUUUCUAUUGGCUGCCUGCUGUUCUGUAGGCUUUUAUAACAAGAGACGCAUUUCUCUUGUGCUAAACGGGGCCUAUCCUAUUUUUUUUUUUUUUUUUCAUUUGCAUUAAACACUGUGGCCAAAUUUGGUUUUCACAGCAAUCCGCUUCCAUAGCUGCAUGGUGUGCAAUAGGAACUAUGGUAAAUGUUAUGUGAUUUGCAGUAAAUGACUUAACCGAGGCUUUUUCAAAAGCAAGUUAGAUAAAUUUUAUUAAACUUAAUGUGUAUGCAAUAAAAUAGCUAUCACUGUAUUAAAAAAAGUACUUUCCUCUCACAUGAGACAGAAUCUCUUUGUUUCCCCUGGUUACGUAUAGAUACUGUGUGGGACUACGGAAAUUCGCAUGUGGCUUGAGGAAAUGGCAGAAAAACGUGGACAUGCUAGAUUUAAAAAAAAAAAAAAAAUUAUUACACAGAUUUCCUUACUUUUAUGUAUUUCUUACUUUGACAAAUUUAACAUUACUGGGUCUCCUGAUACACACCUGGGGAACAAGGUUUUGCCUGGAUGGAAGAGCCUAGUGAUGUUUGUUGGCUCUGUCACUUGGACAUCUUGUGCUAAUUGCAGUUUUUGCUCAGGAAAUCCUGGUUUUAGAACAGUUUACAUUUUCGGUAAUAUUUUGGAUGGCUCCCUUCAUACCAGGGAUGUGUAAGCACUGGAAAGUCUUGUGCUUCUUUCCUCACCAUAAUGCAUCAAUUGAUCCACGUUUGGACGAGGCCGUUAUAUACUUGUCUGGGUAUGUGGCCUUGCUCCUCAUCUUGCCAACGGUAUUUACGAAUGUUGGGUUUUGAUUUUUGAACUUUUUUUUUUUUUUUUUUCUUGCUGACUGCAUUUACUAAUUUUAAAUAGCGUUGAAUGCAUUCAAUAAAGUAAAUGUUAAGUUCAAAUAAUCCAGGGAUUUGGAUCUAAAAUCUGCUGGUAGUCUUCUCUCAUUACUGUAAUUCGUACUACUCGUAUUUCCCAAAUGGCUACCAACUGAAAUUAGAGACUGCCUUUUUAUGACUCUGUUACGUUCAGUUGGUAAUAGUGGCUUAAGUGUUCAAACCCCACCAAAAAAAAAAAAAAAAAUCCUCAACACGCUGUUUUUUUGUUUUUUUUGGUUUCUUCCCUCCUAACGCUGCUUUUAUUGGAUAUUUACAAUGACCCUACUGGACUGCAUUCUGUUUGGGAACAAAGGAGAUGCCUUUUUAGCCCGAAUCCUUAGGGGACCACCAAGAACUUCAGCUCACACAGUGCAAUUUCACACCACAUUCAACAAAAACUAAAAAUGCAUGACUGACUACUUUAAAAAUGCAGUAUGGUACAGGCAUUCCAUUCAAAUCUAGGGCACUGUCACAACACAGACAGACCCAAGCAAAUACCUUUAGGCUUCUAAAAUAGAUAAUGGAGUAAUCUUCAUUGUUACCUCUCUGGUUAGCUGCCCAUGUAUCCCAACAAUGUUUUAUUUUUGUAACCCUUUCUCAUUAAUGACACAUUUCAUACUAUAAUGAUGUCUAACCAGCUGGGGUGUGUGUGUGUGUAUGUAUAUAUGUGUGUGUGUGUGUGUGUGUGUGUGUGUAUAUAUAUAUAUAUAUAUAUAUAUAUAUAUAUAUAUAUAUAUAUAUAUAUAUAUAUAAUGGAUUACAAUUUUUAUUUUUUAUUUUCGAUAAGCUGCUUACAUGAUAAGCAAUAAUAUAAACACAUGCCUUAACUCCUGAAGGACCAACAGGGAGUUUUAUGACUUCUCAUUCUAAAUACAGAGACAUUAAUAUCUAGUUGGUUCAUCUUUGCAGCUAUAACCACUUCAACUGUUCCGGAAAGGCUUUUCACAAGAUUUUGGAGUAUUUCUUUAGGAACCUUUGCUCAUUCAUCCAGUAGAGAAUUUGUGAGGUGAGGCACUGAUGUUGGACGAGAAGGCCUGGUUCGCAAUCUCUGUUCCAUUUCAUUCCAAAUGUGUUAGAAGGGGUUUUAGGUCAGGACUCUGUGUGGGCCAUUCAAGUUCUUCCACACCAAAGUCUUCCAACCAUGCCUUUAUGGACCUUGCUUUAUCCACUGGGACAGUGUCAUCCUGGAAAAGAAAUGAACAUUCCCCAAAACUGUUUCUACAAAGUUGGAAGCAUAAUAUUGUCCAAAUUGUCUUGGUAUGCUGUAGCAUUAAGAUUUCUUUUCCCUGUAAGAAAGGGCCCGAGCCCAGGCCCUGAAAACAGGCCCAUACCAUUAUCCUUCAUCCACUAAACUUUAUAGUCGACACAAUGCGGUCAGGCAGGUAACAUUCUCCUUGCAUCUGCCAAACCCAGAAUAGCCCAUCAGACUGCUAAACAUGCAAGUGUUAUUUGGCACUCCAGAACACUUUUCCAUUGCUCCAGAGUCCACUCGAGCACUUGUAUUGUGCUUGGUGAUGUGAGGCUUUCAUACAGCUGCUCAUCAAUGGAAGCCCAUUCCAUGAAGUUUUUGUGCUGAUGUUAAUGCCAGUGGAAGUUUGGAACUCUUCAGAUAUGGAAUCAGCAAAACAUUGGCAACUUUUACAAACCACGCACUUCACUACUCUGUGACCACGCUCUGGGACUUUACGUGGUCUUCUGCUUUGUGGUUGAGUUUCUGCUCUUCUUAAAUGUUUCCACUUUCCAAUAAUACCACUUACAUUUGACUGUGGAAUAUCUUGCAGGGCUUAAAUAUCACCAACUGACUUAUUGCAAAGGCGGCAUCCUAUCACAGUACCAUGUUUGAAUUGAGUUCUUCAGAAUGACCUAUUUUAUUCACAAAUGUUUGUAAAUAAAUGCAAACUGCAUGGCUUUAUUUUAUACACCAGAGUCAGUGGGUCUAAUGUAAACACCUGAAUUCCAUAAUUAAGAUUUGUCACAAUACUUUUUGCUUCUUUUGUCCAUAUAGUGUACGUAUAUGUGUGUUUUUUGCUAUGAAUGUUUUAUUAUUUAUUAUUAUUAUUAUUAUUAUUUACAUCUGGUCAACAGACUAACACUUCCUGUUUACCUCUCAUGUGAUGGAUUCAUCCUGUUUUUGGCUUCCCUUCUCUAACCUGCUAUUGAGGAGAAUGUCUGUCAGUCACUGAACUGAACGAUACCUUUUGAUUGGCUGCUUAUGCAGAGCUGUGAUUGGUGUAACUAAUGUUAAACGUCCUGUAUCUAUGUGAUUGGCAGAUGUUAGCAACACCAGUCAGUGCUCUGCGUAAGCAAGCAAAAAAAAAAAAAAAUGCAUAAAAUAUCUACUAUUUUAUAGAUAUUCUGUAUCUGCAAAGUGGCACAAUGAAAACACCUGGUUACAAUGUAAUUCCAGCUCUUGAUGGCUACGUUUACUUUAACCUUAGCUGAGCAUUAUGGGAAACAGGCUGCAGUGACAUGGGUGGCUGCUAUCAGUCAUUCAAAAGCAUCGUGUUAGAAGCUAAUUUGUAAUAAGGCAAUCUUUUUAUAUUUUCAUGUUGUAAUGUUCCUUUAUUGUAGAUUCUGUACACUCCAUGUUAAUAUUGAUGGCAAGUCCAUGUUUGUAUUUUAAAAAAACUGAUUACAGUUCAUUUUUAUGCCUUUUUCCCCUCUGUACUAAAGCUAAUGAGUAUUUACGUAUGCAAAAGCACAGUGCCGCACAGUGAUGUUCAAUGCAACCAGAACAUUUGGUAUUUUUGUUCAGGGCUGGGCUGAAAUGCACUUUUCAUACAUAUGCUCUCUUUUAGUUCCGUCUGCUCUCCAUGAGCACAUGUUCGAUCAUUUCUAAAGACUGCCAUUACAGUCAGCAUGUGAAUAAAUGAACAAGACACUUUCUGGUAAAUUGCAAGUUACAAACUAGCCUAGAAAUAAUUGAUGGCUGCAUGUCAGUAAAUACCCAAGGCCUUUAUAAACACAGCAUGUUUGGCUUGGUUCUGGUUAGGUUUGUCUCCUUAUCUGUGUGCAUAGUUCUGUCCUUUUACACCCAACAAGUAGCACACAAACUAUUGAAUAGCCAUCGUUAUGGACCCAACUCAACAACUGAGUUUGGUGCACAUGUGCCUCUGCUGAAAGCUACUUGUUGCAUGGUUUACAUAGAUAUUAAACUGUGGGGAAACAAUUAUUUACAUAUGGCCAUUUUACAGCAUAUGUCAUGGCUUGGUCAGUCAUUCUAUGAGCUACUAGUUCCUGCUGGGUGCAUACCUGAUUUAAUCAGGGUUUACAGAAAAACACAUUUAAAAAAAAAACAAAAAAAAAACCCACAACAAAACUUAUAAAUGUUCAUCCACACCACAUGUGGCAAGUGUAGCAAUAAAUUCUAGUAUUAAGUAAAGGAGCCAACAGUGGUGCCAUCUGUCUAUAUAAUAGUCUGUUUCUCUGUCCUUCCAAUAAACUAACCCCCCCACCCCCCCAAAAAAACUUGGUUAGUUUAACUUGGUGAAUUGCUGUGGUAUUCUUUAUUAAGUAAUUCAUCACAUAGUAAUACAUAAACCAAUCUCCAAUUUUAUUAAUAAAACAUUCCAUAAAAUUCAUACACAUUUAAAACCCAUUCAACCCUGCUGUAGCCAGAUUGCCUUUCAACAAAAAUAAAUAAGCAAGUCGGUCCUCCCUAAAAAUGAACCAGAGGAUCACCUUAUAAAUAAUAAAACGCCACAAAAAGAACAAAUCAAUUAAGUUAAAAUCAAAUUAAAUUAUAUAUUUUUUUAUAAAAACAUUGUGAAUAUAGUUCUUUUGCUGCUGCUCCUCCUUGGCCUGAUGUUUCACUGCACUUGCACCUCCUGACAGCUCCUUUUUAUAGUGAAAUGUUGCCCCUUUAAUACAUCCUCUCUACCUGCAGCCAAAACCUGCUUCCCUUAACUCACACCUGCCUAAUCUGCCCUGCAACAACAUUUUAACACUUUCCCUGCCACACUGCGUAAGAUGCUAAUGGGCCAAUGGCCCAUAGCAUCGCAGACUCUGCAUGUCUUGUACAUGCUGCAUCUCAUUGAUUUUGAUCUCAGAUCGUGGGCAAUGCUUGGCUGCCUUUUACUAAAGCUUUUUGUAAAUAUUAAUUUCAAAAGCACAAAGCUCAGUCUUGCUUUAAAGAGUUCUUUUCAGAUGAAUCCAUUUGGCCGUGCCUUUUAAGCACUGUUUUAUUUAGAUGUAAUGUAAAUGCAUGGGUGUAGGAAAAUCUAAGUGAUGCAUUCUGUCAUAACAAACCCAGUGUCCUUUUAGGGAGCAAAUGUGAAAUCAUGCAGUUUUCUGUAGACAAAAUUUAUACACUAUCACCGGAGAGCCUAUAUGGAAUUGGGAUAUAAACCUAUUUAAAGCGACUGUCACCAAAAAUGUGUGUGAGAAUUGUAUUAGACAAUGCUUAAAAUUUGACGUCAGGCCUUAGCAUACCCACUGGGAAUGAAUUUCUAUUUGCUGAGGAUAAAACUACUGGCAAGUGGAAAUCUUGUGCCGUCUGUGUCUACUGUAUGUGUGUAUAUUUUUAUGUGCGUAUGUAUGUCUUCAUUCUAACAAAUGGGUAAAAUGUUGGAUUUUUACUUUGUUUCAGUAUGUCUAAUGUGCAAGCCUUGUAAUUUGCAUGAUAAUGAAGAGUCGUUACGAUAUCUUGUUUUUGUCAUCAGUUCUACAUGAGGAAUAAUUGCUUGGCAGAACAGUGAUUGUGGCGUUUGUCUCUUUAGCCAUCAGUACACCUUUCUUUCCUGCUCCGCAGGAGAGCAUUCCAUUAGCUAAUCUUUUUUCCAUUAUUGGGGGUGGUUAUCUUGGAAAGGUAGAAACAAUCAGCCUUAUUGAUUGAGUUAAUGGAGCAAAGACACUCAUCUCUCAGUACCUUAAGUAAUUAUGCAAAUGUGUAAAUGGCUUAUUGGUGACACUAGAUUUAGCUUUUUGGGGUAAUUUACAUGUCAUCGAGUGCAAAGGAUGUCACCGUAUUGAACAUUGACACUGCAUUAACCGUCCCUUGAGAUUUCUUCUGCACAGUUACCAAUUUUAUAAAAAUGCUAGUGGAUUUUUUUUUCUUCUCCUCUUUGAAGUGUCUCUGAUAUUAUAGACAGCAUCUAGCUCUCGACAUCUCAUGUCAGAUCUGCUUUUUAGGUUUUCUAUAUAUUAAAGGACCACUAUAGGCACCCAGACCACUUCAGCUUAAUGAAGUGGUCUGGGUGCCAGGUCCUUCUAGGGUUAACCCUUUUUUUUUUUUUUAUAAACAUAGCACUUUCAGAGAAACUGCUAUGUUUAUGUUAGGGUUAAUCCAGCCUCUAGUGGCUGUCUCUUGACAGCCGCUAGAGGCGCUUGCGUGCUUCUCACUGUGAUUUUCACAGUGAGAAGACGCUAGCGCCCAUAGGAAAGCAUUGUGAAUGCUUUCCUAUGGACUGGCUGAAUGUGUGCGCUGCUCCUACCGUGCAUGCGCAUUCAGCCAAAGAGGAGGAGAGCUCCCCGCCCGGCGCUGGAGAAAGAGGCAAGUUUAACCCCUUUCUCUCCAUCCAGCCCGGUGGGAGGGGGACCCUGAGGAUGGGGGCACCCUCAGGGCACUAUAGUGCCAGGAAAACGAGUAUGUUUUCCUGGCACCAUAGUGGUCCUUUAAAGUGAUGAGAUGUUUAAUAGGCAAGAAGUCUGACAUGGUUAAUCACUUAAUCACUUAAGUGUGAAUUGUCGGGCGUUCAUUCUGGAUUUCAAAUUUUAAGCCAAAAUAGCUCAAAUGGAAAUAUAGCAAUUUUUUUUGCACAAAUCUGCUUCCUUGCGUUACAAUUAACAUAUCCUUUGGAAUUGUGAGGUUUGUAGUAAAGCACCAAUUCUAGGGAUAAGGUAGGACUUACUCUGCUGAAUAAAUAGUUUUCCCCAUUUGUUGGUAAAUGGAAUUUUUUUUUUUUCCAAAUUGUCCUGUUCUUAUUUAAAUUGCUACUUUUCAUUUGCAUUGUAACUACCGAGGCCCAUUAGGUUAUAAGUAACUAGCCUGCUUUUCUGCAAAGAUGAGCUGCUGUUGAACCUUGUAUGUGCUUGCAUACAGUCUUUGGCUAUUGAUGCACUGUUCAACAGGCUUAACUACCUUUUUAUAGGUCCACUCAGUCUGCCUAUUUACAUAGGAAUCUCUGUUCAUUGAAUGGUGUUUAAUACUUUGGAAUAGUGGCUUUGUUUUUGACAAAGAUUUGCCACUUGUCUUCCUGUCUACUACUUUAGUGUCUCUCGGCAUUGUUAACUUCGAAAGCAAUUAGAUUGUGUGUCUGUGUGUGUGUGUGUGUGUGUUUAUAAUUAAAAAAAAAUAAAAUAAAUAAAAAUAAAUUCCCUCUUAUUCUGUGAUAAAAAUCAAGCAGUAGUUUUGAUUAGAGAUUGAUCCACUUAGUUUAUAGAUAACUGUAGGUAAUUUAUUUAUUUAUUUUGCCAGAAUUUUCAUUUUUUUUUUUUUUUCGCUUUCAAAUCACAAAUGGUUGUAGAAUCUAGUGAGCUCCAGUGUUAAUCGGGUACUUAGCAGUAACUGCUUUGAGUUUUCCAGCUAGUGGGAGGCUUGCUUUCAUUGGCAGAGACUUCAGAGGAUGCAAAGCUAUUUCUGCCAGAGUAAGCAGUUGUUUUAUCCAAUCCAACCUAUUGUCAAAUUAUUGCCUUUUGCAGUAAUUGCUCUGAUAAGAAAUGGAUGCUCCUUAUCCACGCUGUGAUCUUCCUUCUCUGCUCUAUGUGACUUGCAUUUUGCUUUAAGGACACUUUAAACAUGACAAAUUAGCCUUGCUUUGGGUGGCUGCAUAGUUCUGCCACCCAUAAAAAGGGAUUACUUACAGGGGAUUGUUGUGCAAUAAGAGAUUUAUGAUGUGAUGCGUGUUUAGUCCUUUCAAGAUCUUUAUCAAGACAUAAAGCCUGUGUCUCUGGAGCUCUUAUUAGAUCCUGUGACUGGAACAUUGUUAGAAAGCCUUUCUAUCUAGACACAGUUGAGAAGUUAAAGGGACGCUCCAGGCUAGAAAUGACCCAUCUGUUUUGGAUUUUAAAUGCGUUUACAGCAUAUUCAGGAACUUCGAAUUCCAGUUUCUGCAGUGCACUUUACCCAGAUCACGGGUGACUCAUCCAGUCGUGAUACUUUUUUUUUUUUUAUUUUAUGUGGCAGAGUUGAUUAUAUCCUACAGCAGUGGUUUAUGAGCACAACACAAGUGAUGACCUAAUGUACAGCUGUGUUACUGGAGCAAAAAGAGAAACACUACAGGUUGGAGGGUCAAAAAGUGGAUUUAUAGAGAAACAAAACCAAAAACACUCAUCAUAACAAACUGUACCCUAACCUAGUGGUUCCCAAACUAGUCCUCAAGGUUCCCCUACUUGGGAUUACCCAGUUGUCUAAGGAGUUUUUUUUUAAUUUUUCUAAAAACACUGUAGACACAACUUUGUAAUUCCUAAAUCCUGGACUGGUAUGGGAACCACUGCCCUAACCCAUACCUUGCUUAUUACAAGUGUAGGUGCACGGGGUGUCCCAAGUAAUACCUACAUUUUUUAAAUUUUUUACAGCAUGGGGUACACUAGUCGCCAGUACAACUACAUCUUAAUGUUCUUGUGAGUAAAGCAUGUCCUGCAGGCUAUUCAAUGUAAAGCUGCCAUCGCAACACUGACCAACACACAUUCGCUGACACACACACAUACACUUGCAAACAGACACACACACAUACACUUGCAAACAGACACACACACACACACACUUGCAAGCAGACACACACACUUGCAAACAGACACACACUUGCAAACAGACACACACUUGCAAACAGACACACACUUGCAAACAGACACACACUUGCAAACAGACACACACACACACUUGCAAACAGACACACACACACACUUGCAAACAGACACACACACGUGCAAACAGACACACACACGUGCAAACAGACACACAAACUUGCAAACAGACACACACACUUGCAAACAGACACACACACUUGCAAACAGACACACACACACACACACACACACUUGCAGACACACACGCACUCGCAGACAGGCGCGCCCUUGCAGACAGGCGCGCGCACUCCCUGACAGACACACUCGCUGACGCACGCACACAAAAAGGCUGAACAGACCAUGCAUAAUUUUAUUAGUAGGAAAUCUAUAAUUUCACUUUUUACAUUUUUUUUAUUUAAAUGGUAACUUCCUGUAUAUAUAGCUGUAACCCUGUUAAUGGUUUGUAUCUAUCAUCCCUAUGACAAUCUUAGAGUUUAAGGUUUAUUCCUGCUAAAAACACUUAUGUUUAUAUUAAAGUAUGUGAGCCCAGCCCUGAAACUAGUUUAUUCCUAAGCCCACAAGUCCCUUGGUGUUGGGUGGUGAAUUUAAAAUCACUUUAUAUUGUGAAGUUCAGAACUCCACCAAGGAAAGGGCUGUACUUAGAAAGGCAGUAAUAUUUGCACUGUUUCCUUUGUAUUUUAUUUUGUUAGAUAUCAUUUGUGUUAAACCUUAAAACUGUGUUUUACAUAUCAUUAUCUACAGUGACCAAUGGUAAAUUACAAAAUGCCAAAAAUUAGGCCAGCAUUGACACAUUACAAAAAUGAUUACAUUUGGAUGUGCAUCUAACUUGGUUAUUUCAACAUACUUUUUUCAAUUUAUCUGUUCGUUCAUUACACCACUUUGUCUAAUUCUGAGACAUGGCCAAAAUUUUGAACAUUUUUAUUUUUGGUAUCCACAAGUGGGAAUACAUUGUGGUUCUGACUUGUUUAGGGAAGGCGUGUGAGAAUGAAUGUAUAUAUGGUGGUGUUUGUAGAAUUAUCUGAAAUCCGUCCUUGUUGGCACUGCCAUGUUAUUGGGCAGCACUAUCUUCGGCUCCUGAUAACAUUAUCUACACAGAGCCUCUUAGUUGCUCUGCGGAAGAUAAUGGCAUACCGCUCAAUCUUACAGUGAUAACGAUUUAUGAAAAUUUAACAUUUUCAGUAUAGUAGAAAUUCAAUGUUUUAGGUCAAAGUAAAGUAACUGAAAAACAUGGUGGGCUUGUAGAAUUUAUUUCAUUUAAAAAAAAUAAAAAUUAUUUUGACAUAAAAUUUUUAAUUUGGUUUUUAGCUUAUUCACAAAAGUUAGAAUUGUUGCAAAUUUAAUGUGUAUUACAAAGUAGCUAAAUUGAAGAAUAUUUUAGCCUUACAUUUUGAAUUAACUUUGAAGUCCAUACAGUUCUCCCUUGAGUGAAUAGCCUUACCAGCUUUAGUGUGCAGUUUGUGGGUCACUAAUUGUGAAGGGAAUGCUAUGAAUAGUAGUCUAUCAGAGCCAGACUGCUCUGUGCUCGCAAUCAUGUAUAUCCUCUACUACUUAUCAGGACAUAAAGAUUAUUUUGCUGCAGGCUGUGUGUGUUCCCAAAACACUGCAGGCAGAAAAGAGAUUAACCUUAGAAGCUUGAUUUCUUUUAUUGUGUUUGCUUAAGCAAAGUUGUGUGUAAUUAAUGUGGUUGGAAAGUAAAUAUUAUAGGAACUGACAUUUAGAGCAACUAGAUAGACUUUUGUGCUGACCUUAAAAUAAAAUCCAAGUGGACUUAAUAAUGUAACGUGUAUGCAGGGUUAGUUUUGCCUUGAAAUAUUAAACUCUACAGAGCUUUGAGAAGUUAUUUCCUGAGCUAAACAUUCUUUAAAGGGGCAUUAUAACCACUACAGCUCAUUGGUUAUAAUGUAAAGAGUUUUUGAGUGUAGUUUAACAAACGCCUUAAGCCCUUCCUCUCUGCUGUCGACUGGUUGAUGAGGAAGUGAACCAAUCUGUUUCCAGUACUUUUAAUCUAUAAUUGUCAUCCAAAGUUGGAGAAUUAAUUUCCACAUUCGGUGAGUCACAGCAGAGGGUUUGUAUGUUUAGCAAUGGGAGAGCAUGUUUUUUGGUCAAACCACUUAAAUGUCUACCAUUACAGGUGUAAUGGGUAGCGAUGCAGCUGUGUACUUUGCACAGUAAGGGUUACUUGAUACAUCAUAAUAAAUACAACCUGCUUUUCUUUGGUUCGCUUUGCAAGCCCUUUUACCUUGGCCCCCUGCUUUUUAAAUGGCUGGUGGUGUGCAUUCAGCUUUUAUAGAACUGUAGAAGCUGAUUCCGUUCAGUGUCCGAAAAACCUUAGCUGAUUGCUCUCAGCCACAGAAUAUGCAUAGAAUUGACAUUAGCCAGUUCAGUAUACUCAUUCAGGGUAGGAUAAUGGCACUGCUAAAGGUAGAAUUCCACCUCUGGCACUAAUCUAAAUUGGUCGUGGUGCUCUGAGUAACUUUUCAAAGGGGUACCUGCCUUCAAGAUGCUGAGGACUGUAACCCACAAGGGUGAACCCUAAUAGCGCUAGUGUAAUUGGAACUGCAAUACUUGUGUUUUUAUGAAUGCAGCAACCCUUCAGCAUUGUUAUAUUGACAUAGAAACAUAGAAUGUGACGGCAGAUAAGAACCAUUUGGCCCAUCUAGUCUGCCCAAUUUUCUAAAUACUUUCAUUAGUCCCUGGCCUUAUCUUAUAGUUAGGAUAGCCUUAUGCCUAUACCACACAUGCUUAAACUCCUUUACUGUGUUAACCUCUACCACUUCAGCUGGAAGGCUAUUCCAUGUAUCAGCUACCCUCUCAGUAAAGUAAUACUUCCUGAUAUUACUUUUAAACCUUUGUCCCUCUAAUUUAAGACUGUCCUCUUGUUGUGGUAGUUUUUCUUCUUUUAAAUAUGGUCUCCUCCUUUACUGUGUUGAUUCCCUUUAUGUAUUUAAAUGUUUCUAUCAUAUCCCCCCUGUCUCGUCUUUCCUCCAAGCUAUACAUGUUAAGAUCCUUUAACCUUUCCUGGUAAGUUUUAUCCUGCAAUCUAUGAACCAGUUUAGUAGCCCUUCUCUGAACUCUCUCUAAGGUAUCAAUAUCCUUCUGAAGAUACGGUCUCCAGUACUGCGUACAAUACUCCAAGUGAGGUCUCACCAGUGUUCUGUACAAUGGCAUGAGCACUUCCCUCUUUCUACUGCGAAUACCUCUCCCUAUACAACCAUGCAUUCUGCUAGCAUUUCCUGCUGCUCUAUUACAUUGUCUGCCUACCUUUAAUUCAUCAGAAAUAAUCACCCCUAAAUCCCUUUCCUCAGAUGUUGAGGUUAGGACUCUAUCAAAUAUUCUGUUCUCUGCCCUUGGGUUUUUACGUCCAAGAUGCAUUAUCUUGCACUUAUCCACAUUAAAUGUCAGUUGCCACAACUCUGACCAUUUUUCUAGUUUACCUAAAUCAUUUGCCAUUUGGCUUAUCCCUCCUGGAACAUCAACCCUGUUACAUAUCUUAGUAUCAUCAGCAAAAAGACAUACCUUACCAUCAAGACCUUCUGCAAUAUCACUAAUAAAAAUAUUAAAGAGAAUGGGUCCAAGUACAGAUCCCUGAGGUACCCCACUGGUGACAAGCCCAAGCUUUGAAUAUACUCCAUUGACUACAACCCUCUGUUGCCUGUCACUCAGCCACUGCCUUACCCAUUCAACAAUAUUGGAAUCCAAACUUAAAGAUUGCAGUUUAUUGAUAAGUCUUCUGCGUGCAACAGUGUCAAAAGCCUUACUGAAAUCUAGGUAAGCAAUGUCUACUGCACCACCCUGAUCUAUAAUUUUAGUUACCCAAUCAAAAAAAUCAAUAAGAUUAGUUUAGCAUGAUAUCCCUGAAGUAAACCAUGUUGUCUCUGAUCUUGAAAUCCACGUGUUUUUAGAUGUUCAACAAUCCUAUCCUUUAACAUGGUUUCCAUCACUUCCCCACUACUGAAGUAAGGCUUACUGGCCUAUAGUUGCCCGACUCCUCCCUAUUACCUUUCUUGUGAAUGUGCACAACAUUCGCUAACUUCCAAUCUUCUGGGACUACUCCUGUUAACAAUGAUUGGUUAAAUAAAUCUGUUAAUGGUUUUGCUAGCACAUUGGUGCUUUUAUGACAAUAUUUUAAUCAGAAACAUUACACACAUACAGUACUACACUUAACAAGCUCUUCAGUUAGUUAUUGUUUGUGACCAGAGAUGCCACACAUUUGAAAAUGACUGCUAUAGUCUACAGUAAUAACGUUCUGUGCUGUCCUAAUAAUCUGAUCUUUAAGGAUUUUUCUCCAAAAUGGAAUAUCACAGUCAUUGCAUAGCAGGGUUAGUAUAGUAUUUACAAUUCUAAAUAUGCACGGCAAACUCUCCUGCUAUGAAGUCUUUAAAUAUCAGAUUGUAGUUUGGGUAAAAACAAAUGCGUGAUUCUUAGUGGGUUAAACAACAAUGACAUUCAGUGCUGUCAUCGCAAUCUGGUACUUGUAGACCCUAUGCCACCAUGGAAUGUCCUGCAUAUUUUUCAGCGGGAGCUCAAUAGAACCAUGCUGUCACUAAAUGAGUAGGACAUUCCAUGUCAGAGUAGGUCUUUAAGGACCAAAUUGUUAGGACACUCUAGGCCGUGCUUGAUCUUUACCAUGGUAACAUAUAAAUAGUGUAACAAGCGCACAGGGAAUAUUAUUGCCUCAAAGUCCAGAAGUCAGGAGAUAUAUCACUUUCAAGUGCAAUGUUUUGCAUUUUGUAGUUUUGUCCUAAAUAAUGUAUUCAUGUUCACGCCCAAUUGUAUGUAGCUUUUGCAAAAAAUAUAUAAAAAAAUAAAAAUUGCAGCUUCUUGUAUCCUAGUUCCUCUUUAAGUUACCCAUUGGCAUUCUAAAACACAUCCUAGUUAAUGUAACUGUUUGUGAUGUCGCCGCUUCCUGUCAGUCCUGCCCACCUAACCUGAAGUGUCAAAUAACACAAUUUUUAUUCCCAAUAUUAUAUUAUCUGCAUUUAUAUAGCACCAAUUUAUAACGUAGCGCCACUGAAGGGUACUCUGACAACAAAUGAGAAAAUAUUUUUUUACAGAAACAAUAGGUUGAGGAUCCUGUGCAAACGAGUUUACAUCCUUAAAAUCCAUAAGCACAGCAAAGUUUCUGGGAGUUGGACUGUAGCUUUUUUUUUUGGAGUGAACUACCAGUCCCAUAAACCUCUGGUCUGCAUAGAACUGAGGUUGAAAUCUGCUAGUCAACUCCUCCUUCCAUACAGUGUGCACAUAAACAGAAUGUUUCACAGAUUUGUAGGUGUGUAUUAAAGGAACACUAUAUAGGAUCAGAAACACAAACGUGUAUUCCUGACUCUAUACUGUUAAAACCACCAUCUAGCCCCCUCUUCUUGACUCUCUGUAGUAAAAUCUUACUUGUAUUCAAGUAUGCAGCUGUUGGCUCUGCCCCAUCUGCCUCUGACCUGCCUGAUAUCUGCUGACCUCAUCAGAAGUGGUGAUCUGAGCCAAUCACAAUGCUUCACCAUAGGAUUGGUUGAAACUGUCAAGGAGGCAGAUCAGGGUCAGAGCCAACACAAUUCAAACACAGCCCUGGCUAAUCAGCAUCUCCUCAUAGAGAUGAAUUGAAUGAAUGCAUCUUUAUGAGUAACGUUCAGUGUCUGCAUGCAGAGGGUGGAGACCAUGAAUGGCAGUGCUGCUCACUGUGCAGCAUUGCCCCAGGAAGCAUCUCUAGAAGCCAUCUGAGGAGUGUCUAGUGGAGUUAUUACUAGGCUGUAAUGUAAACACUGCGUUUUCUCUAAAAAAAAAAAAGACAGUGUUUACAUCAAAAAGCCUGAAGGGAAGGAUUCUACUCCCCAAACAUGCAAUUCACCGUAGUUUGGGUGACUAUAGUGUCCCUCUAACUCAGACUAGUGUCUGUCACAUUUCUAAUCUUUGCAAAGAGUGUUAAACAGCCAGUGUCUGAUCUGCAUUUUAACCCUUACAAUGUCGUCUUAAACUUGUCCAACACUUCAGGCUCAAUAGGCCAGAAGCAGAGCUGGGGCUACCAUAAGGCGGCCACUUUUGGGUGGACUGGCCCUGGGGGCGCAAUGUCAGGCUGUCCGGCAGGAGGGAAGCGCUCUGCGCUCCCGUCCAUCUGUUUACUUUUUGAAGCGUGGCCGAGCGCAAGCGCCUCCCUUCAGCACAGCCCAGCCUCUUACCGCCUGCCAAGCUUACUGUCGCCCGAGGAGCCUCUUACACUCGUGUCUGCCGCAGGCUGUGUGGAGGGGGCGUGAUAUGAAUGACAUCAUAUUCCUGCUCCCUGUGUACCACACAGCAUGGCUGGUGCCCAAGACUGCACAGAGCCGGACAGCAUGAACCCAGGGACCUGUCUGUACCAUAGGAAUGUAAUUGUGACUGUUUGUGUAUGUAAAAUGCAGCUUCGCCUGUGUAGCUAAAAAUCCUUGUACCAGCCCUGGCCAGAAUGAAAGACUUCUGAUCAGCAACAUUACUUCCUGGAGUGGGAGGGGGUAAAGGCGAUUUCCCCUAUAAGGAUUUGCACAAAAAGCAAAAACAAAAUGUAAAUUUUUUUUUUUGUAUUGUAUUUUUAAUAAUUUGUGUCAUAGAUUACAUUAUAUUGGUCGCAUCUAGCCUGGCACCCCUAUCCUUUGACUUUAAAUUUUGAACGUGCAAAUAUAUGUGAUCAGGCUCUUUCAUUCAUCUAUAAAAACGAAUAAAAUUGAUAGAGAAUUGCCUUGGUGGAGUUUCAAACUUUAAUUGUAGUUUGGGGCGCUGAACUCCUGCAUUUUAUCCCUGGCCUCUGGGAAGCUUUAGUUAAACAUAAGUUUUGUGAAAUGGAGAACAGUUUAAAUCCAAUUUGCCAUCACAUGAACUGAACUCCUGGGUCUGUAGGGGGUGGUAAUGUAGAGAUAAUGGAAGAAUGCAUUGCUAGGUUGGAAAAAAAAAUCAAUUUGUAGAGAUAAAAUCCUAGUUUCUGCUCAGCUGCAGUCUAGAUUUGUAGGACUUUUUCUGUGUGUGGUCAGCUGAGGAUUCUAUAUUUGUUUCAGCCAAACAUUCCUGGUAAUUUUUAACUAUAGUGUAGUAAAUUGUGGAAUGUAGUGAGAAAUUACAUUUGUGGAACAAUCAGGUCUGUCUUGCUUCUUCACCUGGCUGUUUUGGUCUGACUGUGCAGAUGCCUCCCUUCUUAGGUUUAUGCAAUGAGUUUACCUCCUUUUACUUUGAAGAACUUUUUUUUCUUUGUCUUUUUAUUACCAAAUAAGUUACAAAUAGUCAUCCUUCUUUUAUGUUGUUUAUUUAUACAAGACCAGCUAUGUCAAACAGGGAGGUGAAAAGGGGUGAACGGUAAAAAUAUAAGCAAAUGCUUAACUCUGUUCUGACAUUAACAUUUUCUUGGAUGAACAUAAAGGGAUGUAUUAUGAUUAUUAUCACUGGUAUUUAUAUAGCACAAGCAUAUUCCGUAGUGGUCUAUAAUGUUAUCAAAGGGGGAUAUUUACCAAUAAAUUAGACAAUUACAAAAACUUACAAGAACAAUAGGUUGAAGAGAGCCCUGCUUAAACGAGCUUACAGUCUAUAGGAAGUGGGGCGUAAAACCCAACAGGACAGGAGGUAGCAAUCAAACAAGGUGGAGUGAAGCAGAGCUGGUGGAGAGUGUAGAAUGCUUCCCUUUAAAAGAGAGCAAGGGACAGGUAUGUGAGGUAAAGGUUACUCUGGGAGGCCAUAAGCGUUCCUAUAGAGAUGGGUUUUGAGGCACUUUUUAAAUGAUUGAAGACUAGGGGAUAGCUUGAUGGUCGUAGGCAGGCUAUUCCAAAGGAAAGGAGCCACCCGCAAGAAGUCCUGCAAAUGUGAGUUGGCCGUACGGGUGCGAGCAGCGGACAGGAGAAGGUCACGGGCAGAGCGGAGAGACAGAGAAGGGGAAUACCUGCGGAUUAGUGAAGAAAUAUAGGAGGGGCUAGAAUUGGUCAGUGCUUUAUAGGUGUGGAUUAGUACCUUGAAUUGACUCCUAUAGGAUACAUGAAGCCAAUGUAAUGACUGACAGAUUGGAGAGGUGUGCGAGGAUAAUCAGUCUAGCUGCAGCAUUUAUUACAGACUGUAGCAGGGCAAUACGACUUGUGGGAAGACCUAUUAGGAGAGACUUACAAUAAUCCAUGCGAGAGAUUACUAGAGCUUGGACAAGCUCCUUAGUAUCUUGUGUAAGAAAGGGGCGGAUGCGGGCUAUGUUUUUAAGGUGGAAUCUACAGGAUUUGGUUACAUACUGGAUGUGAGGCUCAAAUGUGAGGCCAGAAUCAAAUAUAACGUCAAGACAGCGGGCUUUCAAUGGUGGACUGAUGUGAGUACCACUCACUUGAAGGGAGAGCGAAAGAGGGGGAUCAGUAUUAGGACGAGGAAAGACCAGGAGUUCAGUUUGAGAGAGACUGAGUUUCAAAAAGCAGGAGGACAUCCAAGCAGUGAUGUAAGAGUUAAGCUUCUUACUAAGCAUACUCUUGUUUAGUUAAUAUCUUGACUUGAGUACUGUGUUGCAUAGUUUGCUGUUCUACAUCCCUGUGAGACUUCUUUGAGAUCCUGAGAGUCAAAGUAUUUUAAGUAAGAAUGUUUGUGAACAUUUUUUAUAAAGCUGGAACUAAAAAAAUAAAUCUGUGCUCAGAUUGUUUCUAUUUCAAGUGAAUGUUUUUUUUUUUUUUAAAUUUUUUUGUCAAGUAAUUUCUAUAAUGGUUGUGUAUAUGUGUAGAUGUGUGUGUGUGUGUAUGUAUGUAUAUAUGUGUGUUUUUUUUAUUUUUAUAUAUGUAUAUACACACAAAAUACAGAAUCCAGCGCAUUCGCGUAUUCACUAUAAUAUAAUAUAAUCUCUCCAAUUACCAAAUAGUCAAGUGCAUCAUUACCUGACCUCUAUGGAGCUAGACGAAGCAUGUCAAACUCAAAGGCUAACAAUGGCCAAAAAAACAAGGUUUAAAUUUGCGGGCUGCAAAAAGAAACAAAAACUUCUUCAGGCUCCCCCCAUUCUAAUACAUUGACCCAUAAAUCCAAUACACUGCCCCCUCCACCCAAUCUAAUAUACUGCCUCCACUCCCCCAAGUUAAUACACUGCCACCCCCCACUACUUUAAUACACUGCCCCUUCUCUCUCCAAUUUAAUACACUGGCCCCCUUUGUCUCCCUCAAAUUAAUACAGUGGCCCCCCUCCCAAAUUUGGCACACUACACAUGAAGGUCCCCCAAGCCCCUCUUUCCUUACCUUUAGAUGAGCCGCCUGUCCUCCUGUUCCAGCCCUGCUCUUCUCUGCUCGAGCAGGCACCUCGAGCAGGAGGGAAGGGGGAGUGGCUGGCCUGCGGGAGCACACGAUCAGCCGUGGGAGGGAAGACAAUCUGAUAGGAAAUAUCUUUCCUGUCUUGCGCCUGGUUGCAGCCACAACACAAAGUGGCUCCAGGGCAUGUGGGCCGCAAACCUAUCCAUUGUCGGCCACAUGCUGCAAGUUUGACGUGCUCGAGCUAGACUUUCACAAUGUGGUGCAUUGCACUGCAUACUGUGUACUGAUUGGAGAUUGCGCCACAAAUUUAAGGCAAAAAUAACCAAACUAGAAAAAUCCUCUAAGUCAGAAAAGCUUUAUUAGUUUAUUUUGGUCUUGAAUCUUAAUUUCAUUUUGAAUAUCCAGCAAUUCUUACUUUAGUGAAUAACCCCUCAUAGUGAUGAGUUUAAACCUCUGGACCCUCUUAACAGUAAUCUGAAUUCUGUAAAUGAAACCUGGUGCUUUACAAAAGGCAGUGGCACAGCAAAUCUGCCACAAAGCAAAUAAACAAAUCUCAAAACUGAUUUCUGAUUUAAAAUAUCAAAUUGGAAUCUCUGUAUAUGCCUAACGGGUUCAAAAGAAUGAAUUCUCAGUUAUUGUUAGUUUUAUCAAGCAGUAUAAUGGCAUGGAUGUAAAAUGGAGAAGUAGACCCAAGUACAAACUCACUCUGUGCCGAGUUUAAGGUUGUCGGUGGCUAAGAGUUCUGGAAACAGUGGGUCCACAGAAUGCUGUAAUCGAAUAUGCUUCAUGCCUUCAGUUCCAUACAGAACAUUUUCCAGAUUCCUUUUUCCCUCCACACCCUAGGCCUCUUUAAUAAACAUUAGAGCACCAUGAUGUUUUGAAGCUACUAUUGUGUGUGUGUGUAUACCUCAGAUCGUUUUAAAUAACAUAAAAUAUUCCUUGUGUCUAAGAAAGGAACUUUAGAUGAAUCAAGUUGCCUCCUAAAUAUCUGUCUAAUAUAUUCUGUAAUAGUUUUGUUGACAUGUUAUGUAAGGAAAGUGCGUGGCCACUUCCAUUCUUUUUAACACUUCAUUAUCAUCUUAAUUACUUGGGAGGAAUAACACUGCUUCUAGGUAUAAGAGAAAAACUUGCUCAAUACUGUUGUUUUUCACGGUGUGCUUGUUACAACAGAUUUUCUGUCCUCAUAUCUCCUAUCUCUAUAAGUAUCAUGUGAAUUUCUGACAUCAAUUUGGGGUUAUCCUAUUAUCUAUCAUGGCUAUUAGGUGAACUGUGAAUUGUUUUGGAUUUUUCUAGAAUUAGCCAAGAAAUUUAGGCCAAAAUAAAGGAAUUAAAAAAAAAAAACUAAAAAUAAAAACCAGCAACUCAAGUACCUCCCUGCCCCAAUAAGAUAUACUUACUUUUUAAAUUCCUUACACGUUGUGGCGUAACCCAGUAUUUUCAAUAUAGUUGGUAUGAAUGUAACUUAUUUUGACUUGCUGCCACAGUUAAUUUUAAUUCCUACCUCGGAAUCCUACAGUUGGGUGGUGGACCCAUCUUCAUUAUUUUCACCUUGUAAUAUUUGUCGUCUUCUGUCCACUAAGUUUGUUCUUUUCGCUUUUACUUCAUCUAGUAAAACGUUCAACAUUUUCAAAAAAACAAAACACAGUAGCUGGUAGGUAAGUUUCAUUGACUGUACGCUAGCCUACAUAUUUCUAAUUUGUUCAUCGCAACUUGUUUUUUAGUAAAAAAAUUUUUUUUUUUAUACACUUUUAUGUCAAGCUAUGUGCCUUAUAGGCAUAAUGAGGAAACUCAGGUGAGAUAUGUAGGGAAUGCUUUAGAGCAGCUGUAGCCAAAAUGAGGACACGGAGCUGUUUGAGGAGAACACCCAUGAUGCUUUGAGUGAUACACUUGCAAAGCAAAUUGGAAGUCGUAGUUCUAUAACUGCAUAUCUGUAUUUCCUUUUUUUUUUUUUUAACCACUUCAGCACUAGAAUGAAUUAGAAAUAUUGUAUAGUAAUAGUUUUUGUAAUUUUCCUACGUCUUAUAUUCCUUUUUAGUCAGAAGUUAAGUGUCUUUGUGUGACAUCUGUACAUGCAUUCACUAUAGGACUAAUAAAGAGAACUUGGCACGCUUUUAUACUUCUCAUCACAUCAUUGAAGAAGAAUGCUCAUUACUGGGAUGUUGUGUUUUUUUUUUUUUGUUUUUUUUUUUAUACUGAAGAUAGGGCUGGGCAAGUGAGACUCUCCAGCUGUUAUUGGAAGUCAACCCAUAUCCACGUCUUGGCUGAGUGAUGUGUGAUUUAUAGUCCAGAGACAGCUGGAGGCUUGCUGUUUUUUCAUUCUUGCAUUAGACUGUGCCUUAUUUGAAGUUGUUGAAGGGGAGUCUGUGGACAUAUUAAAACAUACUAUGGGUUCUAAGAUUUGCCAAUAAACCAAAGGAGGAAAAUCCCCUUCUAUAUAAUUAUUGUAAUAGGUGUGUGUGAUGAUCGCCAGGAAAAAGAGGCACUUAGACAAUCACUCCCCUCUCUUUCUGCAGCCAAUUUACAGUACAAGGAUAUUUAUCUACCAAAAUGAAAUUUGUGAUAACCAGUCCACCAUGGGUUCAGAAUAACAAGGUCAGAUUGAUUAUUACUGUACAUACUUUUCUACUUGAGAUGCAAUUGGUUAUAAUUCCAUAUAAUGUACACCGAACCCUGUCCAUGGCUUUAAUCUAAUGAAGUGCUAUGCAGGCACAUAAGCUUACAAUCUAUUUUAAGUCUGUGUAGUGUUAUACCAAAUUUCCACUACUAAAUUUCCAUGGAUGUGUGCCUGUGUUAUAGAAGGUUGGUUUUCUGGCCACAAAUUAAGUAAAUCUAUCUGUAUGUUUUUUUUGUUUUUCAACAUUCCCAUGAAUUGUGAUAUCCCCUAUACUUUGUUCUUUACAGUUUAAAACAGUGAUUAAAAUAGAGUGUAUGCACAUUGUAAAUGGCAGUUUCAAGGUGAAGGAACCAGACUCGUCUUCCUAUACCUGGCUUGACCUCUACAUGAUGAUUUUCCAAAGUAAUCCCGUUUGUCCACAAGUUCAGUUGUCUAUAUUAGAAAUCCUCUGUUUAUUGAAUAUUCCCAUUACUAACCAUGGGCUAAGGCACUAGAAGUAAAUUAACAUCACAAGGCAUCAGAAAGCGGGCCAAAAGAUAAAGUAGUCCUUACAUAUUUUGGAACAAAAGCACAUUAGAAGAAAUGCUCACAAGAUCUGGAGAUUAUUUUAAAGUAGUUAUGAUGUGAGGCGUUCCCUGGCCCCAUUUCCCAGUGUUUUGGAAGAUUUCUAUACCCUGUCAAAAAAAUCAGUUGUCACUUGUGCUGCACAUAUGCUAGUACUCCUGACGGGUAUAGGAAUCUGGUGGUUGAGAGCAUGCGUGAGACCACCACGUCACUCCUGAUGAUGAGGCAUCAGCUGAACUGCUAACUCCUCCUCCGCAAGGUCCUGCAAAUUAAGUAAAUCUAUUUUCGCACUCACAUUAUAGUUAGGGCAUUUAACAAGAACAGGCAUGUGGGAUGUUUAGGGUUAAGUGAGGGUUAAAAUUAGGGUCGGGUAACACAUUUAACCUCUUUCACCCGAACUCUAGGAGUAAGGCUUAAAUUAACCUUAAACAUAAUUUUACAUUUAAUGUUUUCCCUAAUGACACUAAUCUCAAAAUAAAAAUUUACCCUGAAAGGAUCACUAUAGUGUCAGGGAAAAAAAAAAACUUGCUUUCCUGACACUAUAUAAUCCUUGGGUCCCCCCCUCCAGCAGGGCACCCCUCCCACUGGGCUGAAGGGGUUAAACCCCUUCAGCAGCUUACCUUUAUCCAGCGCUGGGUUCCCUCGGCGCUGGUGAUCACUCCUCCCCCCUCAGUCAGCUCCCGAGUAGAGCCGAAUGCGCAUGGGAGGCCAGAGCCGCGCGCGCACUAAAAACACCCAUGGGAAAGCAUUUCUCAAUGCUUUCCUAUGGACAUUCUGCGUGCUCAAUGCGAUUUUACGCAUUGAACGUCGGGGAAGCGCCUCUAGCGGCUGUCAGGAAGACAGCUACUAGAGGCUGGAUUAACCCUGCAAUGUAAACAUAGCAGUUUCUCUGAAACUGCUAUGUUUAUAGCUGCAGGGUUAAAAGCUGGGGGCCCUGGCACCCACACCACUUAAUUGAGCUGAAGUGGUCUGGGUGACUGUAGUGGUCUGGGUGACUAUAGUGGUCCAUUAAAGGAGCACUAUAGGGUCAGGAACACAAACCUAUAUUUCUGACCCUAUAGUGUUAAAACCACCAUAUAGCCCCCCUGGCCCUCUCUUGCCUCCCUAAAUAUGGUAAAAUCUAACUUGUAUUAAAGCCUAAAGCUGCUGGAUCUGCCCCUGUAUGGCUCAGAAUAGCAAGCUGUCUGCUUACAUCAGAAGUGGUGUUCUGAGUCAUAGGAUUGGCUAAGAUUGUGAAGGAGACAGAUCAGGAGCAGAGCCAGCAAAAGUCAAACACAGCCCUGGCCAAUCAGCAUCCCCUCAUAGAUACAUUGAAUCAAUUAAUCUCUAUGAGGAAAGUUCAGUGUCUGCAUGCAGAGGGAGGAGAUACUGAAUGUUUGGAUGCAUUUUAGGCAGCCAUGACCCAGGAAGGAUCUCGAACAGCCAUCUGAGGAGUGGUCAGUGAAGUUAUCACUAGGCUGUAAUGUAAACACUGCAUUUUCUCUGAAAAGACAGUGUUUACAGCAAAAAGCCUAAAGGUAAUGAUUCUACUCACCAGAACAAAUGCAAUAAGCUGUAGUUGUUCUGGUGACUACAGUGUCUCUUUAAAUCUAAACCUAACUUAUUCAUAAAAUGGGAAUAGGCUAAGGGCUCUAGUGUAUAUCAUUUAAAUGUUGGGACGUUACUUGUUAAUUAUGGAAACUUAAAUAAAAUCGAUUUCCUUUUUUCCAUUCUUGCAGUACAGAUUACUUUUUUUUGACUGACUUUUUCUGUAAAAAGAAAUGUCUGAAAAUGUGUGGCUGCUUUGACCAUUCUUUAUUAUUAUUUUUUUUUUUAAAGUAACAAUUCCUAUUAAAAUUAACGGAAAAAAAUUGCAAAACGUUCUGUUCUGAAGCCGAUGCCCCACUAGUAUCUGGUAGGUGGACGUUUUAUGCUCAUUAGGGCUGUGAUGAAAUUUCUGUAGGCCACAUGUGUUCGCUAAAUCCCACCAAAGAUGUUUCUGACCUUUAUGGAAAGCUUAAUGAAGAGUUGUUAAGACAUUUCAGACAGCAGGAUUAAGAAUGCAGAAAAAUAUGUCUGAAUUUACAAAACAGAGCUGAAUAGCAAUGCACUGUGAAUGCUUUCUCUCAGUGGCGCUCUGUUAUGGGAAGAUUUACCAAGACAAGUCACAUAUGGUGGAUUUAUUCAUGAAUGUCGUUUUUAAAUUCAUAGAUGCAGACUUUCCUUGCUCAUUUAUUUGACUACUGGUUGAAAAAUCACUUCUAAAACUUCUAUCUAAAAUAUUCCGUAUAGACUCAAUUUAGGGCUAUACUUUUUUUUUAAGUUUAUUUUUUUUUGACUUUUUAUACACUACCUACACAUAUGUUUAUUUACUAAACAACAAACUGUUAUGAAUUGAAAUGAAAUGGCAACAUUUAAAAAGCUACAAUAGCAAUUUUGCAAAAAAUAUCCAUCCCUGCAAUAGAUACAGUUUAGAUGUUUGCUAGUUCAAUUGAUUUUUUUGAAAUUGAUUUUUCUCCAUUUUUGUGUGUGCUUUUUAGACUUUUAAAUUUGAUGGGUUGUGUACAGACUGCCUAUUGACUGUAACUUCCUAUUUACAAUAACUUUUGCAUGUAUUAUCAGCCUGCCUGCUGUGACUUAUAUAAUUAAUUCCUGGCACUGUAGAAUCCUGCAGUGCCCCUCUCCUUCCCACCCCCCCAUUCCAUGUUGCUGAAGGAAUUAAAACCCCUUCAGUGACUUACCUGAAUCCAGCGCCGAGGGACACACUCCUGCCUCGCCGCCGUCAGCCGUCGGGGGAGACAAAAUUGCACAUGCGCGGCAACGGCCAUGCGCGCGCAUUAGACCUCCCCAUAGGAAAGCAUUAUUCAAUGCUUCCCUAUGGGGAUUCCGGCAAUGCUGGAGGUCCUCAUGCAUAGCGUGAGGACGUCCAGCGUCGUUUAAAACUCUUUUUGUGUUUUAAGAAGCCACAAGUCCCUCUAGUGGCCGUCUGAUAGGACUUAACCCUGCCAGGUAAUUAUUGCAGUUUAUAAAUUACACUUGCAGGGUUGUUAAGGGUGAUGGGAGUUGGCACCCAGACCACGCCAAUGGGCAAAAGUGGUCUGGGUGCCUGGAGUGUCCUUUUAAUUCCCAAAUUCUAUUUUGUCAUUGCCUUAGUGGCCUUAUAAUUCUCUGUUCCCUCAGGUUUACAUGAUUAAUCCUAAUAUACAUAUACAUUUUUUUGCUGAUCUUUAUUGUGCCAUGCAAUAUAAUUGCUCCCUAAUUUUAGAAUACUGAGUAAAGGAUGCUGAUUGUAAUUUUAUAGGCUUAAUAUAAACUUAUAAAAUGUCUUGUUUGGUCUGUGUGAAAUUAAGUUGUGUCCUGUGACUGGGAGUAACAAUUCGAUUUUGCAAGAUAGGUAAUGUUUCAUGCAUUUCAAAAUUAAAAUGAUGGGUUGGGAUUUCUAAAGGAAAGCAUAAACUGUAACCUUUCAAAUUUAAUCUAGUUUGAUAAUGCAUUGAGACUUGCAAGAUUGCCACCUUAAAAAUAAGACCAUAUCUUCAAUGGAUUUCUUGUUUGAUGCAAAAAUGUUUUUUUUUUUUUUUUGCUUCAUUUUGUGGUCUACAAUUGCCUGCUCUGUUCAGUGAGCAGUUAUUUCCUACAAAUGUAGUCCUAUGAGUAAGCCCUUAAUCGCAUGUUCUGUCCAUAUGAAGGGGCUAGGGGUACAUAACACUUUCAGCUAUUUAAAGCUGAGAUCUUUUGGGCCUUGUUAGUCACCGUUACUGUUAAGGGAGUAAGUUUAGUGUGAUGUUACCAUUUUUAGCUCCUCCUACCCCCAUCCAACCUCUCUGUGACGUAAAGGAACCCUCCAGGCACCAUAACCACUACAACACGCUAGGGUUUGCUUAAAGUAGAGAGAUUCUGGCUCUCAUAGAGACACUUGCUGUGGUUAUGGUGCUUAGUGUUCCUUUAACAAACUGUGUUAUAGUACUGGUAAACCAUAUCUUUCUAAAACUGUUUUUCAUCAAAGCUGUACGCCUGGUUCUUCUGUUUUAGUUCCAUUCUGUUCAUGUUACAGUUUUGAACACAUCUGACAACAUUGAAAUUGGUUCCAUAACAGCCAGUUUAUUUUACUAACUUUUUAUUUAUUUUUUUCGAAAUAAAUCUACAAGAGAUGAUUCAUAAACUGUGCGAUAAAGCAGACGCUCAAGUCUAACGUCUGAAAAAUUAUGAUUUUUUUUUAUCAGCUUAAUAAAUGGUUCAUUCCUCCAUUAACCCUGUGUAUAACAUUGGUGGGUAUUCUGCAGUAAUUCUCCGACAUCCUUUAAAGAAUGUUCUUUGUUUGCUAAAGAUGGAUGGUUCUAAUUUCUUAUUCCCUAAGAGGUAUGAAUGAGUGUUCAAAUAUUCAGUGUGAUCAUUUACUGUAAUAUGAGUGUACAAGUGUUGUGUAGGUGUGUGGAAAUCAAUUUGUCUAAAGUGAGCCAUUGUUCUAUUCUUCAUGAAUUGUAAAAGUGAUAUCUGAUAUCUCUCGUUAUCUGGAUUUAUCCAUGGUUUUACCGUAAAAGCUGUGUGAGAGUAGUAGCAAUUUUGUAAAAUUGUGAAUAAAGUCAGGAGCAAAUUUACAAGAUCAGCCUCAAAUUGUCAUUCCAAGGCUGGGCUGUUUUUAAAUCCCAAUGCAUAAGUUAGUUGAACUGAAACGCCAUAGCGACAUGGGAUCCUCUGGGUUCAUAUCCCAUGUUCGUAUGAGAAAGGAUUAGGCGGUAAUCUUUUGAGAAUGCUGGGACAUGAGAAACUAUUCACUUGAGGUUAUCUUGCGUUUUAUUAAUUGUGAAAAGGAAAAAGCAUCCCCUAUCACGUAUUGUGCAUGGUUGAAUGUCAUAAUGGUUUAUGUUUCCACAAACUAGGCUCCCUUGGUCUGUGGGAAAUGUCAGCAGAGUUUAGUGGGUGUUUUUCUUACACACGACCCCGACCCUUGAAAAUCUUGGCAUACUGUUACUUAUUUGUUCAUAGAAAUGAGAAUGCAUCUUGGGAAUUAAAAUCAGUCAGCCAUGUCUCUGCUUUCUUUUGUCUUUCUCAUAUUCUCGAAAAAAUCUGUUGGUCAUCUCUGUAUCUUGACACCAUGAUCCUGCAGUGGAUCAUGGCAAGUUUCCUUUGUAUGAAUAUCCAUAAGGAAACUCGGGGCAUAAGGCAGGAACGUUUAAGACUUUUGGCACGCUGUAAAACAUUCUUCCACCACGAGUCUACAUAGAGAUAAUUCCUCAGAGUGCCAAAAACGCAUGAUUUGCUUGUUCCUCACUUGUGUCCCACAACAUUUUUUUGUUGUUUUUUUUUUUACUAAAUAUUUGGCAUCUCCGUGUGUUUUUCCCAUAAGAGUAAUGUUUUCUCAACAUCCCCUAUGGGUUGAUGUCAUAUAUCUUAGCAUUCUUUCCUCCCAAAUAUCCAAAUAUUUUACUUCCUUCUUUUUCCCCUGUAUCAGCAAAAGAAGUAAUUUAUUUCCUGAAAUUUUAUCUUGGGGUCUGAUCACAGGUUUUGUACGAUUGUACAAGCUUAUUUUGUCCUGUGAGCUCAUAUAAGAAUGGAAGUGUUUCCCUGUCAUGGCUAAUAAUGCCUUCUUGGAUCUCCUAUAAUUUUUUCUGCUCUGCUUCACAGUGUAAUUAGAACUUACCUUUUACUUUAAGCUUUAUAUUCCGGUACAGAGAUCUGAAAGGAACAUCUCUCGAGGUCAGUGCUUGUGUGGAAUUCCUUUCUGUAUGUAAAACAAGAUCGAAAAAUAUUUUGAUGAAGGGGGACCUUUUUCAAGGUGCUUUUGUACAUAUCCAGCGUAAAACAGACAAGCGGAUACAUUUUGAAUUUCUGAAGAGAAAAAAUAUAUUUUAUGGUGUGUUUGUGUAUAGAAUUCAUGUUUUUCAAGGUAAAAAAUUUAAUUUUCAUAAAAAAUGUUUUGUGUUCAAAUUUGAAUUGAAGGCCCUAUCUUCAGUAACUACAUUUUUAAAAUAACUCUUACUGUUUUUUUAUAGCAGCAGAUGUUAAUUUUUAAACUGCAACCAAAUUAGUGUUCUAUAAUGGAAUGCACAUUUCAUACAUACUCCCGCACUCCCUUCUGCCUGGUGUCUCUGUUUAAGCGUAUGGCAGAGAAGAGGGACAAUCUUGUCAGUGGCUGCCACUCUGCAACCAAUGGGAAUCUAUAUUUGUAAGUAGUAGAGUGGAUUCUAAGAAUAUCGUCUCUGACAGUAGCUUUGAGAGAAAAUGACCCGUCAUGCUGACCAGAUCUACUAAGAACAGUCUUGUGCCUAUGCUGUCUGUUUUAUUUUGAUUUAUUAUUUUUUUUUUUUAUACACUCCCAGCUGAUCUUUCUUAAUUCUGCUGCUCUUAUGUGAUUGGCAAACCCUCAGGCUCACAUUCAGUGCAUGUGUAUGGCACUACAAGUGAACAAAUUUGCAUACUUAUAUCAUGUUACUUUUUGGUUCUCAAUUCUGUUUUUUUCUACAUAUGAAACAAAAACAAACAAAAGAAAAAUGAAAAGGUUCAUCACUACGCCUCUUUUUUUUUUUUUUUAAUACACCAUUGUGCCCGUUUUUGUUUUUAUUUUCUUGUUCUAUUUGUUUUUCCGUUUUUUUUUUCACCCAUAACUUAGCAAUAGUAUUUUUUUAGUCUAAGUUUAAAGAGGUACUAACCCUUCCAGAGAUGUGACUGUUUCUUGUUCCCCACCAAAACAGGCAAGUUAAAAUAAAAGAAACCAUGUAGAUUGUAUUAAUUUACUUAUGUUUAAGCUCAAUCAAUAGCUACAUUAUUAGUUAAAGGAUCACUAUAGGGCCAGGACAACAAAUAUGUAUUCCUGACCCUAUAGGGCCCCUCAUGACCCCAUAAAUAUAGCCAUAUCUUACUGUAUUCAAGCCUGAAGCUGUAGAUCUACAUGCUGUUUGCCUAAAAAAAAAAAAAAAUAAGCAGUCUGCUGACAUCAUCAGAAGUGGUGGCCUGAUCCAAUCACAAUGCUUCCCCAUAGGAUUGGCUGAGACUGACAAAGAGGCAGAUCAGGGGCAGAGCCAGCAUGAUUCAAACACAGCCCUGGCCAAUCAGCAUCGCCUCACAGAGAUGAAUUGAAUCAAUGAAUCUCUAUGAGGAAUGUUCAGUGUCUGCAUGCAGAGGGAGGAGACACUGAAUGUUUGGAUGCAUUUUAGGCAGCCAUGACCCAGGAAGGAUCUCUAACAGCCAUCUGAGGAGUGGUCAGUGAAGUUAUCAUUAGGCUGUAAUGUAAACACUGCAUUUUCUCUGAAAAGACAGUGUUUACAGCAAAAAGCCUGAAGGUAAUGAUUCUACUCACCAGAACAAAUUCAAUAAGCUGUAGUUGGUCUGGUGACUAUAGUGUCCCUUUAAGCUAAAACUGGGAAAGUGAUGGUUCCUCUUUUGUAUCAAGGCACUGUGUUCUGUUUUCCACAGAACAUCAACAUGUGCAAAAAAGCUCAAUAUUAUUUUCUUAAACCUUCUUUCCUGAUUAAGAUGCAUACCUAUCUUACCCCUUCACGCCAGAAGUUGUAAUUAAAUAGAUUGAUCGGUUAUUGUUAGAAAAUAAACCUUCGUCAUAGACUUAGAUAAUUUUCUUUUUUACUUGUGUUUUGUGUUUUAUUGUGCAAUGCAUUACACUCCUUUUUUAAAUGGACUCUAAUAUCCCAUAAUAUCUGCUCUUUAUUUGUAUAAAACAAGGUCAGCAGAGUUAAAUAUAGCCUGUAAAGGCAUUUUAAAAGACUUGGGGGCUUAUUGGCAAUCAAUAGAUUUUAGGCUGACAUUUUUCAUGUAUGCCUAAAGACCGUUUUGUACCAUAUGCUAUUAACCCCUUCAUGACCUGUUUUAUUCCCCACACUGCAACAUUACACAUUCUAUUAAUGCUUAAACGUACCUUAGCUUUGGUAGAUUUUAUUUGGAAGGUUUAGGUACCCAUUUAUGUAUGUAUAUGGAAUUCUUCCAUUCAAGGGGGAAGGAAUGGGAAAACAUGCUCACAAGUUAUUGUGACAACUCAGAUCUGCAAACAUUUGAUUGGGUAGUUUUUUUACACCUUCUGUUCUGCUUCCACUGACUUACAGAUGUGAAAAAACCCUCCCAGUGUUUGAUGUGCAACUUUAUCUCACAGACUUUAACCCCCUUCUGUUUCUGCUACAUUUUAAAUGCUCUCCUGCUGUUACCCUGUCCAUUUUUACUCAAGUCUCCACCUCCUUUUCCUAAGCAUUGUUUUAGAAGGGGGAAUAGAUAAUGUGUAAGGUCAGGGCCUAGAUUUCAAUUGCAAAAUAAGUAGUUUAGCGUGUGAUGUGAAAUUCCUGUAUAGCAGUCACAAACAUGGCUCACCAAGUUAGAUGUUGUGAUUAUAUGCCCCCCUUUUUUCACUGGAACAGAUGUUUUUAAAGAACACGUGAGUCCUGCCGUAGCCUCCAGUGCGUGUGGUAAGCAGAUCACAUGAUUUUUUAUUUUUUUUCUCCAUACUUUUGUCUUCAUACACAGUGGCUCGCUGUUGAGCUGGGCAUUAUAGAAACUGCAGUUAAGCCUGUGCGGUGCCAAAGUUAGCCAUCAAAAUGGAGUCAAAGUUUUAAACUGUCAUAUUUAGAAAAUGCUGUUGCUAUUGUGAGUUACUCCAAGCAGCGCCAUAACUACUAAAGCCAGGCUGUAGUGGUUAUGGUGCCAGUCGUGCUCUGGCGAUGUCCCACAGUAAAUAGCUAAAACAUCUUAGCGCAGUUUUGAUGUCUUACCUGGGAUCCAUCGAUCCAUCAGCAGACUUAUAGGAGGGCCAUGAGGAACUGUGCUCAUUUGCUUAGUGCAUCAGGGCUGUAGUGGUUAUGGUGUUUGGAGUGUUCCUUUCAGGGGGAAAAUUGUACACUUUCAUUGGAUUGUAAUCUACCAGGUUAUUCACUAAAAUUUAGAGUUUUACUUGAAUACAAAGUGAAUUUUAAAUUUAAGGUCAAAAUAGCUGACACGCCAAAAUUCUCUAAGUCAGCUGGGGUUUCACUUUGACUACUCUGGCCUUAAAAUUGUAAUUCACUUUGAAUUCUCACCUUAGUGAAUAGCCCUGUAUAAGUAGAAUAUAGUGCAGCCAUAUCUAAAAUUCAAUAAAAAGUUUAUUUGGUGUGUGGAGGGAGUGGGGAUUAUUAUCAGGAAUGUGCUCAUGAAAUUUUAAAUGUCAACUGAGUAUUUUUAGGUUUUCUUUAGCAUAUCCUGCAGGUUUAUUUUUAUACAUUUGCAUAUAGUUUAAAAAUAGACUUUGGGAGAAAAGGAUUUUAUCGUCUAGAAACAAAAUGCAGAUAAUGGUGUAGAAUGUUUUCAGUGAUCAUUGCAUUUCUAGCUCAAAAUCUUCCACAGAAUUCCCAGAACUCCAUGCAGAUAGAAACUGCUUUCCACUGUGAAUUGAAACCCUUUUUAAUUAAAGUGAUCACCUAUAUUUACCUUAAGGCACAAAUGUAAUCACUAGUUAACCCUUGCCUGCAGAAAGAUUUUCAGUUAAUUGAUUAAUGCCAUAAUAUACUAGUGGAACUUCCUGAGUUUGGUCCUGCAAAGAUCGAUUCAAUGCAUCUCUAUGCUGAUUGGCAAAGCUUGGUGAUUUGCUGUGCAUUUAUUUAUUUUAUUUUAUUAUCGGCAAAAUAUUAUCAGUACAUGCAUGUGGAAUACAUGUUUGCAUUCCUAACUCUAUAUUUCCUUUAAACAUAAAUUCUCAUAUUUAACUUGCAAACGGAAUUGUAGGAUGAUUCCAUUCCUAUGAUGAAGAUAUUCCUUAGUUACAAACCCUGCUUUCAUUUGUACAUGUUGCUGCAUGGUAUACUCGCUCCGAGAAGCCACAUGUUCUCAGUUACUCACAGAUGGCCUGAAAUUGUCUGGGAGAUUGAGUAAAGAGCAUGAUUAAUGAGCUACUGAUUUUUCAGUCACAGCUUGUAACAUUUGCAUUCUCUUGCAGUUACCCAAGUUUGCAUUCUGUGUCCUACAUACUCAGAGCCUUGCCUUCUUAAAUUUUACUACCGGCUCUUAACUUGGGGGAGAUAAUUCUCUAUGGAUGCACCCUCUCUUUAAUGCUAAACAGUCUAAUUUCUGUUCCUUUAUUAAAAAAAUAAAUUAAAAACAACAAAAGAAUAUUGUGGGGAAUUGCAAACUUUUGGCCCAAAAAUUUCCUGGAUCAAUUACUGAAGCAUGAAGCUUGAAAUUCUUUUAGUCAAUUCUCUACAAUUUCCAGUUUAGUGAUUAACUCAGUGGCCUUCUGAUACAGAUCCUUGUUAAAUUUAGUUUGCUUGUUCAACUUCUCGGAAGCCAAAUUCCUGUACUAUAUUCUAUUAAUCUACAUAAAAAUUGUCACUUUUAAACAAGUUUGUUUAUUUUUUUUUAAGGGAUACUCCAAACCCCUAAAGCACUUCAACUCUUUCUGUCUUUGGAAAAAGGCUGACCUCAAGAGAAAUUGUUACUUAUAAAGGUCCUGCGUUGCACCCUGUUCCUUGAAUGCUUUGAGCGUAAGCUCAGAGGAUGGAAGGCUUUUUAUAAAAAAAUAAAUAAAAAAAUAUUGGAUUGAUUACAUUUCUAUGAGAAGCAUUGUUGCGCAGUGCAGUGAUUGAUGCACAUCCCCCCUGCCUCAUACUGCUUUAUUAUGUAAGCAUUAGAUUGGUUAGAAUAUCAGCGCCAGUGAUGAACUUUCCCUCUCGCAGCUGAAUUAGAGAUAGGUAACCUCAUUAAUUUAGGGUGAAGGAAAGGGCAAUAGAUAGCAAUAGCACAUUCAACACUCUAGCGGCAUAAAUGAAUAUAUUUAUAACACGGGAAUGUUCCUUUAACUUUUUAUAUUUCUUUAAAAAAAAAAAAAGUCCCACCUGAAAAUCUUAAUUGUUCUGUCUCCUUUAAUAAAGUCCAAACUUUUAAUUAGUGUACAAACAUUUGAGAAAGCACUGCACUUUGCUAAAAUUAGCCACGGUACUUAUGUCAUUUUCUGUAUAAAAUUUCUAACAUAUUUUCAGCUUUUUCAGUAUUUCAGUUUGAUUUAGUAGCAGGAAAUGGGGUCGAACACCUCAGGUGUAUUAGUGUUGAUUUUUCCCAGGGGGUAGGCUGCUAAAUAAACAGAUAACAGAGGUGAAAUAUUUGCAGUGUUAAAAAAAAAAAAAAAAAAAGCUUUAGAAGGAAUGCAAUGGCAAAUAAGAUAUCUUUCUUCAAGGACUUUGGGAUUCUUAUAACAGAUUUGCUAGUGUGUUUGUAGUAUAGGUUUUGGUGUCCAAAAAAUGCACUUAAGUGUUAGGGAUACAUAUUGUAAUUUACAAUGCAGGGUUUAAAUUCCAGGAGCACUGCAUCCAUUCCAAUUCAUUGCAAUGAAGUGAUCUAGGUGCCCAUAGUGUCCCUUUAAAACAUUGUUUUAUUGGUAUCGGUGCCAAGUACAAGAUGAAGUCUGAAACACAAUGCAUGUCUGCUCAUUUGCAUAUCCAAAGGGGGAUUAUUGGAGAAUGGUGGAAAAAGGUUUACUCAAAUGCUAUGCCCAAUACAGACAUUUAGUAAGAUCUGACAUAUGUAUGUGAUGUACAACAGUCAUUUUCUGAACUAUAGUAAAUUUCAGCAAUCACUGGAAAGCUAAUUUUUCACCACCAAUUCCUCGUUUGUCUAAAGUAACUGUAAACUUCUGGUCGGUCCGUCCAUCUGUCUAUAUAAAUAGGUGUAUCUAUGUAAAUAUAAGAAUAUCUCCUCGGCAAUAGUUAAUUUGUUUUGUUAACAUCUAGUACAGGAAUGUUUCCCCUUUUUGAGGAUGUAAAAAAAAAUUAUAUAUUGCCUUUUUUUUUCUUUUUUUCCCCCCAAAUAUUUACUCCACAGUUUAUGUAUUUUAAUUAUUUUGAAAGCUCUUUGAAACGUGCUCAUAGUGCAACACUAGUACCGACUCCUCUUUGCUGCUGCCCUGCCUUCUUUGAUGUCAUGAAUGCUGAUCACAUCACUUUUCUUCAUUCCAGUGUUUCUCGCAGCAUUGCGAAUAGAGGAUGUAUGCAUGGCAAAUCUGACUGUUUUCAUGGAGAAGCAUUGAACCCAUUUCUUCUCUGAGAAAAGUAUUAACGCUGUAUGGCAUCUUCAUGCCAUGUGUGAUGACCCCUGAAAAUGAAGACCUUUGAUUUCCGAAGGUCUUAAUGAUGAAGUGCCUCUCUCUAGUGACCACUAGAAGUGUGUUCUCUGGCUCAUGUAAACAUUGCUGUUUCUCUGAGCCAAAUUUUUCAUUGUCUGUGAAACCGGGCAUCAUCUAUGCACCAAAACCACUAGUGCAUGGAGUUUGCAUUAAAGGAAUGAACCACCAUCAAGUGAAACUAAUUUUGUAUUCUUUAUGCAUGUCAGAUGUAGUGAAAUCUACUGUUAAUGGUGGUCUAAAAUUUUUUUUUUUUUAUAUUUUGGGUUGCUUUUUUUAAGAUUAAAGGACCACUGUAGGCACCCAGAACACUUCAGCUUAAUGAAGUGGUCUGGGUGCCAGGUCCAUCUAAGAUUAACCUCUCAUUGACAGCCGCUAGAGGCGCUUCUGCACUUCUCAUUGAUUUUCACAGUGAGAAGACUCCAUUAGUAUUUCCACAUAGGAAAGCAUUGAGAAUGCUUUUCUAUGGACUGGCGGAAUGCGCGCACGGCUCUUGCCGCGCAUGCACAUUCAGCCAAUGACGGCGAAAAGGAGGAGGAGAGUUCCCCGCGCCGAGGGAGCCCGGCAGGGGAAAACAGGUAAGAUUUAACCACUUCCACCCCCUAGAGCCCGGCGGGAGGGGGACCCUAAAGGUGGGGGGGACCUAGAGACCCUAUAGUGCCAGGAAAACGAGUAUGUUUUCCUGGCACUAUAGUGGUCCUUUAACUCCACCUAGUUCAUCUGUGUUUGUUCACUAAAAACAGAAUUGUUGUGAAUUGAAAAUCAAAUUGCAAAAUGUAGUGAAAAGGUGCUGAUUUUGAAAGGCCCCAAGUUCACUAUAGUCACCAUUUAUCUAUUUUGGCCUAAAUUUAUUUAUUUUACUAUAGUGUCAUUAUUUUAUCUCUAGCAUGGUGAAAUGGACACUUACAUGAAAUAAACACAGUCAACAUUAAAAUACCAUCUGGCACUACUUCAUAAAUAUAAAUGUAUAUAUUACCUCACAUACCUCUUCUUAACUUUAUGCUGUGUGGAAAUAUUAUGAUGCUCUUAAAAAGCAUACCUACAUGUUUUCAUAGCACAGCAUUAUUUGGUCUGUUUGGCAGGGAGUUUGCUGUAAUGGGAGAACACAUUGACCUUUCCAAAAUGGAGGUUGAACUAAUUAUGGGUGCUGCCUGGGUAGCAUAAUGUAGCUGAUUGAGCUAAUAGACAUUCCUGUAGGGUCAAUGUCUGAGGAUGUGGUGCUCCUGACUCCUAACUCUCAAUGCCAUGAGCUUGUGUGUAUGCAUAUCUGCCAAAGAUCACGCUUCAGAUAUAUUAUUUAAAAAAUAAAUCUUUUGUGCAGUGAUUCCUCCUGCCCCUCCCCCCCAUGCCAUUUGCGGUUUUCUGUGCGCCAUUUGCGGAGUUCAUGCAGCAUGCCUUGUAUCUGCUAGAUCACAUGAUCUGUGUCCACUGAACCAUUGAUGGUACAUGGAAUAUUUUCUAUUACCUCAGGGUUUGGUGUUUUUCCAAAGUGCAGCAUAAACUGAACUUCUGACCAUCUUUUUCUUUUUUAUUAAAAAAUAACAUUGCACCAGAUGUCAGGAUGCUUAGUGUGUUCUAUUGUACAGAGUAAUAGGGAGGAUGGGUAGUUAGACAAGUGUUUACUAAAUAUUUUUUUUAACAAAUGGCUACUUUUCCCACACGGUUUUAAUUUGUAACUCUUCUCUGCAUUCAUUGCUUCCCUAACCCUCCCACAGGUGUUGUCUUAAUUUAAGUUUUAAUUUUCUCUAAUUUAAGGCGGUAAAUGAAGUGGUCUGGGUGCAGUGGUCUUGUAUGUUUAACCCUACAAAUGAAAACAUUACCAUUUUGCAGAAAGGGUAAUGUUACCUUGAAUGGUUGAAAAUGUUUUAAGCCACUAGAGGUGCUGCCGCUGCUCUGACAGAGUAAAGGUUGGCCAUGUGACAUUGCAGCUGAGAGGAACAUUGCCUGAGGAAAUCAUGCCUUCUCCACGUUGCGGGAGGCAGAGAGGACAGCAGUUCCAAGUCUUGAUGCUGGAAAAAGGAAAUUUAAAAAAAUAGGGGAGGAUGCUGAAUAAAACUAGGGGUACUACAGCAUUAGGAAUACAGGCUAAUAUUAUUAUUAUCGCCAUUUAUAUAGCGCCAACAGAUUCCGUAGCGCUUUACAAUAUUAUGAGAGUGGGGAUUUAACUAUAAAUAGGACAAUUACAAGAAAACUUACGGGAACAAAAGGGUUCCAUUAAGCCAACUUUGUAGUUGUUGUUUUUUUUUUUUUUUAUGCUUUUGUUUUAUAUUGUGGGGGUUUAUUCUCUAAACGGUGAAUUGUAUUGACUAAAACAGAUUUGUAAAAGUUUGACAAAAAGUACUGAUUUGCAAUAGCUCUAAUCUAAAAUCACAAUCUGGUAAAUUUAGUGUCAAAUUUGGACAUUUUGGUCAUCAAUUCGCUACAAUUCAUUGUUUAGUGACUAAACUUUGACUAAAUUCUAGAUACACUGUGUUUGCUUCUUUAACACUUUUAGUGAAAUAUUUUAAAAAACCUGUUAAAAAAAAUAAGAAGUCAAACACGAGAGCAUUUCAGAUCUAGUGUGUUGACCCUGCACAUAUAAUACUUUGGUAUUUAACCAAAACUUAUUUAUGUGCCACUUUAGCUGUGUAAAAUUGACAUAUUUGUCCAUAAUGUUUUACACUGACAGCUACUGUAUGGCUGACAAGCUGUAGGUGUAUGUAGACUGCGUAUUAAAGGGCCACUAUAGUGCCAGGAAAACAUACUCGUUUUCCUGGCACUAUAGUGCCCUGAGGGUGCCCCCACCCUCAGGGACCCCCUCUCGCCCGGCUCUGGAAGGGGGAAAGGGGUAAAAACUUACCCUUUUCCAGCGCUGGGCGGGGAGCUCUCCUCCUCCGAUCCUCUUUUUCUCUCCUCCCCGUCGGCUGAAUGCGCACGCGCGCAUUCAGCCGGUUGCAUAGGAAAGCAUUAUUAAUGCUUUCCUAUGGACGCUGGCGUGCUCUCACUGUGAAAAUCACAGUGAGAAGCACGCAAGCGCCUCUAGCGGCAGUCAAUGAGACAGCCGCUAGAGGGAAUGGGGGAAGGCUUAACCCAUUCAUAACAAACUGCUAUGUUUAUAAAAAAAUAAAAUGGGUUAACCAUAGCUGGACCUGGCACCCAGACCACAUCAUUAAGCUAGAGUGGUCCUUUAAGGCAGUGUGUGAGAGGAUUGUCUGUCUGUGGAGGAGAGCCCCGUCUCUGUUUCUGCAGUGAGAGCCCCCUCUUUUGUUCUUGCAAUGAGAACCUUAUUUUUUUUAAAUGUAACCUAGCCAAGAUCCAUUUUGCUGAUUUACUUGACAAAACAAGAUUUUAACAGUAAGUGACUUAUCAACUGGGGCAGUCUGCAUCCUUUACGCUAAAACAGCCCAUGAGGGGUUACAGCUUAUCUCAUUGUCAAAAUUAGGUCCUGUCCUUCUCUCCAUAUUUAAAUGUUAUUUGCCUUUAACAUUUGUGGUGAGCCCUGGAAUAGAACUUUUCUGCCCCAAUACCCCGUGGACAUGACCACACUGAAAGUCAAUGGAGCAGUGUAAUUGGUAUUUGUGAUGGAUGAGGAACAGACAGUGAGCUGGACUUGGUUAUUAGACAGAUUCCAGAACCACCUUCUGCUGAUGCUCCAUUGUUCAACUUGAGGCUCUAGCCCACACUAGCCAUUGAUGAGCAUUUAUGAUAUUUGCCCUACAAUUAACUGCUAUGGCGUGCAGAUCAGAUGCACCUACUAAAAGUAAGCUUCUCAACAUCUGCUAGAAAGGAAAUGGUUUCUAAUGAAUGUAAAAUUAGAACUGAAAAUGUGACAGCUCGUGCUCAAUUUGAGAUCAUUUUGUGUUUAUAUUUUAUAGCCCCCUUUUAAAGGUCAGAUUUUGUUUGUCCUUACUUUCUAUGUCUUGCACAGAACAGCUUUUGUUUCUCUGUCUAAAACAAGUCUAAUUUCUCCUUAUCUUGAUGAGACGUUGACGGAACUGUGCAAUGAACUUACCACGUUCUUGGAAUAAUUAGUGACCAUGAUAUGGCCUCGGGUUAAUAUAUUCUCUGACUAAAAUCUCAUGACAUCCUAAAAACUGAGAUUUUCCUAGUUGCAUGAGCGAAAUGUUAAAUUGAAGAAAAUAACAAAAUAACUUAUUGAUUUUUAAGGUUUUAUUUUGAAUGUACUAUCUCUGUAAGGGUUCGUGACACAAAUCUUUCACUAUGACUUUUUUUUUCUUUUUAGAACAUAAGUCCUAGCGAUCAGUUUAUCCAACAUCUCUUUAUAUGAACCUUGGGGCCAGGAAGACUGCUUCCAGCAGUGGCCUGGAUUUAAUAUUUUGGGAUAAACCUCUAAAAUUAUUUUGUUUUGUAAAAUAGUUUAAUAGUUCCAUUAAAUGUUGAUAGUUUACCACCCCAAAAAAAUCAUUUGAAAAACUUAUUAAAUAGAGGCCAGUAUCUGUUAUUUGGUCAUAUUUUUACCUUUACUCUUUUUACAUACAGUAUUCAUAAAUCUAUAUAAGCAGGCUUUCUUGUCAUGGCGAUAAUGACAAAUAUAGGGUGGAGGAUAACUUUUUUUUUUUUUCUCACGAAUACACUUUUGUAUAUAUCUUAUCAUUUCCCUGUGUGUGUGUGUGUUUAUAUCUAAUAUUAUAUAUAUAUAUAUAUAUAUAUAUAUAUAUAUAUAUAUAUAUAUAUAUAUAUAUAUAUAUAUAUAUAUUAUAAAAAAAUUUUUGCAAACAUUGCACUUGAAACUCAUGGAACCCUUCCUGUUUGUUUUAUUAAGAAUUUUAUAGUUAAUUGCGUAAAUAGAAAAACAUAUACAACCUUUAUCACUAGAGCAAAGUUUGCUCCCUCAGUAUGCAAGUUUUUGCACAAAGAAACCAUUGUCAUUAUUUAGUCUGCUUCUUAUUACAUUUAACUAAAUUUAUAAAACAAACAAAAUCACUGUGCAUUGUAUUUAACUAAAUGACUUGUAGGCAAGAUUGUGUUUAUUAAAAAAUAUUCACUCUAGAGCUUAACAUGCCAAAUGGAUUGUGGGUUGGAACCAGAAUUGGCAAAUCUAAUGCAAGCACUUUUCCUGGUUAUUUAAAAAGUUUUUUAUUCAAACUAUUUAUUUUACUCUCGAAGCAGAUUUUGCUACAAGGAACACUUUUGGAAAAAUAAACAAUCGUAAUUAAUGACCCUAGCAUGUAAUCAGAAAUGUAUUUAAUGAAAGUAUUGGCUUACAUACAAAGGAUUGGAAUUCAUUGAACAAUAUUUAAAAUUUACAUCUGAAUCAAAAAGCCAGUGUUUCACCCAGUAUGAUGAACACAGAUAUUCUCUUAAAGCCGCUCUAUCAUAUUUCUUUCUUGUGGUUUUCCUUUACAGAUACCACUUGCUUUUAUUUAUAUUUUCUUUUCUUCCUUGUGCUGGAUAUCAAUAUCUGGAUGCAGCAAUUUUGUUUUCCACUGCCCAUGAUGUCUGCUGUUUGCCUUCUGUGGACUGAUAUAACUGAUGGUUUGUGGGUAUAUUUAAUUGCCAAGUGAAACAGAAUCUUACUUUAAAGGACCACUAUAGUGCCAGGCAAACAAACCUCAGGUCCCCCCCACCCUCAGGGCCCUCCUCCCGCUGGGCUUAAAUCCCCUUCAGCCACAUACCUUAAUCCAGCGCCGGGCUCCCUCGGCGCUGGUGACCUCUCCUCCCCCCGACAUAAACUCCCAAGUGGAGCCGCGUGCGCAUUCAAUCCACCCAUACUCAAUGCUUUCCUAUGGACGUUCUGCGUGCACAAUGCGAUUUUUGCAAUGAUCGGCACAGAAGCGCCUCUAGUGGCUGUCAGGAAGACAGCCACUAGAGGUUGGAUUAACCCUGCUAUGUAAACAUAGCAGUUUCUCUGAAACUGAUAUGUUUACAGCUACAGGGUUAAACCUGGGGGACCUGGCACCCAGACCACUUCAUUAAACUGAAGUGUUCUGGGUGACUAUAGUGGUCCUUUAAGCCGCAUCCAUUGUCAAGUUUUGUCAUUGUGACUUCUAAACAUGAGGAAAAAUGGUUCCUACUUUUAUAUAUGUAAAUAAUGAAAACGAUGGAGCUCAAGAAAUAAAAUAAUACCAAAGGAGCUAUAUAGAAUCAGAUCAGAUAAACUUUGGUGACAGAGCAACUUUAAGUGAACCGAUACAUGACCUUGCAUAGAAUCAUCAAGUAGCUUAAUGAUUGUGGUUGGGUUCAUCUUGAUAUAGUAUAUCCUGUGUUAUCCAGUUUUGUUCUUCAUUUUACAUCAAAUUGCAUUGGGUAUUUUUCAGAGUUAUGUAAGUGAGAAUCAACAUAAUUCCAAAGUGUCUUAAAUGAGCACUUCAAAUUUAAGGCCAAAGUAAGUCAAACACAGUUGACCUGGAGACUUUUUUCCAGUUUGACUACAUCAGCCUUAAAUUUGAAAAUCUUUGUAUUGCCAGCAAUUCUCUCAGUAAAUAACCCAUUGUAGCAACACUCAGGAAACUUGCUAUGCAUCAGUUUCCCAUGUUGUGUUCUUUAUAUUCAGAGUAAGAUUGUAUACUCUUAAAUGUUGAGGGGACAUCGAUAUUCAUGUGAGUAUAUCGGGGAAGAAUCAUUUGACUAAGUUGUCCUGUUAAUAAUAUGAAAAAUUCAAAAUUACAAUAACAGACUGGUGGAAUGAUUCAACUUCACACCACGCAGGGAUCAUUCAAUCCAACACCCCUUAUUUUGGGUUAAUCGGCAAGUACUACUAAGAGCUAUAGAUUUUCAUUUUGUAAUGAUACUACUAUUGAAGUAACCCUACAUCCCAACAGAACUAAAUCAAAUGAAACCUUGAAAUCUGUUUUGUUUUUUUACACAUACUAGAAAUCGAUCUAUUUGCCUACUGGUAUUCGGUAUUAUUCUCACUCCCCAUUGGUAACCAGCCCACAAUUGAAAGCUAAAUAUGCUUCAUAAGGUGAUGAAACAUAUAAACCGAUUUCAGAGACUGCUUACUUUAUGUUUCUGCUGGUCUAGUGUGCGUUUGUUUGUUUUUUCUCGACCGACCGACCCGUUUGGGCCUUUUUCAAGAUCUACCUAUCCAAAAAUAAAUGCUGUGAUUUGAUAAUGUGCAAAUAGAAUGUAAAAAAAACUUUUCCCUUGUACUUCCUUUACUUAUGAACCAGCAUAAAAGCCUUUCUUGUGUUUUUCAGUACAAAAGUGCUUGCGGUAAUGGUGCAAAUCGCCUCUAAUGGUAGAUCUUAAUGCUUACUUGGGCUGGCACUCAAUCUAAGUGUUUAGGUUGGCUGCUUAUUCACAAAAUAUGGAUGAUACAGCAUUAAGGAGGAGGGUGUUGCUACUAACGUCCAGCUGACAUAUCGCUUUAUUAAAUACCAGUUCAGCCAAAACAUACAUCCCGCUUGUUGAGUAGUUUUAUUAUUACAGGGCUUUGAAAAGAAUCUGUCUGGCGGUUUUAAAUGUAUUCUUCUUUGGCUUUCCUCUUGCAAAUGAGAAUUUCUAAAUAACGAGGAACACCUACUCACUCGGGUUACGAACUCAAGAGAGUAACUUUUCCCAAAGACUCGGAUUUCUUUGAACAGUCACAUUUGUAUUGUCUAGUUAAUAUCGGAAUUACCUUCGCACCCAGUGGGAUUUGAUUAUACUGGCGAUUAUACUUUUUUUUUUUUUUUUUUGUAUUUAAAAAAAAAAAAAAAAAAGGUAGCUUGUAGUAAGUGCAAGUGAUUUGUUUAAAAAAGAAAAAAGAAAAAUCAAAUCUUGCUUUUACCAUAGCGGUGUAGCUUAGAGAUUUGUUUUACAUAUAUCUUCUUGUCCUAGCUGUGUAUCUCAGGUCGGUAGGUAAAACCUGUGUUUAUCAUGGCGUAAUAAAGUUGUGAAAAUAUGUAUCAGCAUUUAUUUUUUUUAUUUUUUUAACACAUGCUUUUUUAACACAUGCUUAUGGAUAAUCCUAAUAACCAUAAGAAAAAGAAGCGGAUAUUGCAAUCUCAAGAAGAACUUUCUGUAUUUUGAUUGUGAUGCUUGCAAAAGAAAAAAUUGCAAAUGUUUUGCUUUUGUGGGAUAUACCGCAAAGACCAAGCAAAGUUAUUUCCUGUAUGUGCGAAAAAGAAGCGGAUAUUGCAAUCUCAAGAAGAACUUUCUUUAUUUUGAUUGUGAUGCUUGCAAAAGAAAAAAUUGCAAAUGUUUUGCUUUUGUGGGACCAAGCAAAGUUAUUUCCUGUAUGUGCGUUUGUCAGUUCAGUGGAAAUCGUGAUCAUACAAACAUGCGCAGCACAAAUGCAAGAAUUAGAGGAAAGCAGAAACAUUUUCUUAUUCUAAACCGUUUGCAUGUUCUUACUAUCCCACUGUCCAAGUGCAAGAGUUGCUCUAUUACACUUGCACAUCUUCGCAUCACACUAAAAGUCACUCUCUGCUUCUUCCUUAUAAAUGCUGAUGAUAUGUCUUUCUUAGAAUGUUUUUUUUUUCUUCUUCCAACAAUCAGUAGGAUUUUUUUCAUUCUUAUUUUAUGCCAUCACAAACACAGGCCCUCAUUGUUUUACAGUAAUGAUCUCUGUUGAGACUUGAUUUGGAGGGCUUUGGCCAUAAGCACUGCAAACUUGAUCACAUGGCGAAAUGUAUUUAAACAAUAAGACAGUCAUAAACAGACUUUGUAUGCAAAUCGACUCCCACAUAAAAUAAACAUUAUGUUGCAUAAAUAUUGCAACACUCUUUCAAUGUAAUUGACAUUAUGCAGCAUUUUAUUAAAGGGACUCUCAAAGCACCAUAAGCACAUGCUUCAUGCAUAGGUCUAUCAAACGUGCUUAAUUUUGUCCUGGCCAAGCACUCUGUGAUAUUGAUUCAAACAUCAUGCCUCAAAUUUCUAGUGACUUUUUUUGUACAGUGUAUUUACUCAAAUCUAAUGCGCCAUCAAAUCUAAUGCACACCUCAAAAUGUUUUUUUUUUUUUGUUUUGUUUUUUAAACAUGACGGCUAACAAAUGUUUUUGCUGGCGAAAGUAAUGCGCGUUGUGCUACAAUGAAAAUGUGUAUUGCCAUAUACCAUAGUAACAUUGAAGGUAUUUCAAUUUUAGUGUUACAUGUUAAGUCUAUCCUUUCUUUAGCCCUCUUUCAGGAACGGAAUUUGCCUGUGUGAAUUCGCCCAAAUGAAAUUCGCCUGUGUAAAUUUGCAUGUGUGAAUUCGCCGGCUUUAAUUUGCCUGUGUGAAUUUGACAGAAAAUUUUUAAUUUUGCCGCAAAUGUAGUGCACCAUCUAAUCUGUUGCACAUUCAAAUUUUGGAAAAUUUAUUUUCCAAAAAAUGUGCGCUUUAGAUUUGAGAUUUUGGUUUAUGACAAAAUUGCAAGUCAUUUAGAAAAUGUUUCAGUUAAUUGUAUGUUUAUUUUGUUGUUAGUUCCUGCUAAAUACAACAGGAAGGGAGGGGGUUACAGGAUUGUAGAUUAAUUUCUUAUCUUUAUAAUCUGCGUGCCAGGUGAAAAUAAUUUUAUUGGCUUGUUGACUCAUUGUGUUAGGAAAGAUGUCUGGCUUAUAUGUCGCUGUAAUAUACACAACGUGGUUUCCUACCAUGUUUUAGUAAAAAGUGAACAGAACCCAUUUCUUCCAGCUAUUAUUUUUUGUAGUAUAUAUUCAUAUUACUAUAUUAUUUCAUGUACUUUCCAUCCUCCCCGCUGAGUGUUUAAUCUGAAAUAAAUUACCUGCUCUAUAUUCAGCUGUCUCUCUACUCUGAAGAAUGUUGAUGUAUGCUAGAUUAGUAGUGUCUCGCCAUGUCCCUCAUUGGCCAACCGGUUUCCUUGAGCCCUGAGGGUAAGAGCUCUAUUAAAAUAAAUAAACUUAGUAGGUUUCAUUAAAGUGCUAUUACUUUAGAUGAUAUCUAUGUCACAAGCAUACAUAAUUUGUCAGAGCCAUGCAAAUGUGUCACACUGAUGCAAACCAACAGUUUAGUUUUUCAGUAUUUCAGUUGAAACAGAAUGAGGUAGCUCAGUUUAGAUCGGCCUUUUCUCGCAUCAGGUUUAACUGUGCUCUGUUACAUUGUUAACAGUUGUCAACCUUCACGCAUGUGUUGCCCUUAAGGCUAACAUUACUGGCUCCAAACUUGGCCUCAAAAAGAGUCUCUUUUUUUUUUUUUAUUUUUUUUUUUACAUUAUUUUUUUAUUUGCAAAUUUUGUAAUAAAAUAGCAUUUCUCAAUAUUAAAGGAUCUCUAUAGGGUCAGGAACACAGGCGUCCAUUCCUGACACUAUAGUGCUAAACCCACCACUCUGAAAAGGCAGAGUUUACAUAAAAAUUCCUGAAGGGAGCUAUUAUACUCACUAGAACAACUAUAUUAAGCUGUAGUUGUUCUGGUGACUAUAGUGUCCCUUUAAAUCUGACCGGAUCACCCUAUCCACUGUACUUGUGGUGCAGGGAGCGUUUAGUGUAGUCCCUCUGUUUUGUGGUGUUUUGUUUUGUUUUUUGUCAAAUUAUUUCUGUAAUCGUGCUCUUUUAGCAAUUGGAGCAUGCCCCCUCUGCUGGUAUUGAGAUAAUGUGAAAGUUUUUUUAUAAAUACAUCCAAAUUUGGAUGGCAAAUAUAAGCUAUGGGCACUGGGUACUCUUAUGGAUUGAUUAGGGGAAAAAUGCACCAAAACCACUAUGGCAAGCUGUAAUUAUGUUGCUUAGCGGAUCACAUUAAGGAACACUGAUUUAAAAGAAAGUUGUACUGAUUAGAAACUUACAGAAAACAUUGAUGAUUGCACAUAAAGAACGGCUCAUCUUCAUCCCAGACAGAGGAUUUUCCUUUGAAUGCUGCAUGCCUGUGUACAGUGAAUCUGCCAAUUAUGAACACAAAUGAUCCUUUGAUAGCCCUGAACAGCUGAGUGAGGUUUUAUGAAUCUGCCCCUAACCAAGAGACCUGCUUGAAAAAUGUGCUUGCUGUCUUCUAUUGAAUGAACCUUUGCCCCCAGCCCAGAAUAUUUGGAUCAGGCUGAGCAGCUUUUUACAGAAAUCUCCCUGACUUGUUAUGAAGCUUUUUAACUUAUUUAUCUCAGUAACAAGGUGUUUUAAGUGAAUUAUUCCAUAUAUAUUUAAUUAUUCUGUUGUAAAACAGUUGUGGCCUUUGAUUUGUUAUCUAGUCUUUAUAUAUAUAUAUAUAUAUAUAUAUACACAUACACACAUACACACAUACACACAUACACACAUACACACAUACACACAUACACACAUACACACACACACACAUACACACACACACACACACACACGAAAAUCUAAUGGACAAAGUGAAAUAAAACACAUGGAGCUUCGGUGCAGCAGAAAGGGCUCCUAUUUUAUAGCAGUAUAACUUACAGCAGUGCAUUUUACUGCUUUGUUUCGGAUAAAUUUGUUAACUUUUUUUUUGUUUAAACUUUAAAGGGACACUAGAGUCACCAGAACAACUACAGCUUAAUGUAUUUGUUUUGAUGAGUAGAAUAAUUACCUUUGUUUACAUUGCCCCCUAAGGACUCCUCAGAUGGCCACUGGAGGUGUUUCCUGGGACAGUGCCGUACAGUAGGCAGCACUGCCGUUCAGCAUCUCCACGCUCUGCUUUUUUUUUCCACGACGAAUUUUCCUCAUAGAGAUGCAUUGAUUCGGUGCAUUUCUAUGAGGAGGUGCUGAUUGGCCAAAACAGAGUUUGGCCCCACUUCAUCCCGCCUCCUUGGCGAUUUUAGCCAAUCCAAUGCAUUCGCUAUGCUUUUCCCUAUGGGAAAGCAUUGGAUUGGCAAAAAAUCUGCAUUUCUGAUGUCAACAAGGAGGCGGAUCGGGGCCAGGGUCAGCACCAGUGGAUCCACCUAGCGCUAGAAAUAAGGUACAUUUUAACCCCUUCUAAGGGGGGGUCAAGCCACCUAAAUGGUGGUUUUAACCCUAUAGGGUCAGGAAUACAUGUUUGUGUUCCUGAUCCUAUAGUGUUCCUUUAAAAACGAACAAUGCUACCUAGCAGAUAGAUGUAAUUCUGUCCCUCUCCUCUUACAAAUGUAUCAGUAACAGAGGCACUCGCUUUUCCCAGGGACAGAAUUAACAGAGGCAUAGGUGGCUAAAUGAGUGCCUAGAAGAGGCAUAAGUAGUUGGGCAGUAAGUAAGCUUUCCAUUCCAAAGCAACUGGAUAUCUUGUAAUCUAGAUAAUGAACUCUAUUUCUUGCUCACUCUGAGGCAAAAUGUGAAAGUUAUGUAGGUAAGACCUAUGUGGGCACAGAGCUUUUAUUGAAUAUUGAAAGAUAACCCAUAGAUAUUCAUUGAGUGAUACCCUUUCCUUAUUGGCAUUCCUUAAGUCCUGUGCAAUUUGAUUAAAUACAUUUUUAUUUUAUAGGUGAUCAUUUGAAAGUAUGUCCACAGGGGCACACAUGUUGCUCCCAGGCCAUGGAGGAAAAAUACAGCCAACAGAGCAAGCACGACUUCAAGGCAGCCGUCAUCGAACCAUGCAACAAUGUGCAAAAUACUUUUGCUUCCAGAUACAGCAAGUUUGAUGGUAAGGACAAUUUCAUUAACUUUUUAAAAGCAAUGCUGUGUUUUUCUUUCUCUAUGUAAUUUAUUGCGGUUUUUCAGCCUUUAAUAGUGAAUGAUCUCUGCUGCAUUAUUUUAGGCAGACGGUAUCGGUGGCUCGCUGUAGGUAAAAUAUGUGCUGAUACUAUAUUUUUGCGUUUCUCUUUCCUUUUGAUACUCUGUUUUGGUUUCACGCCCUUCUCCUACCAGCAGACAGACAUAUGAGAACCAUCUGUCAUACCCAAGCAUUGGCCUUGAAGAUUUUUAUAGUCCACUCCUUUGUUGUUCUCACAGCUUUUGGAAUAGGUGACAACUCACUGUCCAAACAUAUGAAAGCUUUAAAUCCAUUUCAUAUAUCACAUGAAUUCUGGGUUAGGUUUGGUUUUUUCGUAGUCUGCAAAUGGCCAAAUCCAUAAUGUCCCUUUCUUUUGCGUACAAGUAAUCAUUGGUAACCCUUUAACCUCAGGCAAUGCAAAACACAUCUAUCGUAAAAAUGAUUGCCAUUUCAACAUUCAAUACAGUAAAUUUCCUGCUAAAUCUAUAGUUUGUCCCACGACCCAAAACAUCUUUGGAAGUAUAGUAGUGUUAAUCCUGGGGCUCAUUUUAAGAUUUUUUUUUUAUUUUUUUUUAACAUGUAUUGAAAACCAGCCAGGUGCUAGGUUCUAUUGUUGGAGAAAAGCCAAGCUCUGAUGAUGAAUAGUGACCGACUCAUAAGUGUCUGAGAGAACUGCUAUCCAGUUACUAGAGUUAAAUUAAUUUCUAGUAAUGGGAUACAGAUUGGUGACUAGACUCCGCAGUGUGCCUACAACUGUGAUUUAAGCAUAUGAGAUGAAUAUAUAUGUGUACGUGUGUAAAUGUGGUGAGACCAAGCACUGUGCAGAGUUUUAAUGUGUUUGGUGUUAGCUAUACACUCUCAUUGAAGUGGUCUGGGUGCAAUGUCCCUUAAUCCUGCAUUGGUAAUUAUUGCAGUUUCUGAGAAACUGUAAUAAUUACCUCUAAGGGUUAAUUCCUCCUCUCGUGGCUGUCUACCAGACAGCCACUAGAGGGACUUCCGGAACCGAAACAGACCUCCGGCAUCAGAUUUUUCCACAUAAGAAAGCAUUGAAUAAUGCUUUCCUAUGGGGAAAUCCAAAUGUGCCCGUUGCUGCACAUGCUUAUUAGGUCUCCCUCGCCGGCUGACGUCAGUGGUGGAGGAGCGUGGGUGGAGCCUGACCCAGUGAAGAAGAACAUGGGCGCUGGAUUCAGGUAAGUUACUGAAGGGGUUUUAACCCCUUCAGCACCAUGGUAGGGGAGGCGUGAGGGAGUGAGGCACUGAAGAAGCAUAGUGCCAGGAAAACAAUUGUUUUCCUGACACUAUAGAAUCCCUUUAACUUUCAGACCAAAACCAGCCACAUACUGGUCAGACCAAAAAUGUUAAAACUGUGCAGUCCAUGACUGAUUUCUGGUCACUUUUUUGGAAUCAUAACCCAUGCUCUAGUUUGAAUCUAAAAAAAAAAAAAGCUGUUUAAUAGAGCGUCCAUUGCCAAGGGUACCUGCAGAACGGUAGGGUGAAGUCUGAAACAAGUGCCUGCCUGUGCACAUAUGCAUGUCAAGCUGGGAUAGCUGUGGAAACAUGAUUUCUCAAUUCUCUUUGCCCAAUGGGGGCUUUCCCAAGUUAAACUUGGAUAUGCAGGUGAUGCACAUCCAUUAGAGACAAUGACAGCUUCUCAUUAACUGAAACAAUUAAAUAGGUUUACUUAAAUGAUUUUCAUUCACUUAUUUCAAAUAUCCUUCUCGUUUGCAUGUGUUUGAUGUCAUAUAAGCACAUGUACCAUAAUAUAUAAUGGGAAUACUUGCUCAUGUGGAAUAAAAACUUUUAGAGCUCAUAUUCGCUUGAAAGCCACACUUUAUUUUUGCUUUUAGGCUGUUCAGCACCGAACUCCCUCUGGACUCUUUUUUUUUUAAAUAACACAGCUUUGACUGUACAGGCAGAGUAUUUUAUGACCCAAAAAACCUUUAUUUAGAAGGCAUUUAUUAUUUAACCCCCUCACCAAGUCUGGCAUCCCACUUGGACUUACAUGUGAGGCCUGCUGACCCUUACCCCAGCUGCCACCAGACUCCAAGUGCCCCUAAUUGCUGUUUAUCCAAAUCUUAUUCAGCUCCUAACCAAAGAAUGAAUUCCUUCUGGAAGGGGUUGGUCGUAAUCCUAAACCACAAAACUUAGAUGGUGGCCAUAAAAAAAAAUAAAAAAAAAUGGACAGCUGUUUAGAGAUUGUUCUGUGUAAUUAUGGGUUUGUAUGCCGUUGAAAAUGGGCAUACUUUUUUAAAAUUUAAUUUUAAUAUAUAUAUAUAUAUAAAUUUUGUUAGUUAAACUUCUGUUGCACUUACAGUUAAGAUGUUUAUAUACCUAUUGCAUGAGUUCAGUUUAAACAUUUUGAGGAUUCAUUCACCUCUGGACUUGUACCAUAUUUUCCCCCUUUUUCCAAUUACAAAGCUUCCCUUUUGGAUGGGCGCGAUUUAACCACAAUAUUACACACACCCAAAAUGUGGAAUUCUCUGCAAGCAAAGUCCUGGGAGUUUAUAUAAGUUUCACAUAUUGAGGGUGUGUAUCAAUGCUUGCUACAUACACACCCAUGUUUUUAUUAAUAAAUGUUACAUAUCUAAUUACUUUGGGGCUUUCAGCAGAAUAGCCAUUUUUAGCAGUACAUUCAAAAAAAUAUUUCCUCCAUUGUGUAAGUAGAAACGGCCAGAUCUGAGUGGUCUCUGGGACCUCCACAUAGCUCACAAUAAAAGUAGAAGCAGCAUGUGGAAGUCCUUGCUGCUGUUUUCAUACUUAUGAGGUUUACUGAAUACUAUAGCUCUGUCAUUAAAGAGACAAAGAUUAAUGUAGUUGUUCUGGUAUGUUAUAGUAUGACCCUACAGGCUAAUUAAUGUAAGCACAGCUUUUUUAGAGAAAAGGCAGGGUUUGGUUUACAUUACUGCCCCGGAACACUAGCGUCUCCAUGCUCUACUCAUGCUGCCCUGUAGGGCACAUGUUAAAAUAGGUUUCCUUUGCACCUGCUGAUCUGGCAAAUAGACUAUAUUAAAAUUUGGAAAUACUGCAUAUAAAUUACCUUCCCUGUUUGUUCAGCCAUUGUAAUCUCUCCAUUAGUAUUCAGACGAUAAUUUACAGAAAUUAUAGAGACCUGUGUGAAUGUGGCAUUUUUUAAGCCUAUAUAUAUAUAUAUAGUGUAAUCAUCUUGUGAGAUACAAUUCCUAUUUUUAAUUUUGUUGCGCUCCCAGACUGAUAAUUUAGAUAAUCAUACGCCCACUGUGUCAUGCAUUGAAAGCUGCACCUCAUUGAUUCGGGGAGAAUUGGCUUUUUGUGCACAGUAGGUAUAAGUAAAACAUUCAUAACUCAUGAAGUACAUCUUGGCCAAAAACCAUUGCUACUUGCUGUGUAUUACCACGUUUACAUUGCAAUAGACACACAGCCCUAUUAAUAGUGACCCUGCUGGUGUAUAGAAUGUCUACAAAUAUUGUACUAAAAAUUUGACUUUAAAAUAAAAAGGCGUUUUUAUAACAGUACUUGUUUUGAAGAUCUAUUACCGUGCACACUCUUAACCCCCUGCUUAGUCCCCUUUUUAUAUUCGAAAACACACUACACAUUAGAUUUUCACAGGAUUGGUCUGGAUGGAAAUACAAACAAAUGUUAUUUUAAAAACUAAUUUAAACUGCUGACAAAACCGAAUCGUGUGUGUACCUAUGAUUUUGCUGUUGGUGAUGGUGAUGUAGUGAAAAUAAAUGCCUGUUCUUCAUCCUGGGUUUGGCUGUGGCUUUGGCUUUUGCUGACCUGCAUUUACACUCUUAUAAUUGCAGCAAUUGGUUAUGGGAUGAGUAGUUCAUCUGGCAGUUUUAGUUUCUUUUUUUGUUUUUGUGCAGCAAGCUGUAGACCUGGCUGAGGGUAGUUGUAUUCAUGAAAUACAGGAAGGAAGCUACAUUUGUAAAAAACAGCCACCAGGUAUCUUGUAUAGCCAAGUGCCUUUAAUGCAUAUAAUUGCUGGUGGCUGCUAAACAAUUUCUCUUUUAAGUUACUUAAAAAAAUAAAUACAUGAUGUGUACAUACUGCACAUGUUCGUGUGUGGGCAUACGGUGCUCUUUAACACCAAAUUAGGUGGCAGCCUUUAAUGGAGUUCAUACCGAUGUGAUCUUGUUGGGAAUAAAUCUGAAGAACAUCCCCAACCCAACAACAUUGAAAUGUCUACGCUUGCAAGUGAUUUGCUCUGUUGUUUAUAUCUUCUGAUAAUCUCGGUGGAAUAUCCCGAUUUUGUAAAAGGAUUCUUCAAGGACAUUUUGCUAAAUUUUCUGAUGCAAGUAGAUUGUUGUGUACAAGCAUGAACACUAUCCAUGCAGGUGGUGAGCUGAGGAUUCAUGGGGAACCAGGUAAUUUCGGCACAGCCUAGUAUUGGAUCAAGUAAAAGAAAGCUUGGUAUUGGUGGAAAUAGCAGUGCUUUUUCAGAUACGGCUGAGUUCAUUAAUAUGUUGGACCUGCUCCCAGAUUAGCUAUUUCAGCCAUUCAAGUCAUUCUAUCUCUCAUGCAAGGGCUGGUCCAAAGCAGCUGGCCUGGUAGGUUCAUACAUGCAGCACAACUGUUCUGAUUAAGACAUGGGAGAAACUAAGAGCCACUUGAGCACCAGCCUUAGUAACCCAGACGUACGUGUGUGUGCGCGCGCUUUGUAACCUGCCACUUUGAAAGAAUUUUUAAUUAUUUUUUUUUAAAUGCUGAUUUUUCAUUUCAGCAGGUUACAUUACAUCUAUCAAAACACCACAGCCAACUGAUAUAAACUCUCUUUUUUGAUGUCGGUAAAAGUUACAUUUUGUGUAGCACAUAAACAGGGAUGGAUGGACUUAAGUUUAAUUUGAUUAAGGGGACAGUAAAGGCACCAAAGCAACUUUAUCUAAAUGAAGCAGUUUUGGUGUAUAGAUUACACCCCUGCAAGAGCACUGUUCAAUUCUCUGCCAUUUAGGAGUUAAAUCACUUUGUUUAUAGUGCCCUAGUCACACCUCACUGCAUGUCACUCACACAGCCUUCCUAAACACUUCCUGUAAAGAGAAAUCUAAUGUUUAAACUUCUUUUAUUGCACAGUCUGUAUUGUAACACUGUUAUAUGAAAUAAUCACAUGCGCAAACACAAAUAGCGCUCACGAGAUGAUAUAUAAAAAGAAUAUAGUCUGGGAUAUUCCUGGAGAAGGCUACCACUAUCUAUUAAGAUGUGUUUUUCCGGGGGCGGAGCCUGACGGCGGAGCAGUCCAGACGUGUGCUGCAUGAGCUCCUGUGUCUGGCACAUUAAAUUCGACCACAAAAACGAGCUAAAUACCUAGUGGACUGCAGAACCUUACCCAACCUGAUCCUGACAUGCCGGCGGUUCCAGUAACACGUCUUGCGGGCCGCUCCUCUGCUAGAAAAUCUGACUCGAGGCUUUGCGGCCUACUUGUAACUGGGCCAAGGAGAGAUGGCCGCUCUCCUACAGCUCUAACUGGAGGUGACACACGACUAAAGAGGUUGUCCCCCCCACCCCCUUGGACCGGCAGGGGUUAUCCUAGUCCUACCUGGCAAGCACACAGUGAACAACAGGCUGAUUCCGACCAGUAGUAGCCGCAAUCCCCUGGGCUGCCCAAGAUGGCGGACACACUCGCCUCACACACAGCAGCGAACCACGUGGAGCGAACACUCCAGGAUAUCGACGAGCUUUUGCCCGAUUCUGGGCCAAGCUGGAGAGGAGAGUGCAACCCACACAAAGGGAAACCCAGAGAGGCCUAAGCCCAAAAACUGAAGGCUAUCAAACAGGCGCAAAACCAACCCAGCAAACCACCAAGCCCAGGACCAGAGCCACAGGGGCGCUUACCCAGCAGCGAUCACCACGUGGGCGGAAAGACCCCCGCCGCAAGCAACAAACAUGCAACAGGACCCUCCACCGCCUGCGUGGAAAACAGGACUUAGACCUUCUGGGUCAUGGGGCCUGGAGCCCGAAGUCGCCAGCCCAACCGACCCAAAGCCAACGAGAGGAUGAGUGCUGUCAAAACCGCACCUUGACCCUGGAGAAGCCAAACGCCCGCAGCAAGAGCAUACCGGACAUGGGUAUCGGUUAAGCCAACACUGGACUGAUUACCUGAGGCGGACGGCCUCCAGCUGCAAUGGACACUGCGCACUGAGGGCCUUACAGCGCACAUGGAACUCGGUGAUCUCCUUCCGUUGCCUCUGAAGCGCUGUGCAGUAUGCCAGUAACCCUUUAUUGUCUAGCCUAUAUGUGUUUAAAUGCUUAGUCAGCCACAUUGCAACCUUAGGCAUCUCCCCAUGUACUGAUGCAGCCUCAGAUUAUAUGUCUAGACCCACUGCUUAGCCUGGGUAUUAAUACCCUGGCAAACAUAUCCUGGCAUUGUUAGACAACGACUGCAUAACUACAUUUUGAUAACGUAGCUAUUUUGAUACACCCUCGUAGCUUGUUAACCUGUUAGGAUAAUGUACCAACUCCGCAUGCCACUAAUUGAGGCCAGUCAUGUCAAUCCACUUCUUGUACUCACGAUUUUUGCUAUUGUGUAUCACUUUAACUAACAACCUGAUCUAAUCUACAUCACUUUAACCUAUAAAAAUGUUCCAAUAAUCCUAGUGCUUCAACUGUUGUGCCUGAAAAUGUGCUCGAGGAAUGCUGUUGGGGCACCAAGAGCUUGUAUGUAUUGUCACUCAAGGCAAAAUAAAGAAGUAAAAAAAAAAAAGUGUUUUUCCAUCACAUUAUUGAUUUAGAUAAAGUGUUGGAUAUAUAUUGUGUUUGCUUAACAAAAGGUAAAAAGGGGCUGUUUCCUAAUCUGUCCCCCUACCCCAACACACAAUCCCUCCAAACAAAUUCACAUAGCACACACACACACAGCACCCUUACAUACACACACAAAGCACACUAACUGCACCUUCACACACACAGCACACUACCAGCACCCUCACACACAGCAGUGUAUUUAUGUGUGUGUGUGUGUGUGUGUGUGUGUGUGUGUGUAUAUAUCUACAUAGAUAUAUAUACACAUACAUAUACAUGUGGAGUGUGUGUGUGCUUUAGGGUACCCACUUGUAUGCAAUAGGCUGCGCAUGCCUAUGAUUUAGGCAAACUCUUCUUACAUUACAUUUGGAACAAUUAAAUAAAUGCAAACGGAUUAGAGACGAAAAAUAAACUAAACUUUUCAGGUCAAAUUUAUAAAUCUCCCCCAUUGAGUUACUGACAUAAUGAAAGACCAUUUGAAAAGGCAUAACUUGGCUAUACUAUACUUUCUAUACCAAUGUUUCCCAAUUUGCUAGUCCUAGCAGUCAAUCAGUUAUUCCUCUUGGAUUGAUAUGAUCGGUUUGAAAUAUUUCCUAACUCAGCGGUUCCCAAACUGUGUGGCACACUGGGGAGCCGCAAGAUAUUUUCCAGAUGCUUUGAUCAUAGCACCGGGAACUCCCCCUCCAGUCUGGUAGCAGUAUAAUGCUGGCAGGGGAGGGAGAGAGGACUCUGGGGAGCUCUGACUUGCAGCACCGCUGGGUUCUCCUCUCGCGAGCUCGGAACAUUGCCACGGUUACCACGGCAAUGCUCCGAAUCUCGCGAGACUGAACUCUAGCAGCUCCUGAGGCUGCUAGAAUUCACUCUCACCACCAGGACCACAGGGGCUACCCCACAGAAACACCAGGGAUUGCAGGAAAUGUCCCCCCUCCCAGGCAAAGGUAAGCAGGGAAGGGGGAUAUGAAAAUUACUAUUUUUUUAAAUAAAAUAUUUUUUUUAUAUAUUUUAUGAAUUUGCCCUCCCACCCCCACACCACACCAAUAACUCCCCCAAUACACACACACUGCUUCCCCCCCAUUCACACACUGCCUCCCUACGCAAACUGUACCCCUCGCACACACUGCCCCUCCAUACACACAAACUGUACCCCUCCAUACACACAAACUGUACCCCUCACACACACUGCCCUUCUAUACACACAAACUGUACCCCUCACACACACUGCCCACCACAUGCACAAGCUGUUCCACAUACAGACACUACAUCUCACACACACGCACCCCUCACACUCCACCACUCACACACACGCACCCCUCACACUCCACCACACACACACUCACACACAUAUUGCAUGCCUCACACACGCUACUGCCCCUAUCCCCAUUCUACAGCCCCAUAUCCCAGGAGAUCCCAGGUAACUUGUCAAACUGUUCUUAAACAGUUUUAGUACUUUGGGAGGUACUAUGGCACUGUUGGCACCAUAACCACUACAAAGUGCUGUAGUGGUUAUUGUGCCUGGAUUGUUUCUUUAAGUAAUCUACCAGGGCCCCUCCCUAGAUUAGAUUCUGGAUCUGUGCUUGUACAGCAUGAAUUUCUACCGAGCAGGGGCCCAGUAUAUGCAGCUGCGCUGUACAUAUAUACAACCUAGAAAAUUGUUUUUACUUCGGGUGCCUUGGAAAAAUAUUAACGGCGCCUUGAACCUAAAAAUUUUGGGAACCACUGUCCUAACUUAAACCAUAAACCUUUUUCCACGCUAGCACAAGUACCUGGCUGAAGGGUAGGGUGGGGGGGGUGGGGGGGAGGAAUCUAGGUGAAAAAGGGAACAUUGUUUGUUUGUGUUCGAAGAGUGAAGAAAAGUAUGAUUUGUCAUCCCUAAAAAAUGUUUGUGUUCAACAGAUUUUCAAGGGAUUUGUGUUGAUGUGGUGAUUUAAUGAGUGUAGUGUAUUUGUCGUUCAGCAAUAAAACAUGUUUUUACAACGCUGCAAAGUAAGAACGUAAUCCUUGUGUGCGUAGACUUUGUUUAAGCGACUCUGGGUAGAGGUGUUAAUUUAUGGAACCCAGUAGUCGAGACACCGAAGAAAAAGAGCAUUGAUUCCACAUCUUUUCCCCAAAUAAAUUUUGAAUGGUAUGUAGUGGGUUUUCCUACAUUUCUUUUGUAAUAAAUGCCGCUUAACACUUCAUGUAAGUAAUGACUAAAUAAUACAAUUCUAAAGCAAUCUUCUAGUUUUUCCUAAACUGGUAGGCCCAAAGCUUUUACCAAUUGCAGUUUAUUAUCUUUCAUAGAUUAUGGAUGGCUGCAUUGUAGUGUUUAAACACCACUAAUAUUCUCUGGGUUUUAUCAAAUUUUUUAGUUCUCAUUCUUUAUCUUAUGGAGAGAUAUGUUUUUGUGUUUUGUUUUUUUUUGUUUUUUGGUGACAUGGUUUCAAGUACAGUCAAUAAAGGGGAACUAAAUGAAUACUUUCUAAAAAGAUAUUAAAGUGAACCCAUUGUUUUGGAAUACCUGGGGUCUACUGCUUCUUGAACGUUAUAUAUUCUAAUAACAUUUUCCCCCAAAUGAAAUAUCACUGUUGCUAUGCAUUAGUGCAUAGAAACGUAUGGGUUUAUUUUAGGUAUACUAAAGUGGAGGACAAAGGGGCUGAGCUAUAGAGUCGUACAUUUGCUUUUCUUUACAAUGCAUAUAAAACUAUGCCAAAAAAUAAACAGGACUUUUGAUUUGUCUGUUCUUGCACCUUAGGAGUCCGGAAUAUUUCUGUAAUAAAAUAUUCUGUUUGACUCUUCAGUCUUUAGGUAGUGCCAUAGAGUUGACUUAUUGUUCUACUUGUAAGCCCUACUACUCUUCCACUCACACCUGAUUUAGACUAGGUUUUGUCUCUUGUACAUACUUCAAUAUUGUGUUCUUUAAAGAACUGGUAAAGCCACAAUAUUUGUGGCAAUAUACUGAUAAUUUUAAAACCAUACACAUUUCAUAGGACUGGCAGUGCACACUGAAUUUGUGUGUGUGUGUGUGUUUUUAAUGUAUCAUAACAAGACCCGGUAAUGAGAUUGUGUGGUUUUAUGACUUUGGCUGUUGAGUGCUUUAUUUGGAUAAGCUGGCCAUUUGAGGUUGGCCAUUUGAGGUUACCCACUUAAUCAGGAAUUAAAAAAAUCUUGAUAUGACAUCUGUUUCUUUUAUCUUGAGGCUUGUAAAUAUAAGGAAGUCAUUAGCUGUAUGUUCAAAGGCACUCACAUAAUAAUCCACAGCAUUUCUGGGAUUUAUCUUGCCUUUCUUCCUCUCCCCUUCUUUUGUGUGUUUGCUAUUGCACCAGCCAUGUUUGUAUUGAACAUUGUAUAAAGACCAACUUUAGUAGUAGAAGUUACAAGAUUGAAUUGUUUUUUCAGUACAACAAACAUUGUGGAGCAGUUGAAUGAGUUAAUUAAUAACCAAAUUUCCUGAGUUGGCACUGUUGCCAGAAAAUGUAUAGAUUGUGAGAAAAAAACUUUUUAAAAAAUUAGUUUUUUUUUCCUCCUGCAUGUCAAUCAAUUAUUUGGCACAGACUCUAUGCCAAGGACUUAAUUGAUAAAUGAGAGCAGAAGGCUCCUCCUACAGGUGGUUAAUCUGCUGUCAACCCAUAGCAACCACAGCGCAUGUCCUUUGGUUGCUUUAGUAAUUUCCUAGUUACUGGCAUUGACAAGGAAGCAUGGGGACAUUGAGAUUGAAGCAACCAAGCCAGUGUCAGCAUUAUGGAUUGGGAGGGGGUUUACUCUGCUUUUGGAAGUGUUCCCAAGCAGGGAAAAUCCGUGAGCAUGAGGAGUGAGGGCCAACCGGAGAUGGGUGUUACAGAAGUGUAACACCCACCUGUGUAAGUGGUGGCAGGUUUACUCUAAGUACAUGGAUUUUGUUUGUCUUACAAGAACUGGUCUUGCAGGUAGAGUUACACAGUAUGUAAAAGACCAUAAUUGCGGAAAAUAAUAGAAAAAUAACCGGUAAACAUGAUUAAUACCUACUGGAGUGAGCAGAAUGAUCCCGGAAUGUACAUACUCGUUUUUUGUUGUUUUGUUUGUUUUGUUUUUUUUUGCCAUCCCAAUGAUAAAACUAUGUGAUCACAAGAAAAAUACUGUUCAUUAUUCAAAUUGUCGAAAUUAUUUUAGGUUUUGAAUUUCAUGUGAACCACACAAAACAUUGACUUAAAGGGACACUCCAGGCACCCAGACCACUUCUGCCCAUUGGACUGGUCUGGGUGCCAACUCCCACUACCGUUAACCCUGCUACGGUAAAUAUUGCAGUUUUCAUAAACCGCAUUAUUUACCUUGCAGGGUUAACUCCUCCUCUAGCGGCUGUCUACUAGACAGCCAUUAGAGGACACUUCCAGGAUUCUAGCACAGAUUCUAGCUAUAUGAGGACCUCCAGCGUCGCUAAAAUUCCCAUAGGAAAGCAUUGAAAGCAUAAGGUAUCCCCGCCGCCGGCCACGUAUGCGCAAUCAGUCUCCCCCACCGGAUGACGUCGGCGGGGGAGGAGCGUGGGCGGUCCCUGAACCAGCGCAGAGGAACAUUGGCGCUGGAAUCAGGUAAGUCACUGAAGGGGUUUUAACCCCUUCAGCAACAUGGGACGGGGGUGGGAGGGAGAGGGGACCUGCAGUGCCAGAAAAACGGUUUUGUUGAGUCCCUUUAAGAAGUAUUAUAUAUCAUUGCAGUAAUUUUUCUUUUGCAUUCUAUAGAUGUUUUACCACUGCUGAUAAAAAUAGAAUUUUCUCUGUGAUAGACAUUUCAUAGAAAAGUAACUUUGUAAGAAUUGUAAACCACGUAAAAAAAAAAAAAAAAAUUAGCAGAACAGUGUGCUAUCUAGUGAAUUUAAUUCUUAUCAUUGACUGAGCCGGAAGAUGCCUGAGUCUAUAAUCCCUCCAGGACAAUAAUUACCUCUCCACACUUAAAGGGAUCCUUUAGUGCCAUGAAAACAAAGCUGUUUUCCUGGCACUAUAGGGUUAAUAGGUCCCACUUACUGAUGGGGUUAUAAAGUCAGCCUGUGGGGGAGACCUAAUGCGCAUGCGAGACAAUGGCGCAUUAGACCUCCCCAUAGGAAAGCAUUAUUCAGUGCUUUCCUAUGGGGAGAAUCUGACGCUGGAGGUCCGUGAGGACGUCCAGCGUCAGAUAACGGAUCAAAGCUCCCUUUGGAUUCCGGAAGCACCCUCAGUGGCUGUCUGGCAGACUUAGAGCUGCAAUGUAAACAUGUAAGUGCAAAAGGGUCACAGCACCCAGACUACUUCAAUUAGCUGAAGUGGUCUGGGUGCCUACAGUGUCCCUUUAAAGUUUUGCGAACAUUGUUUAAUUAUACUUUGUAGUAUGCACAUUUUGAGAGUCAUAAAUAUGAAAACAAAUGCAAACAGUAUGUCGAUUGUAAGCUUUUGUGUUCAAGGUCCCACAUUCAUUCAGCCAUGGAAAUAUGUAAUUGUGGAUGAAUGUGUCUUUACACUGCAUAAGCAUGUAGUUCCUGUUGGCUUGUUGCAUAGUGAUAUCUGUGUUUGUUUAUUGUAAGAGUAAACCCACAAUUUAUGAAAUAUUGUAGGUAAACCACAUGUCCUCCCUGUGUAAAGGGCUCCAGUAAAGGCAGAACUUUUCUUUUUUUUUUCAGCCAGAGUGAUUUUGUGGUUAAUAUGUAUUCACCCAACAAUUUGAAACAUUCUCCACUAAAACCCAAAGUUCACCAUCAGACAGAAAUUGCCACUCAUAUAGGAAAUUGUUUUGCUAAUGUUUGGGAAAAUGACUUGGUUGUUGUUUUUUUAAUUUUUUUAUUUUAGUUUAAUUUUUUAUCAAUUAAUUAGUACUAAAUACAUUUAUUUAGUCAGGGUUUUUAAAAAAUAAAUAAAAAAAAUUAAAAAAAAAUAUAUAUAUAUAUAUAUAUAUAUAUAUAUAUAUAUAUAUAUAUAUAUAUAUAUAUAUAUAUAUAUAUAUAUUUAUUUAUAUAUAUAUAUAUUUAUAUUUUGAGGUUAAGGGCAACAAAAUGUAAACAUUUAUUGAUCAUUGGUCUACAACGAAGAGAUAAGAAACAGACCUACCUAAUGGAAUGUGUGUAAUUUUAGUGCCUUUUGACCUACAAUUUAUUAAAGGCCUCUGGGACACUCUAAGAGUUAAUUGUAUUUUCUCAACUUCUUUUUCUUUUAUUUAAUUUGCCGUGGGAAACUUGUACGUCUCAUUUGUUAUAAAUGAGAAAAAAGGUUUGUUAAAUGUAAUGUAGACCACUGUUAAUGCAUUCUGUCAUUUAACUUGCCUUUUUUGUACUUUGAAAAUAAGAGGUAGAGUUCACAUUAGUGGUAUUUCAUUUAUCUAAUGCAUUUUAGAAAGUAAAAGUAUACAGGCCUACAGGUCAUAUAAAAUAGCUGAAAGUUAGAAUCUUUGGCUAUCUGACUCCUGAGGCUUUCCUUGUAUUUGCAGAAUGUUAUUACUUUGUAUGAGACAGAACAAUAAAAGUGGCUUCUCUGAUUUAAGGAGACUAUUAUCAGGAGAAGCAAUUGUUAAUUAUGUUAACAUACUGAUGAUGAUCAUUAUUCCCUUCAUUUGAUUCAUAUUAACAAUUUUUUGUUUUUCUUCCCACCUUCAGAGUUUUUCAAGGAGCUGCUUAAAAAUUCUGAGACCUCAUUGAAUGAUAUGUUUGUGCGGACUUACGGAAGACUCUACAUGCAGAACUCUGAGCUUUUUAAAGAUUUCUUUGUGGAACUGAAAAAAUACUAUGUUGGUGGCAAUGUCAACUUAGAGGAGAUGUUGAAUGAUUUCUGGGCACGACUUCUAGAACGCAUGUUCCGACUGGUAAACCCACAGCACCAGUUCACAGAUGACUAUUUAGAAUGUGUUAGCAAGUACACUGACCAGCUAAAACCUUUUGGGGAUGUACCACGUAAACUCAAAAUCCAAAUCACACGUGCCUUCGUAGCAGCUCGAACAUUUGCACAAGGGCUUUCAGUGGCUAGAGAUGUAGUCAACAAGGUUUCAACGGUAAGAUUUUUUAAUUUAACAUCUGAAACCUGAUGACAUUUUUAUAUUUUGUCAGCGGUAUUAAUGUGUUUUGGCAAUGGAUUUGGGAAUAAGCUCAGUCUUUUGGCUGAUGCUCUGUGUAGUAAUAGCCUUGUGCAAGGUCUACGUGCCACACUAGACUAAGGAGACCACACACUACCCACUUUAUAAGCCAGUUCUCUAGAUUGUGAAGCUGUGCUUUGUAAUCUAGAUGUAUUUUGUUUUAGUUUAGUUUUUUUAUUAUAAGAAAAUAUAUAUUCCUUGUAAUUAAGGAUUAUCUAUAUUUUGAGAGCUGAGUGUUGGUUUAUAACUAGCCAGAAAUUUUUAUUAUUUGAUUAUUUGCAUUUGUUUUUAAUAAAGGGGAGAUAAGUCAGUAGUGUUAUGCUGUGCAUGGAAUUAAGUAGUUAUUUGAGUUUUGAGUGAUCCUUUAAUGCCCGUACUCUCAGGGAAGUGCUUGCUCAAUAUUGUGAUAAGAUGUUUUGUAGGGGAUGUGCUGACAAUCAUUCACAAAGUUAUUCUCGACCCCCAAUAGUAAAAUAAGACAAGGAGUUACAUUAGGAGAUUUUUAGAAUUCUUGCUUGGUAUUGUUCCACUUUUAAUAUCACCCCCCAGGAUGCAGGUAUGUGGUUUUUUUUUGUUUGUUUUUUUAAAGUCAACCACAUAAACUUUCUGCAAUGAUCGAGAGCACAUCGCUGGAUGUUAGUCGCCUCCUAUAAUUCAUAUUUUAGUUUUUUUGCCUUCUCUUUUCAUGGCCAUUUCAGAGGCAGUUUGCUCUUUUCCCACUCAGCUGGAAUAAAUUACAGGGAUUUUCGUAGGUAAAAUUGACUACAUUUUUUUAUAAUGUGUAGGUAGUUCCCUUACUCGAAGGGUUUCAUAUUUCAAUUUUAAUGUCAUUUUUUUGCCUCCCACAUAUAAAAGCUUGUGUAAAAGUAUUCCGAGCAGUUGGGGGGAGGGAGAAUGCAUAUGCAAUUAUCUGAACCUUCCACUCUUUGUCUUAGACUCGUUAGAAAAAACAUUUGUACGUCAAAUCAAGGAUGCCAUUUUUGUUCUGUCCAUACUUUCUAACUGUAAUGUAGAAAAUAAUCCAGGCACUCCAAAUUGUUCCAAACGAUAGGCAAUUUUUAUUGGACUCAAGAAUCACACAACGUUUCGACCCCUUAGGGCCUUUGUCAAGCUUGAUUUGCCUGGAUUAUUUUCUACAUUAUACUUCAUACAUGGUCUCUUUGGUACUGGGACUGAUCCAGCAGCACCCUGAGGGUCCAAAGCGAAGGGUUGAGUGCAGUUCCACCAUCUAUAUAUCACACUUUCUAACUACACUAAGCUGCGUUUAGCUACAUCCUGAAACUGAAUGUCUCCAUCUUGGAUUCCUGUCAGCCCUGGACCUUUGAAGCUCUACCCUUUUUCCAUUGAGCAUCCAGUGUGUGCCCCCUGGCUAUGCCUGGACUUAAACAGGGUUGUGAUGUCAAUUGCUAGACCUUUAAUAUAAAUUUGAAAGAAAACUGUGCAUUGCAUGAAAAAAGUUAACACAAGAUUUUUCAGUAUUGUAUUCAUUGGUGUUGCUUCCAGAGAAGUGACCAUUCCCCCUUUAAGUAAAAAGGUAAUAUUGUUUUUUUUCUGGUAGAAGCCUUGAAAUAGUCAUUUGUUACAUUCUCUUUGUUCCAACUGUUCAAGUUUGCUGAAAGGUGUCGAAAUACUGAUCAGUUUGAUUAAACCUGUGAGUCACUGCUGAAAUAUUCUUGAAAUGAAAUUAACAUUUACAAAAAAAACCUAUAUAUAUAUAUAUAUAUAUAUAGAGAGAGAGAGAGAGAGAGAGAGUUUUUUUGUUUUGUUUUGUGUUUUGUUUUGUUUUUUUUGGGCACUAGCCGACGGGCUGCUCAGUUAAUACUCUGUCAGCCAUUGCUAGCAGAGAUUUGUGGAUAAUGUCCUGUAGCACAUGGAGUAUGAAGUUGUACACUCAUGAUAAAAGUAUUCCUUCACAUAAUGGUAAUAAGAAUUAUAAUAUAUUCUUAAGAAUUAAAGUGGACCUGUAAAUAGAUUGAAGCUGCAGUCUUACAUAAAGCUUGAAUUGUAUCUGCAUGUUCCUAGUAAUCUUGCCAACAAAAUGUACACAUUUGUUUCAAAGUGUUUGUACAAUAUUAAUGUAAUAAUCUUUAUAAUGUUGUUUAAUAUUAUUGAUGGAACAUUCCUAGCACCAUAAUCACUACAGCACAAUUUAAAAGAAGAUACCAGGCACUCAUGUAUUUUUGUAUGUGUAUAUGCGUGUGUGUGAGAGGUAUGUGUAUAGUUUUUUUGUUGUUUUUUUUUUUCUUUUCUUAUUUUUUGAAGAUCAAACUUUUGUUUGUAUGGAAGGGCAAGUCCAUACACCUCUAUUAAUGUGCAAUCUCACAUCUUUAAAUACACGUCUGUGUAAUUGUGUGUAACAUAAUUGCUAGAUAUUAUUGUUGCUUGAAUACUGUUAUGGAAUAGCUGUUUAUACAGUCAGAAUGUCUGCAUGGCCGUGGGGGAUGGUAUCGCCUUAAAAGGAAGUGUUUUAUUUGACUCCUUUAUUUUCACGGUUGCACAGGUUAAAUAGUUGAGAAUUCCCUUGAGGUGGACAAUACUAUUGAUCAAGGAAUGUACCAUGACUUGGUACUCUGUAGACCAGUGGUGGUCAACCGUUUUCUACCUACCGCCCACUAAUGCAUCUUUUUUGUUGAAAAACAUUUCUUUACCGCCCACCAGUUUUCGCACAAGUGCGGAAUAUUUUUUAGAAAGGAGGGUGUUUUAAAAAAAUAAAAAAUAAAAAUAAAUGUAUGUACAUUUAUCUUUUUAUUUCUACUUAAAUGCAUGUUUAUAAUGUUUUUUAACUUUAUAAAGUUUAUAUGAGAAAACAAUAAAGUAAAUUGAAAUUACCUUUACUAGUGAUUUUAAUGAGAUCCUUGAGGUUGAUACUGCAAGACUAAAUAUUUGAUAUCUGGUUCGAUUUUCGUAAGGAACAAACGAAGGUCUCCUCUUUCUGUGAUAUUCAGACGACUUCUCUGUUUGCGCAUAAUAUGAUUUCUCAUCUGUGCAUCAGCUCCUCUCCUUCCUCAAUUCCUCUCCCCACCUUUUUUUUUUUUAAAUUUUUUAACCUUCCUUAUAUCAAUGCCCAGUAGGAAGGCUGAGCUAGGUAUCCCAAUUACUAUUACUUACUAUAGCCCACUAUAACAGACAGGCAGGCAUACAUACAUACAUACAGACACACCUACAGACAGGCACACACAUACAUACAGACACACAGACAGGCACACACACGACACAUACAUACAAACAGACAGGCACACAUACACACAGACAUGCAUACAGACACACACAUACAAAGGCACACACAGACAUUCAAACACACACACACAACACAUACAUACAAAGACAAGACACACAUACACACAUAUAUAUAUACAGACAGACCGACACACACACAUAUAUACAGACACACACACACAAAGACACAUACAUAAGACACACAUACAGACAGACACAUAAACACACACAAAAUAUUUUAGUCACCCUCCUGUUUCCUACCUUUUAGGUGCAGGAGGGUGACUUUCCCUGGGGUCCAAUUGUGGCUCAGGUGGAUGGGAGUCAGAGUUCCCACUUUGACUCCCUGGUCUUCCUUCCGCAAGGCUCUCAGUGUUAGCUGGAAGGAGUGACGUGCAGUCACUUCCUCCCAGCUCUGUGAUGUAAUCACAGGGGGCCCAGUCGCGCUGUUAAAGCGCCCAGCGCUGACCGGACCCCCUCACAAUGCACAUCCGUCGGGUGGCCCUGACAGCAUGGGCCACCCGAUGGACCCCUCCAUAUGCAGCCCGCCGCCGCAAGUGGUGAUGGCGGUACCCGGUCGCAGGGGUACCGCCGGCUCGCACGCGCCCAGUCUCUCAAAAUUCGAAAAUCCCUAUCGCCCCCCUGGAAUCCUGAAAUGCCCACUAGUGGGCGGCAGGGACCAGGUUGACAACCCAUGCUGUAGACAGUCAAAGGUGAAUAGACUUGAAAGCAAAUGUGGAUAUACCCUCAUGUUAACCCUUUUAAUAGCCAUUGGCACACUCUGGUAUUUACUGAAGGAAUUCUGUGCCUUCAUUUAUUUCACUCCUAUUUUUGGAACUUUCAAAAUGUGAGCAUUUCAGUGUUUCUGUCAAUGAGUAAUAUCAAAGUAUUAAAUAUUCUACCUGGUUGUUUGCUUUAAAAAUAUUUCUGUAGGCAAACUCAUCUCUGAUCUCUAGUUCCUCUUUCAAGUAGUAUCCAUGGGGUACAUAUGCCACAACAAUAAAUUAUUUGCACCAACAGGUUAAAGAGUGAAGGAAGUCUUUUUAAGUAAAGCCUUAAAAUAUUAUUACGUACAGGAAUGCUACAGUCCAUGAAACACUUUAACUCGCUGAAGUGCCUAACUAAAGGUUUAUUUUAAUCAUCAUAACCACUACAGCCUGCUGAUGUGAGAAGUAUGCUGGCUUGGUUCCCCCGAUUAAAGUGAUAAACCAUUUAGCAAUGGUUUGCUUUCUUACUUAGGUCCUAGCCAGACUCCCUGGUGAUCUGGUGAUGCACUUCCGGCUUCUGCUACAGCAAUCACCAUUCAGUAAUGUAAAGUAUUUAGAAAAUUGGGCAGACUACAUGGGCCAAAUGGUUCUUAUCUGCCAUCACAUUCUAUGUUUCUAUGUUAAUUGAGAGCAUAAACUGAUGCUCUCAGCCAAUGAAUGCAAUUCUGUGUACUGAAAGUUGCACGGAAUUGACAUUUGCCAGUCCGGAACUCCCAAUAAGUUGCUGGUUGAUACCUCAAUGCUGCUGCCAGAGGUGGUUAUACCUCCAGUAACAGAGCCCUUAAACUCUGUAUGCGCAGCAUUUCAAAGCAAAUUGCUGCACAUACAGACUUCAGGCACCAUGACCUUUUCAAAGCACUGCAUUGGUCAUGGUGCUUGGAGUAACCCUCUAAGGGUUUAACAGAAGAUUCCUUCCUUCUUAUUGUAUAAAAGUGCUAAUUUCUUUUCUUAAUCACGCAUGAGGGUCUCUUGCCUUGCACUCUUGGAACUAUAGUUGGAAAGUCUUCAUUCAGUAGUUUUAAAUUGAUGGCUAUCGAUAUUUCAAUAGAGAAAAGUCCAGUCCUAGAUUGCUAGACAGCACGGGGUAAACUGAAAACACCAGGUGCACAUUAUGGCCUCUUUGGGAAUAUAAUUAACCAUUGUACCUUUGCAGCAAUGAUAGGAGUGGUGAUCGCUGUGCUCCCUUACUAACCGAAGGGAGAAAAUGUCUUAAAGACCAUUUUAUGUCAGUAUUUUUGUUUUAGUUUCCUGGAAAAAGAAUUAAAGAGGUCUUUUUUACUAGGUUUUCUUUUUAAUUUUUCUUUUAAUCAGGUGAGGAGCUAGAAGAGUAAAUAGGGAAAAUGUGCACCUGAGUAAGUAAAUCUCCUAAAGCAAGGAUUUAACAAGGAAUCUGAGAUGUUUAAUCCUUAAAACCUAAAGGGCCGGACUGGAAAGUCCUGACUCCCUUUGUCUAGACUGCAUAGGAUUCCUUAGUCGCUCUUUUUGUAGCACAACUAUGACUUGGCAGCACAAAGAUAAUAGACGCAUGCCUGCAGGUCACAGCCUGCAGGGCUGAUAAUAAGGACUUGGGAUUCACAUCAGUUGUGCAAACUGUAGCAGAGGAACUAAACUGAGAGCAAUGUUCAUUUUAAUGCCAUCUUAACCCAUGUUAACACCGAGCCUCUUGAACAAGACACCGCAGCAUUCUGCUAACUCUUCUGAUAGAAGUUGGGUUAAACCCCUGAAUUCCACUACAGGAUCAUUCUUCGAUUCUUUGUUUCUGACUCUUCCCUUCCCCACGCAAAAGCAGAUUUCUGUAAUGAGGACAGUGCUGCAGCGGCUCAAUUAACUCCAUAUGUAGGCAUGUGCUUAUGUAUUCGAGUUGGAAAGUGGCCCUACACUGGUUACAAUGACAUGAACCCUGAAGGAGCUGUUAAAAUGUAUCAAAAAUUGUAUACGUUUAUACCGUGACAAAAUGUCUUCUAGUUCCACACUUACGUAAAAUGCAUUUUACAAUAUGCAGGAGUUAUCAGCUCUUCUUUCAAGCCCUAUUUUGACAAAUGUGUUAGAUGUUUGAGUGCAGCAACUUUACCACUUCAAUAUUCUGAUGUGGUAAUGGUGCAUAGACUGUCCGUUUAAAACCUAGCACAGAAAUCUCUAAUUUACCUGUGCCAGUUAGCCUGUUUCUGUGUCAACUGCCAGACAUCACAACCGGAUUGAGAAAGCUUUUAUUGGUGAAACACCUCUUGAAGAAGAUUGUUUUUGAACUAUUUUUUUUUUGUAUGUGCUUAUUGGCAUAAAUCAAUAUUUAUUUGGCAACGCUGCACUUUGAAGUCCUGUUGGUGUCUUGUAUCAGGGAAGUGUCUCCCUUUUAGACACAUAUGCAAGUACUCUUAGAGCCAGGUCAAUAAGUGGCUCUGUUUAAGGCGAGCUGUUCUGAUGCUACACAAAAUUCUACCACAUUAUAUUUUACUGAAGCUGGUUCCUGAUUCAUCAUAGAAAAGGUUUGGAGUCACUUAAGCACACACUUCACUUGCGCUUCUGAUUUGAGCCCAUCAAAUAGUGUCUCUACCGUAUGUGAGUGAAUUUACCUCAAGCAUUUCCAACACUUUUCUUAAUUUUAAACUGUAUGGAUCUUUUAAAGCUAUAAAUUUAAAGUACCCCUAUGUUAAUAAGGGGUCAGUGUUUUAUUCAUCUUGGUGCUCCACUGAUUUAACUGGUGUGGACCUUGCCACACAGUUAUACUUUUCUUUUCAUGUUAAGUGUGUGUAAAUUUUGCGAAGUAUUUACAUCCGUGUGGUAGCAGCUUUAUAUUGUUUCCUUUAUGUAGAACUUUUUAUAUGAGCAUACAGGAAAAACUUUGCAGGAUUGAAAAUGUAUCAGAUAAAAAAAAAAUGAUCACAUGUAAUAUUCACUAACUGAUGGGCACCGAACAUGGCAGGAUAUUUAAUUUAGCAUCUGGAGUUCUCCUUGGAUUCUUCCUUGUUAUUUACAUGCAGUUUGCUAUUUUCAGAAUUCAUUUUGAAAGCAAAAUUACACAAUAUCUCAACCAUGUACUAUAGAUAUAAUUCUGAUGUAUUUUUCAAAAUCACUGAAUUGGAAUAUUGAAUAGUGACCUAUGUUUUGCUGAUGAAAGUACAAUUUUUAAGUGUAUCUGUUCAACAGAUCUGAAUUGGCCUUUACGUUUCCAGGAUCUGGAGUACCCUACAGCACUCAGGGGGGCAGUAAAUAUGGAUCAAGAUUGCUAUCUGUUAAAUACACACACCAUACACGGCCCACUUUCCUCACCAGUGCUCUUUAACCCAUACAAACUUGGAAGGAACCUAAUCAUGCUGUGUGCGUGACACAUGUAAUCAAGGGUGUAGUGUGAGAUGGCUUUCACUGUGGUAAUGCAUGGCAUGUGCUUCCUUGGGUUUACAUUUGUCUGGUCCCUGAGGGCUCGCAAACAAAAAAGACAUUCUAUCAGAAUCUGCAGUGGUCUGAAAUUAUAUAUAUAAUUUCAGACCACUGCAGAUAUAUAUUAUUUUUUUUAUUUUUUGCUGAACUCUGAAUUUUCACGAAAUAAAUCUGAAUGAAAACAAUGGAGGCAAAAAUAGCUAAUGUGGAAAAAUUAUAUAACUCUGCUACAGUGACAUGGCUUUAUUUGUCUCAGCUUUGCCAUUUGUAUUUAUUUUGCAAAAAUUAGUCUUGCGAAAUACCGUAAGUGUUUUACCCUCUGUCCUCCCAUAGUCUCCCCUUUUUACAUUGUGUGUGUGUGGUGAAUGCUGGCUGUAUGUCAUGUGAAUUUGCAGUGGGUGCUGGCUGUGUGUGAUGUUCAUGCAGAGAGUACUGACUGCUUGGUGCAAGUGUGGUGUAUUCUGGCUGCAUGUCGUGUGUGUGUGAUGUGUGCUGGCUGUAUGUGGUUUGUCGUAAAGGGAUCUAUUCAAUUCUUGGUAGUUAAGCCAGAAACGAGGCUUAAGAAGACUCAUUCAAGGAAAAAAUGUACUUGCCAUCUGGUUCCAGUUCUUGUAGACACGUCGGUGAGUGGAUCAUUUAUGCUCGCCUAAGCUUCACCCAGAAUCCUUUCACAUCUCUAAACUGAUCAGAGAGGCAAAGGGCAGACACAAUAGCAUUACGUGGCUACAUGUUUCCUGACUACUGGUUUAAGAUGUAGUGGUGGUAUUAGUAUUUUUACAUGUUGUGUAAGUCAGCUACCUGAUGAUUUAUCCAGAGCUGUAUUCUUGACCCAAACUCCAUGACCAUCAGUAUGGAAGUUUAUUUCAUUUCCAGGAGAGAGAAAGUAAAGUUAGGUUUUACAUGAGCUGUGAUUUUCUUCUGCUAUAGAGUUUCUGGAAGUUAAUGUUGGGGAAAACAAAACUACCUAUACAGCAAACUGCACCAUAAAUGAAUGUACCAGUAGUUUAUUCCUUCUGAAAGGUACCAUAUCUAGUCUAAAAUUCCUUUUGGUCAGUCUUCGGCUGUUCAAGAAAAUACUUUUGUGCAAUAACUGCUUACAUGGAAUGAAGAGUUAGCAUAUAGAAGUCACUGGUUCAGGAGUUUGGAAUGCUGAGCUCUUGGCUAAUUUUUGCUUGAACAAACACAAAUGCCUUUGCUGACCAUCCGUAUCUCCAUCUGAACUCCAUCGACUUGUUUACGGUACUGCUUGAACAACCUUCUCUGGAUGAAGUGCUAAGGCGAGCGUUACCAUAACAGAGCGAAGAACCGUAAAUAUUAUAAUGUUUACUACAAGUCUGGUUCCAUUUUAUCUACAAGAUGUUCUAUGUAUCAACAUAGCCUUACAGUGAUUUUAAGUGUUCAUUAUGCAACAUUCUCAGUUCCCGCAUUAUCUGCAAGUUGCCUUUCCUAAACAGCCAUGUGUAAAUUUAUACCAUCUAUAAAUAUCUGCAAUUUAUGUAGUUGCCAAUAGAAGCAACUGCUUAGACCUUAAUUAGACAUGGUCAGCAUUUGGACAAUCUCAUAAGGCUCUAAAGUGUGGGUAUUAUGUCUCUGAAUAUAUACUUGCUUGUGUAUUUGUGUGUAGUGUCAAUAUGAGUGAAUGUGCUUGUUGCUUUUAGCAUCAUGUAAGCAGCAGUAUAGAGGAAAAUGAGGUGGCACAGUGGCAGACCACAUACACUCCAGCACACCACUGAAACCCACAUAGCUACAUAUCUCUGAAUUGUGACAUUGUCGGAUAAAUAGGAGUAACACAGUCAGGCCCAUACAUUAAAUGACCACUAUAGUGCCAGGAAAACAUACUCGUUUUUCUGGCACUAUAGUGCCCUGAGGGUGCCCCCACCCUCAGGGUCCCCCUCCCGCUGGGCUCUGGGGGAGGAACGGGUUAAACUUACAUCUUUCUCCAGCGCCGGGCAGGGAGCUCUCCUCCUCCUCUCCGCCUCCUCUCCUCCUCUUCGGCUGAAUGCGCAUGCACGGCAGGAGCCGCGUGCGCAUUCAGCCAGUCCAUAGCAAAGCAUUCUCAAUGCUUUGCUGGACGCUGGCGUCUUCUCACUGUGAAAAUCACAGUGAGAAGCGCGGAAGCCACUAGAGGCUGGAUUAACCCUAACAUAAACAUAGCAGUUUCUCUGAAACUGCUAUGUUUAUAGAAAAAAAGGCUUAAACCUAGCUGGACCAGGCACCCAGACCACCUCAUUAAGCUGAAGUGGUCUGGGUGCCUAUAGUGGUCCUUUAAUAGGGGAUUAUGGACUUCCCUGAUCCAAGAAUGAUUGACCAAUUGCUUAGAUCUUUUCAUUCCAAAUAAACCAAUAGCAGCACAAAUGUGCUCACUCAGCCCUUAAUCUUUGACAUAAAUUCAGACUGGGUAAAAAAUAAGCCCAAAUAAACCUUUACAUUGUAUGCUUUACUUAAUUGAAUAAUUGGUUUCAGUGACUUGUAAUGUUAAUGAAAUACAAUGCAGUGUAUUACCAUUCGAAAGAGAACAACUGGAUUCUUUGUUUAAACAAGUGUUUUGUGCUGUGAUGUAUUUAACAGCCUGAAACAAGCUUUAAUAUGAUAAGUAAUAGGGGGCACAUUUACACCUUGGUAAACAUGCCAGUGAAGAUAAGAUUAUUUGAUUGACCCAUUCCAACACUGUGAUGUUUAACUUACUCUGAAUGUAAUCAGAGGUCUGUGUUUUUACUACCUUGUUUCCUGUUUUCUCUUUUGGAUAAUUAACUUGGCUGUUUUACUUUAGGUUAAUAUAAAGGUUUAAGUAGUUACAGCAGAACAAAAUGUAAGGUCAGCGACAUAAACUUUCACAGAGCAAAAUAUCCGCAUGCGAAUUCCUCGUUCUAAACUUUCUGCAGCACAUCAGAUGCACUUCUGGGAAAAAAAUAAAUUGCUCCCAGUCUGUCUGUUACAGUUUAUGCUUUGUGUUUAAACCCGUGCUAAUGUUAAUUAUAUUAGUAUUAUAUUAAAUUAUGAGAACCUGUGUGCAACUUUAUCAACUGGAGGGAUGAUAAUCCAGUUAAUAAUUCCUUGCUAUAAAUGUUUAAUUUUCACUGGUAUUUAUUGUAAGCACUGGGAGAUUUUAAUAUAUCACUGCGUUUUAAAUCCGUUUCAAAUUUGUCUUUUUUAUUUUUUUAUUUAAAUUUUUUAUAUCCUUUAGGUAAAUCCCACACCUCACUGUAUUAAAGCAAUGAUGAAAAUGACCUACUGUCCUUAUUGUCGUGGGCUUGUCACUGUAAAACCUUGUAAUAAUUAUUGUCUGAACGUAAUGAAAGGCUGUCUCGCUAAUCCUGGAGACCUGGACGCUGAAUGGAACAACUUUAUUGGUAAGAAUUCUAACCACUUUAAUGAAGGCAUAAUAUAAAAAAAAUAUUGUAUUUUGAAUUGGCAUGGAAAAAAAUCACUUUUUUGUUUUGUUGGCAUCAUACUUUUAGUUGAUCUUCCAGAAGUCACAUCAUGUAUUUUUAUAUUUCAUUUCAUGGUGUUUCUACAUAACUGUUGUACUGAAAAUUUAGCUUUUACAAAAUGUGGUUAUAUUUUGUCUGCCAGUUAGAUUAAACCUUAGCGUAAGAAUUCUGGCGCAGUGUUUUCAAAGUGGAGCUAUCUCCUUGGAAACCAGAGGAAUGCAGAGCUUUGCCCCAGAUACACUACCCCAAAUUCUUUUUAGACGCAGUGGCCAAUGGAAUGAUCCUAGCUCCUGUUCAGAUAAACUACUUUUUCGCAAUAUUUUUUUAGAGAAAUAUUUUUUUUUUCCCAUUAAGAAAAAGAUGAUUUUAAGGGUUUUUGCCUCCUGUUUAUUAAAUCAAACGAGUACCACAAAGAAUGCUUUUUCAAUGUUUCACUGUCUGCUGAAAGUGUAACUAUCUCACUGUACUGCAAACGCGUUCUGUGACACCAAGAAAGAGUAUUUGUAGAUGAUGCUUUCAUGAUGCAAAUACCCCUUUCCGUGAAGAGACUUGUUUAUGAACAGGAAAUGUUCAGACUUGCUUAUUAUCCAUUCCAAAGAGCAUUAUCGCCCUCAGGUGGAAGUGUGUGUGUUGCCAUUUCGUUUAUCCCAAAUGGCUAAAAAUGUAUUAAUAUACAUGACUUAGAACACAGAAAUCACUAUAUUUGUUUAUGAUUUAAGUUGUUUAUCUAAGAUUUUAUUUUUUAUUUUUUUCCAGAAGCCUCUGACAGCAAAUUGCUUUGUGUAUCUGUCAUUAGGCUUUUCUGAUUUAGUACAACUAAUCUGACUGAUGUGUAUAAUGUUAGCUUUUCUGUUUGAGGCAAGGAGCCAUAUAAACAAAGUAUAAUUUGCUGUGUUAAAGAAUAAAGUUGCCCAGAUUCACAGAAUUGCAAACCCAUUUUUUACCCUCUGUGUAAAUAGGAUUGGUCGAGGCUGACAAGGAGGCAGAUCAGGGGCAGAGCCAGCAUAAUUCAAACACAGCCCUGGCCAAUCAGCAUCUCCUCAUAGAGAUGAAUUGAAUCAAUGAAUCUCUAUGAGGAAAGUUCAGUGUCUGCAUGUAGAGGGAGGAGACACUGAAUGUUUGGAUGCAUUUUAGGCAGCCAUGACCCAGGAAGGAUCUCUAACAGCCAUCCGAGGAGUGGCCAAUGAAGUUAUCACUAGGCUGUAAUGUAAACACUGCAUUUUCUCUGAAAAGACAGUGUUUACAGCAAAAAGCCUGAAGCUAAUGAUUCUACUCACCAGAACAAAUGCAAUAAGCUGUAGUUGUUCUGGUGACUAUAAUAAUGAAGAUACAUUUAUAUUUACCAGCCAUAGCAGUGAUGUAGAGUUUGUUAAAUUGAAGCCUGACGCAGUAUCUACCCGUAAACACAGCAACCAACCGUUCAUUGCACAUUAUCCACAUCCACUUUGCACUGAAGUCAUGGAAAUAAUCUUCUUACCACUUAGUUCUUUAUAAAGCAUAUUGCACAGUUACAAUGAGCUUACCUUAGCAGACAGAUCAGUUUUUAGUUAGCAUUCCUAAACCUCAAAUAAGGUUCUUAUUUCUUGGGAUACCAGCGAGUGACUGUCAAAGGCAGGGGUGACAAUCACGACUCCCACUGACACGAAGGCACAGAUGCUGUCUUAAUUAUAUGCAAAGUAGUAGCCAAACUAAGAGCAUUAAGGUUUUAGGUCUGUGUUAAUAAAGUGACAAAAUUAUUGCAUUUUUUAAAUGCCAUUUUUUUUUCUAUUUAUUAAAGUUUCUCCCUUAUACAUCUUGUUUUGGCAGCAUUAUUGGAUUAUGCUACUCAAAAAUGUUUGUUAAAUAACUAGUAAACGAAAAUUCUCAGGCCAGCCAUUCUGUCAUGGUUCCCACUUACUAAAGUAACCUAGGAAAACCAAACAUUGCUUAGAACAUGUAUUUAUGAUGAUGCAUGUGUACAGUUGCCAUAUGAUUAUAAAUAUUUCAUACCCCCCUUUAACAGCAUGUAAAUCAGAGAAAGGAGAUGGAUCACUUUUUUUUUUUUUAUCAAUUCUCUUUAAUUGUGGUCUUUAACCACUGAAGGACCAGGGCUUGGCUUAUUUUUAACUUCUCAUGUCUUUGAUCCAAUUGGAUAUUUAUUAAUAAAUCUGAUAAGUUAUGUUGCUGCACAUGCUUUCUUGUGCUCUGUAUAUUUAAUUUUCGCAAAGUUAAAUCAUCAUAAUCUAACUUUUUAGAACUUUUUUUAUUUACCUCCAAGGACGGGAGUUAUUCGGGGCACCCUUCUUAUUGUGGUACUUCACGGGGACAUUUGUACAUUGAGAAAGGGCUAUGUGCCCUGUAUGUAUUCAUUGAUUCACUUUAGCAUUAACCUAUGCACCGCUACCUAUUUUUUGCACCACUCUGUGAUUGCCUUGCAGUACGGCAGUCUGGGAACACCGGGCAUAAAAUUGAUCCAAACCUUUAGACACUGCAGUUACCUGUCCACAUUUUAUUUUUUCCUUUCUUUCGAAUACACCCUCCCUUCUGUUAUUUAGAAGAGCUGGUAUAAGUGUACAUCCCUUUGGUUUCUACAUAUAUGAUAUACAUUCCCAAAACUCUGUUAUAUGAAGACAUGGUGAUCUUUGCAGGGUUAGCUCCUGGUGCCAGCAAUGAGAUUGCAGCCAAAUUGUGUAGAGUGAGACCUGAACAAAUUAAAUACAGUAACUCUAUAAUUCUAAAGAGCUCUUUUCUGUCAAUGUCAAUCUGCUACAGAAGAGCCACAGUUUAAUAAUUAGUCCACAACUACAUAUUCAAGUCCUUACCUUUUUAUAGCAUACUUUAGGUGCUCAGCUGGAGCCCAAAUGCUUUUUCUAUAUGGGCAGACAAAAGCGAAAAGCUGCAUUCCUUCGCUGGGAUACAUGUAACGCCAUGGCACCAGGACUAACAAAAAGCCAUGAUUCGUACAGAAUUCCCAUGCUCUUAUGUAUGGCCUGGAUAGCUCAGCUUUGACAAAGACCCCAAACAGCCAGAAGAAUUGGGGUUUGUGUUUCUUUUCAGGCAUUCACAAACACAUUAUUGAUCUGGGGGCCUUCCCUUGGCCACUAAGGGAAUACAAAGUUACCAGAUGAAAAAAAAAAUUCUUCAAAUAGCCAUCGCACACCAAAACUGUAAUUCUAUAUGGAACAGUGAGAAUGCUUGCCAUAUUAAAAUGUAAAAGGGAGCUUCCUUAACCUGGCCCGUUACAAACUAAAGAAUGGCUACUAAGACAGCCGGCAAGUUUGGCUUGUGCGUUUUUAUUUACCAAGCCUCGUUUGCUGACACAUCAAAAGACUUUUUCUCUUCCGUAUCACAAUAGUAUAUUCAUGCCAGCAGUCUUUGCAAAGGGAUUUGAAGCAACUUUUUAUUGAAGACCAUCACAAAAAAGUCUGACUCUUUUGUUUUAUUACAUUUUCUUUUUUCAACAAAAUAUUCAUUUAGUCAGAUUCCUGUCUCCAGGUCAGAUCAAUUGAAUUCCUUAGUGAGAGGCUUUGUCGUUUCUUUUCAGAGCAUAGUUCGUGAAAAGCCAGACGAGAAUAUAUAUUUAGUUAUUUGUGUUAGUGUUUUGGGGUAUUAUUGUUUUAUUGUAGCCUAGCAUUUUUCUCUGAUAAACAGCAAAUUUAUUUAUUUUUAAUUACAUAUCACUUUUAUGGUAUUUAAAAAAAACAACAAAAAAAAACAAAAAACUUUAAUUGUGAUUGAAACAUUUGUUUGGUUGGUUUUGUGUAUAUAUUUAAUUUUAAUUUAUUUUUAUUUUUUUAAGGGCCCUAUUUAUAUUUGCUACAUAUUUUCUGGUAUGAAUUGAUAUAAUUUUUAAAGGUUUCUAUAAAAAGCUUUCUGAUUUUAAGCAUGUCUGUUGAUAUUUUUGGACGGUGUGCAUAACGUUUUUGCAGAUGUGGGCCAAGGAUAGUAACAUCUGGGGGCAGGAAUUUUGGUUGUCCCUUUGGGUGUAGCCAAGUCAAUCUCUCCCCCUUUUUCUGCCUUUUUAUGUGGCUACUAAUUUUACAUAAUGCAACUUUUUCUCACUGAAACGGAAACUGGUACAUCAUUGGUCAGAUCCCAUGAAACAGCUUGCAGUUCCUGUGUGCAGCGAAGAUCAUUUUGAAUCUGGGAAGAAUCUGAAGGUGUUUUGCAAAAUUUAUUCACCAGAUAACAUAUUUGUGUUGAAAAAUAGUUUUUCAACUAAUGACAUUUCUAUAAUUCAGGUCCCUUUUAAAAUUAAUAAAUAAAAAGUAAAAAUACUUUUUUGAGAACCAUAGAAAUAUUAUAAAUAGUAGUCCAAUACAAAAAAAAAAUGUUGGCAGAAAAAAAAAAAAUUUAGUAUACAGUAGUUGGGCUGUAUACCAAUGAGCUUGUAUUUGAGAAUAUGCUUUGCAGAGUUUCUAUCAGUAUAUGCGGAAUGAGUCACGUGUUAAAAUCACAUUGAUGACUGGUCUUUGCAGUUAAAUUUACUGAGCAACAGGCAGCAAAAAGCAACCCUGAUUCGUGUGACCGCAACAAAUAUUGCGAGCUAGAAUAAACAAAUAAUAAAAAAAACCUCCUGACUGUCUCAGCUCUCUAAUACAACGCAUCUCACGGUUUUGUGCAUAAAUCUCAGGUUCAUUCUUGUUUUAUAAAAAAAAUCGUAAAAGGUUGAUAUUCAGCAUUCAUUGAAUAAACUGAUAGCGUUGUUGGCUCUUUCUAUAAUUAUAACAUAUUCUUCAAUCUGUACUUGCUGUACACUGUCUGGUGUUAAUGUGUCUUGUUGACAGCCUCAGUACCUGCACUUGGAAGAUUUACAUUAGUUAACGGGUGGCCAUUUGACCUAUUUCUGGUAAAGGAUCCAAUAACACUGUCUUGGUCGAAGUCUUAUUAAUAGAUAAAGGUCUGCCAGAAUAGUCUUCCUGCUUUCACAAAAUGUACAGUUUUUUUUGGAAUCUCAGCAACUUCAUUACACAAAGUGCCCAUUUACAGGAAAUAUUCAGCUUGGAAAAUAUACCCUUCCAUGCACCAUUUCAGAUUUAAACAUAAUUUGUUAUAUUUGAAAAAUGUAUGCAGUUUUUUUGCAUUUUUCAUACAUGCUCAUGUGUAUACCCAGGCACCUCAUCACUUUCUCUCUGUCUGUAUAUGGCAAUAACAGCUUUAAUGUUUUAUAGUAUAUUCAUUCAACUAAACAUUGAUGCAUUUUGCCAAAUAAGAUGUAUAAAUUACACUGAAUGAACUAGAUAUUGAAAGCUGACAUUUUAAAUAGUAAUUCUAUGUUUUCAUCCAUGAGUUUCUGUAGCUAUCCUUUAGAGAUGAAUCAUUUUGGUUUAAUUGGAAAGUCAUCUUGGGGCAUUUUUUAGUUUGUCUAAGUGGAGUCGACGCUGCAUUAAUAACAACCUGUUUUGCAGUCCCAUUGAGGAACUUUGCCAGAGGUUUGAUUGGAAUCAUGGAAUCAUUUACAUUAAAUGCCUGAGCUAUUAAACCCAAUAUGGAGUCCUUUCUUUUGAAAGUUAAUAAUAUAUAUAUUAUAAGUUAAUAAAAAAAAAAUAUAUAUAUAUAUAUAUAUAUAUUUAUUUAUUUUAUUUAUUUGCAUGAGAUCCACUUCCAGGUCAUACAAGACGCCAUUUUGGUUUCACCUUUGCUCCAUGAGGUCUCCUACUCCAAGCUGUGUCCAGGAAUCCUGCAGCAGGGCUUUCCGUUAAUCCAGUGGCUUUCUCUCCGGUCAGCAUCACAUUUGGUGUCUCAGGGACUCUCAAAGUUGACCCACCUGUUGGGUCGAUUAUAGAGUGCUAGGAUUCCAGCUGUGAAUGCCUUUUGGAAACCCAAAUUUCGUGAGAACUUUCUCCAUGUACCGCCAAUUGAGCCUGUCAAAGACAUUCUCUGCAUAUAAUGCCAGUAGAAGACCUUCUCUCUUUGACUUUUGCAUGUGUGAUAUAAUGUUCGAUAUUUUGCACUUGUUAUCUGACCCCUGCCUGUUGCGAACAAAGCCCGACUGAUCUGUGUUAACUAUACGUGGUAUAAAUGUUGCCAUUCUGUUUGCUAAUAUUUUGGCGUAUAACUUCACAUUUGCAUUCAGUAGGGAGAUGGGGCGGAAGUUUUGGUAGGUCGCCUAUCUCUUUUAAAUGUAUGCAAUUCAUUUAUAAAAUGUUUCAAAUUCAGGGGGAAAAAAGGAUUGCUGGCAAUGACCAUAUUCCUUUUUUCUUUUUUUUUCUUUUUUUUUAGCAGGCUACAGUAGCUGAUGCAUCUUGAACAGACAUACACUGUAUAAAUCAAUACAGUUACAAGUGUUAGCAUUUGUUGCAACAGAGGCAGUGGAACUUGUUUCAAAGUAAUUUGAAUGGCAUUCACUUUUUCCACCUCUAUUAUAUUAAAAACUCUUGUUUUAUAGAUGCAAUGUUAAUGGUAGCAGAGCGGCUGGAGGGCCCAUUUAACAUUGAAACUGUCAUGGACCCAAUUGAUGUGAAGAUUUCUGACGCCAUAAUGAACAUGCAAGAAAACAGCGUGCAAGUCUCCGAAAAAGUAUGUACACAAGAAUUCAGAUGGUCUAACCUGUAAUAGACAGUAAUGGAAAACUUGCUUGUAUUUUACAUUAAAUAACCGUUUCACAUGGUGAACAUUGCCUACUCCGAGGAUUCCUGAUUAAAGGGAAGGGCAGAGUGAGCGCUAGCCCACUUUGGGGAUUGAACCGUUCGUUACUGUAAAAUGCUGCCCGGGACCUCCUCACACUAUUAUAAAUUCAUUGCAACGAUGCCAUGGUACCCUAGUGGUUCAUUAACAUAUUGCUAGUUUUGCCAUGUUAAACCAGAAGAAUGUAAAAUCUGGCUUACAUAGUUUGAAGAAGCAAAGCAAUAUAAAACAAAUCAGCCUCGUGUUUUGAAAAGAAGUUCAUACUUUGGCAGAUUGUUACCCGACAGUUUCAAUGCAUUCUUUUCAAAUCUGUGCCAUUACCUUUAAAGGUGUUCCAAGGAUGUGGCCAGCCAAAACCUCUUCCUCCAGGAAGAACUGCCCGUUCGGUUUCAGAUGUAGGAUUCAACUCUCGCUUUAGAUCCUAUGCUCCCGAAGAAAGGCCAACAACAGCUGCUGGUACAAGCUUAGAUAGACUGGUAAGCUUUUGUUUUCUCAUACAAAUUAAUGAUGCCUGUUGGAUUUUUUUUGCAUUUUUUUUAGAUUAUUAAACACCGUCCACUGUACAUAUGCUUUCACAGCUGUGCCUCUCUAUUUCUUUUCCUGUAGUUAAUAUCCUCAAGGUUUUUGAGUGACAGGAAAACUAUGAUCCAGUGGCUUACACGAUAAAAGGAUAUAAUCUUCUGACUGAUCCAGACUUGAAACCAUUUUGCAUGUUUCCUUCAUACCAGGGCCUGAUCUAAUAUUUUGAAUACUCAGUUGAACUGUUUAGCAAUUUAUAUUUGCACAGAUAUAUAAUCGUAUGCAAAUCCUCCAAUGAUAUCUUUUGUCUGCAGGUGGCAGAUGUUAAAGAAAAGUUGAAGAAUGCUAAAAAGUUCUGGUCCUCCCUGCCUGGAAGCAUUUGUAAGAAUAACUGGACAUCGGGAGCCAAUGAAGAUGACUGUUGGAAUGGAAGCGACAAGAGCAGGUUGGUGUGAUGAUUGUGUUUUCAAGUUCUAAAAGUAGAGGAACACUCAUUGAAAUUAGUAAAAUGUUCCUACCACUUGCUGCAUUUUUAGAAUUUUGUGCCAGAUUUUACAUUUAAAUGUACUCCCCAGUUGAGCUCAGAAGAAGCUUUGGCAUUUUGGGAUUCUGUUGUACAUGCUAUGUUAUGAUGCAAACUUUUUAUGUAAAAUGUAUUGUUUAUGAAAAAUUUUCUUUACUUGUAUUGAGAAUCUUUGUUUGUAUUGAGAAUGAGUAAUGACUAUUGUUGCUUGAAGGAUAAAGUGCUAUUAGACAUAUUUCUGGGAUGCCAUGCCAAACUACCAGCUAUUUACUUUUUAUGAAAUAAAACCUGUUGAAACAUCCUGUUGAUAUAUUCAGGACUUAAUUCCCCUUGACUACAUAUUGCAGCGCAUCCUAGCACAUCCAUCUUGCAUUGUUAAGAGCUUCUACAAGUGCUAUUCAUGAAAUGGAUACAUUUAGAUUUGGUUUUAAACUUUAAAAGGGUAGCUGUCAUUCCAUGUACAACUUUUUCAGUAGCAUUAAAUUCUAUAUCUAUACAUUGUGCUAGCAAAUGUAUAGAUUGGGAGAAAAACAUAUUUCAGAAAAUUGAUUCUAAGUCGAAAAAAAUGACUGACAUGUUAGAGCUCCGCAAUUUUUUUUGCAAAUCAACAAAAUAGGUAACUCAGAGGAUGUGUACAAGGAUAAGAAACCUGCUCACACCAAAUCCUGUGCAAAUUCAUAGGUUGUGCUGCAUGGAACAUCCCUGUAAACUAAUGGAAUAUCUAUGACCCCAAAAUAUUAUAUAAUUCUAAUAUUGACAUGCAAAGAAUAAUGGUUGCUGUUUUUGUUUCAGGUACUUGUAUGCAGUUAUGGGAAACGGCUUGGCGAAUCAGAUCAACAACCCUGAUGUUAUAGUCGAUAUCACAAGGCCUGACAUGGUGAUCCGUCAGCAGAUCAUGGCGUUACGAGUAAUGACAAAUAAAAUGAAGAACGCCUAUAAUGGGAACGAUGUGAAUUUCAUUGAUAUAAGUAAGUAUUGUUUCGCCAAAAUAAUUUCUUGCUCAAAGAGAGCUGUAAGGACAAGCGCUCUAAACAUUUUCCACUUGGGCUUUGCAGGUGACGAGAGCAGUGGGGAAGGAAGCGGCAGCGGUUGUGAUCCUCAGAAGUGUUCCGGAGAAUUUGUGUUUAACAGCACAGAUGAGCCUAAUAUAAACCCAAAAAAGCACAAGCCAGUGGGUGACAAUAGAAAGGAAGAACAGCCCAGCGCAGCUUCCACCAGCACUGUCUCACUACUAGUCCUGCUUCUCAACACCUUGGUUUUGCUGAGGCAAUUGAGAUAAUGAAAGUGGAUUUUAUGCUAUAGCGAAGAGACUUAUUUUCUCAAUAUGGAACUGCACCUUUUCCACAUUUUUACCAUCAAUUGACUCGUCUUUUUAACGGACAAAGGUGUGCCAUUUCUACUAUGUUGCCACUGGUUCAAGUUGGAUCCACCUGUAACCCACAGUAUCAUUGGGGUGGGAUAUGGACCUUAAUGACCUGUCCGGUUUAAUGUGGCAGACAAAACAUGUAUAUAUAGAUUUGUAGGUAGCUAUGCAUUAUUGUUUUAUCACAUUUCCACACAAUUAAUACUAUGGUCACACCUUGGCAUGUAACAAUUAUGCUUUUUUUAUUGAGAUAUCUGUACAGAAGCUAUUUUUAUUUAUCAUUGUAACCAACUUCUUUGAGAGGAAAAAAAUGACCAAGCAGUCAGCAACAUAUGCUUCUUCGAGUUAAGAUUUCAGUUAUAUGGCAAUACUGCGCUUGCUCGAUCUCAAAAUUGGUCUCAACUAGUACGAAUUGCAAUGACUUAUUUGGUACGUUGACCAAGUGUUUGGGCUAAAUCCACUGCUACACAGUAAUAAUACUGGCUACAAUAACAAUAAUACAGCUUACUUAAUGCAAGCAAAGAGGCCUUUGAUAACCGUAAAAAAUAAGUUUGUUUUAACCUGUUUUUAUCACUGUAUGUAAUAGAUCCUUAUUUUUGUCAUUUUUUUUAUUUUUUAUAUUUUUCUGUGUGCUUCUAAACACCCAAAAAAAUCACUCAGAUGCAACAUUAGGAUUUUCAUUAAUUUGGUGUAUGUGUGUUCAUGUGCGCGUGUGAUUUUGUGUGUUACCAAGUUGUACUAAAUAGUGAUACUGUUGACAACGAUGUGAAUGACUGCUUCUUCUGGGUGCCAUGCUAUUAAAUUGUUUCAAGAAGACAGUCAUUUGUGGGUCAUAUUUUUCUCUCUCAACAGUGGCAUUGUUUAUUUUUAUACACUCUUUUAUACAUGCAAUAUUAAAUCUUUUUUUCUUUUCUUAUCAUUAUUCUAGCUUGUAUAGCACCAUAGGGCAUAUAAGCGUGACUAACACGUUGCAAAUUAAUAAUAUUGCAGACAUCCUACCUAGACAUUUCAACUCAACUUAUCAAUUGCUUGAGGUGUUGUCCAGGUUUUUUAAUACUACACAACACAACAAAUGUUCUUAAGUUUCCCCUAAUGAUGUACUGUUUGCAAUAUCUUUAAAAUUAGCAUUCAGAUACGAAUUUCAAUUCAUUAUCAGCUCAGGGUGAUUUAUUUGCUUUAUAAUGGUACUUAUGUGUCUAUUAUAAACUGAAUUCCAAAUCUAAAGUGUCCAUAUCAUAUCAUUUUAAGUUCUGCUCCAUAGUCUGAAUUCAAGAUUUUACUUAUUUACUUUUAAAAAUUAAAAAAAAAAUCUUUCCUAUAAUGUAUUUUAGAUUUGUUUUUGUUUUUUUGUAAAAAUGUAGUAAAGCUUACUUUUACAGUUACAAGAAGUUGACAUUUUGCGUAUUUGUCUAAAUGUAUUUUAUAUCUAGAGUAAAAAGGAACAGAUUUGUAGAGUUAAUUCCCAAACAUAUUUACUAAUUUUGCCAUAGAAUAUUCAAUUUUAAACACACAUAUUUUGAGGGGUAAUUUCUUUAGCCAUUAUUUAUUAAAACAUAACAGAAUGGUUCAUCUGGAAACUACUUGUUUGUUUUUUUCCAGGAAAAGGGAAAAAAAAUAAGCUUGUGGAAGAAAGAACAGUUGUAAAUAGUUUUCGUGAGGAUGUGAGAUGCAGGAAAAUGUGCCCAUAUUUUGUAACUACCUCAAUUCUGAGGAAUUUCCUUUUUAGCUUUGAGGCCAUUACUUUUAGUAGCAAUGAAUCUGGGUUCCAUAAUGUAACUAGAAAACGUAUCCCUAUAGACCUUAUAAGAUUGCUUUUAAUUUAAAGUAUUGAACUUUUUCCAGCUGUUUUUCUUUAGUCCAUGUACUCUAACUUCGUAGAUUUUCUUUUUGGACUCUCCUCUGGUAGAAAUGGUUUGCAGCAACCCAAAUGUUUGCCCUCUAUACAAACUAAAGCUUUGAUAGUUUGGCAUGACUUCAAAGUAUUACCAUCCGAUUCAGUAUUGACAUAGUUAUGAUGGCUCUUUAGAACUGACAUUUUGAAAGAGUUUUGUUAUUUUGAAUGAAGCAAAUUUUUAUUUUAUUUAUUUAUAUUUUUUUUCCCCUAUGAUUUCCAGAGAUAUGGUUUGCGUAAAUAUUCAGGUUUCAAAUCCGAUUGGCAACUAAAAAAAAAUAUAUACACGUACACACACACACAUUUUUUUCCUUUUUUUGAGGCAAUGUAUUCUGCUAUAAACGAGUUAGACGUUAUGUAUACUAUAUUUUAGCCUGACUGCUAUUAAUAUGCAAACAUUUUAUCUUGACAACGGUUCCUGGUCAGUGUAAGGAAUUUAAUUUUGUAUUUGCUAAAACCUGGGACCAUUGUAACAAAACAAAAAAAGUAUAAAUGUAUUUCAUAACAUUAAGGAUUUUGGAAAAUUACAUGAAUAUUGAAGUAUGUGUAAAUCAAGGAUACUAGUAUGUGCUAGGACAAAAAUAGGCUUGUGCUAAUGGUUUUUACGUUGUAGACUAGUUAUGGAGGCAAAACAAAUGUUUUGAAACGGCAGAAAUAUCUUAAAACCAAAAUCUACUAUAUUAUAUUUAUUUUUUUCUAAUUAUAAAGAUCUAUUUCCAUUGUCAAUAAGUAAGAUCCUAAGAUAUGUACUAUUUUUUUUUUUCCCCAUGACUAAUAAUCUGUUUAGCUUUGAUUUAAGGGGUGUUGCAGGAUUAUUUGAAAAUUGGAUUUUUCACCAACCCUAGUAAUGGGAAGACAAACUCCAGCUCUUGAUUUUGGGUAAAUGUUACUGACUGGGAAACAAGAAUUGAUAGAAUUUAAUGGCAUUAAGAUCAUUAGACUAUAUCUCACGUGUACCCUUACAAUCCAGGUUCUCAUUCCAAGAGCUGGUCUGCAAACCCAGACACACAUUUGGGACUUUCCUAGACCUUAUAAAUAAUCUCCAUGUCUAAAUAUGUCUAUAUUUAUUUAAGCUAUGAAGGAACGUGCAAGUAGUUGUAUAUUAAUCUAUGAUUAAAUUAGUUGUGAAUAUAGAAUUGUACACACAUAUACUUCACAUACAUAUAUAUGUUCUUUAAAAAUCUUGCCAAUAGACAAUGAGACAAUUACUUUUUCAUAGGGCUGAAUUCUCCGUGAACAUGGGAGAUCUACAUCUCAGUUAAUUUAUCUGGCUAUGUAUAGAUUUUAAUACUGUUUAUGGAUGUAUUAUGUUCCCAAACUACAUCUUGAAUAGGUAAACAGAGCAACAUAUAAAUACUGCAUUGUGAAACGCUUGACACAUGAAAACAUGUAUGUGUGUGUCCUUAAAGCCUUGUGAGGACGUUCUUCUAGAUGUGUGUGUGUGUGUGUAUAUAUCUGUUUAUGCAGAUUAGUUAAAUAUGAUGUGUCUGUAAUCCAUCAAUGAUUUUACUCCAUUUGCUGUGUAAGGGGCAAUGCUGGACUUCUUAACAGCUACAUUGUACGUUAUCAUUAAAUCACUGGUUGUUCAGCCUUUUUUUUUUUUUUCAAUUUUUUUUAAAUAUAUAUAUAUAUAUAAAAAUGUGCCUUUUAACAAUAGCUUUUUUUUAACGCAUCACUGGCUAUUAAACUAAUUUGUAGAAACAAGCCAUUGUUAUACAUAUUGUACAGAGAUGUGGGCUGGCAUAUAAAUAUUAGUGGUUGGCUAAAAAGCCAUAAUUUUUUUUAAAGUAAAUAUUACAUUUAGUUUUGUUAUCAAAAUUUUAUACACAUUGGGAUACUGUCAACAUUUUUCUGUUCUAAUCUCAAACUCCGCAACCACAAAUGUGAAUUGUGUUGAAACCAUAGUAACCUUCCCUUGACCUUCUCCCCCUUUAAAGGGACACUAUAGUCACCUGAACAACUUUAGCUUAAUGAAGCAGUUUUGGUGUAUAGAACAUGCCCCUGCAGCCUCACUGCUCAAUCCUCUGCCAUUUAGGAGUUAAAUCCCUUUUGUUUAUGAACCCUAGUCACACCUCCCUGCAUGUGACUUGCACAGCCUUCCAUAAACACUUCCUGUAAAGAGAGCCCUAUUUAGGCUUUCUUUAUUGCAAGUUCUGUUUAAUUAAGAUUUUCUUAUCCCCUGCUAUCUUAAUAGCUUGCUAGACCCUGCAAGAGCCUCCUGUAUGUGAUUAAAGUUCAAUUUAGAGAUUGAGAUACAAUUAUUUAAGGUAAAUUACAUCUGUUUAAAAGUGAAACCAGUUUUUUUUUUUUCAUGCAGGCUCUGUCAAUCAUAGCCAGGGGAGGUGUGGCUAUGGCUGCAUAAACAGAAACAAAGUGAUUUAACUCCUAAAUGACAUUGAAUUGAGCAGUGAAAUUGCAGGGGGAUGAUCUAUACACUAAAACUGCUUUAUUUAGCUACAGUAAUUUAGGGGACUAUAGUGUUCCUUUAAAUAAGAGACAUGCACUAAAAUAAACUGAAAGUUGUAUUCUAUGUCCUUUGCUUAUAUUUGCAGCUGAAUCAACUUUUGCCUAAUGUCUUUGCACAAACCAAAACCUGACACAGUUACAUAGUAACUAUAAAAGUAACUAUAAAAGGAUGGCAGUGGCCUUUGCAGGGUUUUGUUUUUACUUUUUUUUUGGUAUAUGGACAAAGUUAUAAGUUGUCAUAGAUGGCUGGAAGUAAAUGAAUGUGUUGGUAAUUGCUAAAUUAUAUCUAUAUGUAUGUAAUUAUAUAUGGGCUCUGUUUCAAAGUAGGGCCCUUAGCUUUCAUUUAGAGAUCGAUCAUGCUUUGCCAUUUAUCUAUAUUUUGUUUUGUAAAUUUUAAGUGGUCUUCUUCAAGACGAAGUUAUAGUCAGACACGUGUGCCUUCCUUAUGGAGGUGGAAAUGCUGUCGGUUUUGAUCAGACACUAAACAUUUGUUGAAAUUGAAAGAAUGUACAUCAUUUUGAAGGUGCAAUUACAACAAAGAACAUAUCUUUUGGAUUUACCUUGUUUUUGGCAUUCAUUCAUUAUUUCAUAGAAUGUUCACUAAAGAAGAUUCUUGGCAAAUAGUCUUUUUAUAGCCAAGGAUCUUGUGGAUUUGAAGACAUAAUGUGGAUGAUACCUAAUAAAAUACUUUGUAUGUAGAAAUAGCGUUUAAAUAAAAAAAAUAAAAAAAAUUAAAAUGUCAUGGUAUCUCCUGUGUAAAACAAAUUGAAAGCUUAUAACAUAUCCCACUUAUUUGGAUAUUUCAUUGACUUUGUGUCUGUUAAUUGGUUGUAAUUCGCAUUUUGUACAAUCUUGUUUCAUUGUCUGCAUUUCUGGCAUUAAAUACCCGGACAUUAUGUUCCACAAACAAAAUUUUCAAUAAAUUAAAGCGAACAAAAGGUA